AGAGACAAUGAUGAACUCAAGAAGCCUAUUUAUAGCCAGCGAUUGGCCAACACUAGCCCACUGUUUCUGCUCUGUGGACAUCCGCCUUGGCGAGUUGUGUAGUAUGUGCACAUGUGAUUACGCUCAUGACUGAGAGGGAAAAGAGAGGAGCGGAGGAGAGGAGUGACCGAGUCUGAAUGGAUCCAAUCCAGAGGAAGAGGAGAGGAUAAGAGGCAGAGCGAGAUAAGACGAGGCAAGGACGAGGCUGGGCUCAGGUCCAUCCAUCAGAGUACGGAGGAGGAGAAGGAGGAGAAGGAGGAGGAGGAGGAGUGCUUUCUGCACACUGGAGUCUUAUGAAGGAAUUCAGAACCGUCUCUUCUUAUUCUGGCGUUUGACCUGUCAUGUUGCCAGGACUCCUCCCCAGGUGAUGGUCUCCUUUUUUGGCAGCAUUUCUCACAGAAGCUCUGCCAAGUUGUCAGGUGAGGAAGAGGAAGAGUCUUAGGAGGUGAGAUGACUCCCUCGGAGCUUGUGUGUUUGCACGGCAACAAACAGUGAAAGUAUUUGUGCACAGGGGGAGUUUAGUUUUAAAAUAAAUGUGGCUGAUGUUCAUGUUGAUGCUUUAUUACUCAAUAACCUGAUGUAGCCUUUAUCUUACAUUCACAAAUGCAGGUUUAGUGUGUAUUUUAAUAUUGCUGCAGAGCCGAAAUACCAAGUUUGUUAAUGGAUUCACAGAACAUUCAUUCAACUUAAAAUAAUAACUGGCAAUUUAAAAGCACAAAUGUUCAGUUUUAGCUUUUUAGAGGUAAAUAAUGGAUGGUUACUUGAAACAUCUAAAAUAUUAAACCACAUUUUCUGGAUUUAGAGUCAAACGAGACUGUCCCCGUCCUUCUGACAUGACCUCUCUUAUCCAACCUCUUAUGUAUCUGCAGUUUGUAUCUUAAGGAGCUACAUGUAACUUAUCUAACCGUAUGCGCUACAUUAAUGAUUGAUUAUUUUUAUUUUCCAUGGCACUUUUUUCCCAUGUUUCGUUCUGUCAAUUUAUGCAUGCUCCCAUGGUAGUAUCUUGCAAGUUCUACACAAACUAAACUCUUUCAUUACCCUGUGAGAAUCUAUAUUACCCUGAUUUUUUAUAUUGUUUUAUUUAGGUUCACAAACUCCUUUUAAAAUUUACAUUUAGGAAUUAUUUAUUUAGGAAUAGCUUUUAAUUUAGAUUGACUUGAUCAGUUUCUCAGUUAUCACGGUCAUUAUGCACCACUGAUUAUAACUGAUACCUUUAUAUGAAACCCCUUACCAGCUCAGUGUUUUGUCUAAUGUCCCGCCACCAAUGUAAUAUCACAAGCUUAUUGAAUGUUAUAGAUAUGUUUGACUCUCCAGCUUAGAUUUAAUCCUAGCAGCUUCGUCUGGAAUAACGUCUCGAAAUUCCUCCACAUACAAACUUUUCUUCCUUCUUCACUGCUUUUUACCUCUACCACAUUUGGACAGAUGCAGUGUCACUUACAUGUCCCGAGCAUGGCACAUGUUCUACAUGAUGCACCAGAAAGACUUGGUGUAACAGAGCCUGAAGGGUUAAAUAAAUGUGGCAUUUUUAAGCAGGGUUGAUAAGGGCUGGGCGAAAACUACUCCACAAGCUGCUCACCCCCUCCCAAAUUAUCGUCGUCGACUUCAGCCAGGACAGCGUCUUAAAGGGACAUGAGACCAUAGCCUACCUACACACCUCCAAAACCAACUUUGAUUUAUUUAUAUUUUUGACACAGAAUAUACCAAUCUGUGCAAAAUGACGCUGGAUAUUAUCGUAAACUUCGGUAUCGGUAAAUUUUCGGUUUAUCGCCCAGCUCUUGGUUUGAUAUAGUAAGUGGUAAACCCCUGAAUCCCUUUGUGCAGCUUGAAUAAUGUGGCCGAUGAUGACCUGAACCACACUCCUUCGACUAAGUAUCUGUUUCUGAUUCAGCGUUCAGGGAUCCAAAAAAUCAAGGCACUAAUCUGUUUGAAUUCAACCUUAAACCAAAACUUUACUCUGACCUCUCCAACCCAGGAUGAGAAAAUAAAAGUGAGCUGUUCAACCACAAGUCGACCAAAAUAUGUUCAACAUUUCACAGAAGGUAAUUUAAAUGGAUUAGUGUAAUGAGAAUAUAAUGCAAAUUGAUCGAUUUGAGUGAGGAAAUGAGAUAAUUGUGUUAAAUGCAGAUGGAGUCUGGCAGGAUGUCUGAGCAGGACAACCCCUCUCUGUCUGAUCCAACACGCAGCAGUUUGAUGUUUGACUGAGGGUAACAGGCCGUCUGCUGACUCCUGCUCUGCCUGCACGCAUGUAUGCACACGGGGUAAUGAGGGGAGGCGCAGAGGAGAUGCAGUUUCAUAAAUUAGUCAGUAGGGGUCACAUACAGGCAGGCAGAGAUUAUGUUUAAAUGAUGCUGCUGCUGCUGCUGCUGCUGAGACACACCCAGAUUCCUCUCUCUCUCUCUCUCUCUCUCUCUCUCGCUCUCUCGCUCUCUCUCUCUCUCUCUCUCUCUCUCUCGCUCUCUCUCGCUCUCUCGCUCUCUCUCUCUCUCUCUCUCUCUCUCUCUCUCUCUCUCUCUCUCUCUCUCUGUGUAUUUUCAUGGUGUGUUUUACUUGCUGUAAGCUGCUAUGAUGCAAAAGGUGGUAAGGUUUGUUAAGUGAGUGAGAGAGAGCAUGCAUUGGAGUGUGAAGUGCUCAGUUAAUAAGCUACGAGGGGAGAGUGAGGCAUGAAGGACUCUGAUAUCAAUUCAUGUCACUUGAAUUCCUGAAUCUUUAUCUCUGUACCUUUAAUUGAGCUGCGAUUAUGUUCAUCCCCGAGCAAAUGAUCUCCCAAAACAGAUAGUGUUUUAUCCCUCAAGGUCAUUCAGGAUAUGAGUGGAGCGUGUGUUUGCAGAUAAAUUGCUUAUUUUUGAGGAUUUCUGCGUCCACAUCUUGGACUGUAAUCCUCACUGAUCUCCUGUCUUCGACUCCACGCUGACGAUUCACCGCUCUAAUUUCCAAACUGCCUGUAGUCUGUAAUCUCUCCUCAUGAACUUCAGUCAUCCUGCAGAGCGAUUUAACUUCAAAGAGGGCCAAUUUGUUCGAAUGUGCAGCAGAGAGUAUAACAUAAGCCACCAUGACACGACCCUGUUGCCUCGCAUCUUCACACCAGAGUGCGUGUGGUGUCACUGCUCGUGGCAAACGCUGAAUUUGGUCGCAAUCCACCACAUGUCUCCGGCCUUGUGAGUCAUUUUGCAAUAUUUGCUCCUACAGCACACAUAGGGGGGACAUUUUGUAAUCCCCUCCUCAAAGAUUAUAUGAGUAAAAGAGUGUAAGAGCCCAUGCUGCCACCGUGUCAUGGCUCCUGUCGUUCUUUUUCUCCUGGGCUGACACCUCUGAGCUGGCUUCCUCUGGCCCAAAUUUCCCCCUCUGAGGGUCGUGCUGCGCCGAGCUCGAGCCCUGCAGGCGGCCAACUACAAACAUGCAGUGACAAUUCAAAUCAGUCCAGUUCACUGGCUCUGGCUGUGACUCAGGACACUGAGCGCCAGGCGGAAGAGAUGCAAACCGCCAAGCUGCACGGUGACAGAUAGGAAAGGGGGAGAGACGCGAGAGAGGAUGCAGAGGAUCAGGCAGUUUUAUGAGUGUUUCACCUGGUUUAUGGCCCAGUUUUAGCUCAGCACUUUGUGCAGAGAGACUUAGACUGGAGCAACGCCAGGUCCAUUUGCAAGCCUAAGUAGUCUGAUGCACGGGCACCAACCGCAGCAGAGGAUCCGUCAGGAGUAUUGUUAUGCAAGCAGGAAGAGAGCAGUCCUACUUUGAUCCAGACAUCGGACGGAGGCAGGAGUGCUGUGGUCCUCCCUGCUGUUUGCUGUCCCAUCUGAGGAUUCUUACAGCGGACACUGCACUGAGCUGGCACAGGGAGAGGAGCAGCGACUCUUCAGAAUAAAAGCAUGACAGGGAUGGACUGACAGACAGCUGAAAAACCAUCACUCAGGUUGGCACUUUGAUCGCCAAGUCAUCAUCGUAGCUUCUGUUUCACUCACUAAGUUUGUCGACCCCAUCGUAGGUAAGUUGUCUUUGUUGAAUAUUAAGGAUAAGAUAUUAAAAAUUAACUCCAGUGUGACAGGCUGUUUGCUCAGUUUGAUUUAUCAGUUAAUAAGGAUGCUCAAUCACUUCAUUUUCCAUGAUCCACCAUGACCUUGUUGCAGCUCCGUAAAACAAAAAGCACUAUGACACUAUGGUGUUUGUAGAGCAUGUGAGCACUUGGCAGACGCGGUCCUUUAACAAUAAACAACAGUGUCCCAUGGUUUCUGUCACAUGUGCGGCUGCAGGCGCAGAGGGAGGCCUGAAGAGAGAGCAGGACACGGUCAUGCUGCAGAACUAAAUCCUGCAAAGACUUUGCGGUGGUCUCUUGCUGGACUUUUAUUGUCCUGCCCGGCACGGGGAGUUAUGUUCUCAGUAAUUGUCUGGGAUGUACUGCUGACUCAUAGCAGUGUGUGUGUGUAUUUGUGUCUCCCAGAGUGUGUGUGUGUGUACAGGCUCUCUCAUUGCACCACACUACUCAUCUUCUUAGUGUACUCUGAGACCGUGAUCAUUCAUGAAAUCCUGUCUGAUGUCCUUAUUAAAGAGUGAAUCAGCAAGAGCCGUUCAUUCAGAGGGAAUGUCUUUGAAACGCGAGACUCAGCUCUCUUCUUUUACAUAUUUUCUUAAUUAACUGCUUUCAUUACAGACGAGUAUCACAGGAACUCAGUCAUUUAUCAGUGCUGCUUCAAUACAUUGUAAAUUUCAUACCCUAAUGUUGUUUCUCUAUACGUUAGUAAUAUUUAAAGCUACCUGCAGUGAUUGAUCUUCUAUUAAGAAAUGAUCACAUGACUGGAUAUUAUGCUUGUGCACAGAGAUGAUUGAAUUAUCUGAAUGAGUCUCCUCUCAGUUCUACUCAUUAGAUUAGCAUUUUUCAGCAAACAGCCCCCCUCCCUCUCUAGCUGCUCUGCAUCUUUUUUUUUAGUUCAGUUUGCAGCUUUCUUCAUAGUCCUGUCAGAUGUAUAAAACGGUUUCUUUAGGUUAAAUAGAUCCCAAAAGUUGUAGUCAUUAAACUCAGAUUAUGCUGCUGUAAUUAAAAGAGAAAUGAUCUCGGCCAAAAAACAUCUUUAAGGGUGGUAGUGUUAGACAGUUAGAGUAUUUAUGGAAAAUUUACAAAACAACUCUAUCAUGCAAACUGUAAACUUCAUUGGCGCUCUCACUUGACUAACUUACUGUCAUCAUUCAUUUUGAAUGAUGGUCAAAGUUACGUUUUAUCAUCGUCACGAGGCCGGCGACAGAUUCCUGUGGGUGUGUGAAAACUUCUUCUUUAAGCAAUCUAGAGCUACACACUGUCCUCAAACAUCUUUUCAUGAAAACUCCCAGACCGGCACUUAUCCUCACUCUCGUCUUACGCUCCCUCAGAUACGAUGUGCCGCUGUAGCUACACAGUGCAGUCAAGACAAGUUAGCUAGCUUGUCUUUCUCUUUUGCUUCAUCUUGCGUCUGUUUUAUGGCAGGUAAAGAAUCAAUAUCAUUAUACUAGGGUGACUAUACAUCCUCUUUUACCCGGAUGUGUCCUCUUUUUUGGGGGCUGUCUGGUCUUGUCCGGGUGGAGUUUAUAAAAUCCUUCAAAUGUCAGGGGUUUUGUGUAUAAGUUUUGAGUUUGUGUCGCGUGGAAUUACUGAGUUAGUAGCGCGUAAAAAAUACAACCUGACCCGAAAAACUCUAAAAGUUAACAACCUGCAACUUUGUGACUCCGCCUCUGCGUAGUCGUGUCCUCUUUUUGGGGAUUCAGAAUAUGGUCACCUUAAUUAUACAAUUUUAUUGCAACAGCCCUAUGUUUACACAUUAGAUUAUUGUAUGAUAACAGUUUAUUUAUUUAACCUUCAGUCAAGUUUCCAGAGUUUAAGUACAGACAAAUCUGAGUUUGUUACCUGUUACCUUAGUCCUCUCUAAGUGAUCUAUCUGAAGAGUCACAGGACCCCCAGAGUCCGUAUUGUUUUUUUCCUCUGGGAUCUAAAAGUAUUUGAUCUCAUGCUAAUCAGCAACACAGGUUUUCAGUGUGAUAUUUCACAUGAAAGAUGUUUUUUUUUUUGUAAAGUUUUUUAAACCCCCCUGCUGCUGUGCUACGACACACUCUGGUUGGUGUAACAACACAUUGAAGCUCCACUAUCACAGAAACAUUAUCUUGAGUGUUUCCUGGUUAUCAGUGCAGCAUAACGCACAGAGUCCAGACCAUACAGUAAUUUAAUUUUACAUAGGGAGUCCAUGCAUGGAUCUGGAAACACCACUAAUGGGGGGUGAUGUCAUCUCCAAUAAAAAAGAUCUAUUAUGUGUGCAGCGCCUGCACUUUUGAACUUAACUCUCUUCACUGUCACUCUUAUUUAAAGUGCAACAACAGAAAUAGUGUCCUGUGGUAAGAAAUCAUCGAUCAUGGUGGAUAAAAACGCUGCAGCAUGUCCAGGACUCAGAGCAGACUCUGCACAUGUGAAACAGCUGCUUUUCAGCUUCCUUCUUCUCAUCCCUCCUUUCAGUGACAAAGCAACUGCUGCAGGCGCUGUGGUCAUGUUGAUGUACUGCAGGGUAAAUCCAGCUGAUUCUAAAUUACAUAUAUCAUCAAAAUAAUCAUGAUGAUUAUGAAAUUAUAGCAAACGCAUGUGCAGGGAUUUUUAUGAGAGGAUGUUUUCAAAUACCACUGAGCAAACUCUUCACAGGGCGAUUUUUGUUCCCUUGUAAAUGCCACGUCUUGCUCUCUCUCUCUCUCUCUCUUUCUUUCUGUGCGUGUGUGUGCGUGCGUGUGCGUGUGUGUGUGUGUGUGUGUGCUCGUGGUUUAUCUGGUUUGGAAAGUCUAGUCCGCAGACACGCUCCAGUCGCAGACAUGUUCCACCUUGGCUAACCCAAAAUGACGUGUGCUGGUUCUGGAAAAACAACAUAAUUCAUAUUUUAUGUUUUCUGUAUUAAAGUGUUACACAAUAUUGAGCCGCGAUCAGAACAAGAGAUUUAAUAUCAGAGAGAACAUGUCACACAAGGUGAGGAUGACUCUUGACAGUAGAUACUGAGUGCAGAGGUUCAGAUUGAGCUGCAGGGUCAGUCGUUGAAACUCUGCCUAAAAAUGUCAGGGGUGAUCUUUUACCCAAAUGUUUGUUUCCAGUCUGAAGUUUUGUGUUUGAUACAAACAAAAAUCAGAUUUUAACUGAAUAUAAGUGCCGUUGUAAGCUGUCCAACAUGCAGAAAUAGCAUGUACCGCAAAUUUGGAUGUUUAAAAAAUAGACAAAUAGACCAAAAAGUUGCAUUGACAGCAAAAACACUCCAAAUAAACAAGGCAAAGUCAGUAUAAACAAAUCCAGUUAACAGGCUGUACAUUCAGAUACUACAGUGUUUGUCCAUUAGGGCUGGGUGAUAUGACCUCAAAUCAAUAUCACGAUAUAUCAGUUUAACUUGAUGACAAUAAAUGGACGAUAACUACUCCACAAGCUGCUCAGCCCCUCCCACAUUAACUUCGUCUACUUCAGCCGCUACAACUUUCUCUCCGUCCUCCAUCUCCUCACCUGUGUUUCCCUCUUUGUUACGGACUGGAUGGGGUGGAGUCACGUCUCUGACGUAGGACAGCGUCUUAAAGGGACAUGAGACCAUAGCCUACCUACACACAUCCAAAACCAACUUUGAUUUAUUUAUAUUUUUUGACACCAAAUAUACCGAUAUAGGCAAAAUGAUGUUGGUUAUUGUCGGACAUUUCGGUAUUGGUAAAUUUUUGGUUUAUCGCCCAGCCCUUUUGUCAAUAUUAGCUCCUUCUUCCUAAUCAGAACCAUCCAAGUCGUAGAAGGGUUAACCUUCACUAUAGUUUUCACUUGUCUUUUGAAAGAGGACAGUAUACAUGUGAAAUUAUUUUAAAUGGCUUUGUCCAACAUUUCAGAAUCAUGUUUGAUUUCGUAUUUCCAACACUUCAAAAUAUUCACAUUUACACUCUAUUCAGAGUGUGCCAACAACCAACUGUCGUCACACAAACAUAAUUCAUUCAUACUUUUUUCCUGGAUGUCAAAUAAACCAGCAUCUUCUUAUCAAGCUAUCAUUUGUCAAUACUGAUCCUACAAAUAAUCCUACAAAUUUAUGCCCAAAUCAUCGUCGUCAUGGUGGUCUGUUUAAACUGUGUUGUUUAAUGUAGUUGGUUGAAGUUAUCAACUCCUGACAAUUCAUUAAAAUAAUAGAUUCUGAUUGGUGCCGGCUGUACCUGACAUGCAGUCAGAGUCCAUGUAUGAAUAAUCUGACCUGAGCUGCAGAAGCCUGAUGAAGUGCUGCUGCUCUUCAGUCUUUAGUCUUGAGGUUACAAUUUAUAUCACAGCUGGGUGACAUGUUCACAUCCUCCACGGUGAACUGACAUUUCAGAGCAGCUUUCCUCCCUCGAGUGAACUGAAGAUGAGUUAAACCCGACUUUAACUAGAGAACCAGAAAGGCUCUGGGUGAAAACAGAGCGUGAGGAACUUGAAGCUGGUGUCUGUAUUCGAGGCAUCUGAGUGACGUGUCUGACGUUUAGAAGAACAACAGGCUCAAACACCUGACUGUGUGAACUUGAGAAGCUGUUAUGGAGACACUGCUGCUUGUGUUUUAAUCAUCAGCAAACAGGAAAUGGGACUCUAAGGAUGAGAUGUAGAGAGUGACAGAUUUUAAAUGUAUUCAUUUAUGAGGGACCUUUGGGUGCUGAUGAGUCAUCAUGUCUAAUCCUAGGUGAAGUCCAAUUCAGACUAGCAGGGGUCACACCACUCUGAAUUCACAAGUCAAUUAACAAGUUAACUGAGUAGGGGUGGGCGAUAUGGGCAAAAAAAAUUAUUGUGAUAAGGUAGGGCUGGGCAAUAAACUUAAAAUUGACCAAAACUGAAAUUUACAUCAAUAACUAACGUCAUUUUGCCCAUAUCGGUAUAUUUGGUGUCAAAAAAUUAUAUCAAAUAAAAGUUGGUUUUGGAUGUGUGUAGGUAGGCUUGGUAGCGGCUGGAGUGGCGGCAGAAGUAAAAGAAGUUAAUGUGGGAGGGGGUGAGCAGCUUGUGGAGUAGUUAUCGUCCAUUUAUCAAUAUAUUGUGAUAUUGAUUUGAGUCCAUAUCGCCCAACCCUACGAUAAGAUUUGCCAUUCUGGCGAUACUGAUUAAGUCCUGAUAAAAAAUUCUAAUUCCUGUCUAUAUUUUUGACUCAUUUUCUCUUGAGAAAACCAGUUGGAGUUUUCAAAUAAGAUAAUGAACCAUAACGAUAAAUUUUGAAUGAUAAUUUAUCGCCCACCCCUAUAAUUGACCAUAAAUAGAUUUUAAAAAGUCUUUAUCUUUCUCAUGAAUAAUGUAUUUAAUGUAAACAUGCGAUACUUUCCCACUCAGCAUGUGCACAUUUUACCUCUUGGAUGGAACCCCAAAUAUCAUAACAAUGCUUUCACACUAUUCUCAUGAAGUCAGAUGAAGCUAACUUUCUGCUUCCCUCAGAUCAAUUGGUGCCAAAUUAUCAGUGAAAAAAAAAGAAAACAUCUUUUUGGACACGUUACAGGGAUUGUGUAAAACAUAAAGAACAAUAGACACAGAACUGUGUGUUAAAGCUUAUAUUAACUCCUCCACAUUCAUUUAUUUAUCACACCUUAUUUUAGUGCCACAUCUUUGAACAAUCUUAUCACGCUUCAGAUUUUUUCUUUUAGUCAAAACCCUCAUUUACGACGUCCAGUACAGCCUCCUCCUCUGUGAUCGCCUUAAAUAAAUAUAAUAUAAGAAUUCAGAGUUCACUGCCAUGAUCAGAUAAAUCUGUGUGAUCAGAAAUAUGGUCGGUGAUUCACAGAUUGCAGUCACGUUUGGUUUUGACAGGAUUAACAAGUAUCACAGAUGAACAGAGCUCCCUCAGGUAACACUAAUGUCAUGCUAAUGAGCUUUAAAAGUACUUUGGUUCUAACAUAUUGUAGAUCCUGCUGACAGAUGGAGAGGGUCAGUAUUUCACUUAGUGUUCCUGGUUCUGUGGUGUUAAAGAGCGAGCGCAGUGGUGCCACUGAGAGCCAUAUGCACAGGGUUUCCACUCCAAGCAUUUAAAAGCCGUUUCCACUAAUCGACUCCUGCUCUGGUGGCUGAAGCUGUUAUUAGUAUAAACUGUUAUUUCAUUUGAAUGGAAACCUUCACACAUGUCUGUUCAGCACAUUGUUAUGCAAUAGCACCCUGGCUGAAAAUAUAUACAGUAUUUUCCACUUUUCUACCCAGAGUGCCCUGUAGCUGAGAAGAGAAAAGUCCUGUAUUAUUUAGUCUGCAGCUGCUGAUGCGAGCUGACAGUGACGACAGCUUUCAGGGUGGAGAGGAGCGGAUUCUCAACAGGUCAAAUAAACCGACUUUGACUGAAGCAGCUGAGGAAACGACUUCUCUCAGUCCUUAUCUGACAUUUGGAGGAAACUGUACGUCUGCAGUCACACGGAAACCUGCUGAAUUACCAAAACACUGCAGUGACAUAAACAUGAGACAUAAACAUUUUUCUUUAAAAUAUACCUGAAAAAGUGAGAGUCUCAAAUUUGGACCAGUAUUAAAGAUAAUUCAUCUAAAACAGUGCUUAUAAACACCACAAAUACUUGAUUUAUGAGGUGUCUUUUAAAUGUGUUAAGCUCAAAACAUACUGGCAGUUCUACAAAAAUACUGAUCUCAUUAAAAGGUUGGAUAUUUUGGGGAUAUGUUUACAUAACAGCAAAUCCUAAAACCUGAUCUUGAAUUUAGGAGUUUUAAUGACAGGUGCAAACAAAGGGAAGUUCCAGAUUCUGUGCAAGAAAUAACACACAAAUUUAAGUUCAUAUGUUAUUAAUUUUUUUGUUUAUUUUGUCUGUAAUCAGUGAACUGGCAGUUUGGAAAAAGAUUGUGUAGAGGUGGGCGAUGAAAUCAAAUUUCAGUAAAGAUCAUUGCUCCCAGGUUUCAUGAAAAUAGGACAUUUAAAGUUGAACAGUUACUGUUCUGCCUGCUGUGUUGCACCAGUAUCUUUAUAGUAAACAGAGCGCACCUUUCCUUUCUUUCUUCACAGCAUAGUAUUUCUCUGCCCUUCCCUACAAGCUGCUCCCGCUUUCGCUUCAUCAUUAUUAGCUCAGAUUUAACAAAGUUCAGAUGUUUCUGAUGUCUCCAAAGUUAAUGGUGAACGCCUAUAUUGUCAGCAUGUUGAUGCACAGUCCCUCUCAAAACUAUUUCACAUGACUUUUUGUAAAUCAGUGCCAUCCAAUUAGACGAUUAGCUAAUAAAGAGGUUUUAGGUUCUUGUAAAUGAAUGAGAUGCAGAUUUCUGAUGGUGAGAAAUCAUGUCCUCUAAUCGUGAUCUCAGAGUCAAAAGAUUGUGUUUACUAUUUUUCAUUUUUCUGUUUAACUCCCUAUUGACUCAGUGUUUGUUUUCAGUUUACACAGUCCUGUCCGUUCAUAUGUUUUCAAUAAGAUCUAAUGCAGAAAAGCCAAGAGCGCCAUCAUGAUUUCCUUUCCAAGCCUUUUUCCUGUGAGCCUUGGGGGUGAAAGUGAAAAAUCGUGUUUUCUUUGCUUAUGCAUGAACUGAUUAAUUUGCUUUAUUCUGGGCUUUGCUGCACAGUUUGAAGGGUUAUUAGGGUUAUUUCAGAUGCACCUAUCUCCCCCCCAUCUGUUCUAAUGACCCGGUUCACAGACCGGUGGUCCAGCACAGAAAACUGCCCACACUUUGAGUCAUCACUGGUAUCUGCAGUAUGCUGUGCAGAGCGUCUCUCUGUUUCUGCGUGAGCUCCACUUCACCUCAGAGAACUGUGUCGGUUGCGUAACAGCAGCAGAACUGCAGAGGCAGGUUGUUUCAGUGCACACAUGGGAAUCUGAAAUACAACAUCCUGCACCGCUCAGGAUUCGUUCCCUGAUCCUUAGGAGGCCGUUUCGACUUUUAAUUUCAGGUUAAAUAGAAAUAAUUUAUGUCAGAGCAGCAAUGCAACCUGGGAUAUUACAUGUGGAGCGGCCUCAUUGACCUCGCUCAGUGUUAAAGCUGCCGACACUGCCAGUUUAAAAGGCAUCUGAUGAAAUGAUGCUGAAAAUUAGGAUGUUUAAACUUUAAAUUAAUCAAAAUCUGUAGCUGGAUAUGUUUGAUUUAUAGUAAAGCAUAAUAACAGGUCUCUGCAUGAUUAAAUCUGUCCACAACACAACCAUCAAAUAAUGAGAUACUGAACAGAGAAGUUGGGGGAUAAAAAACUUAAGCUAAAAGUUAAAAGUUUGUGAACAUUGUUGUUAAUUUAACAUUUAACAAAGAUGGCAGUUAAAGACCUGAAAAGUGCAAAUGCUGAUGCAUUAACCAGAGACCACUGAACAUCUGAGUAUGGAGUCAAAAGGAGGCCAGGAAGCACUGCAAACACAAGUGAGGAACUGGAAAGAAAAAAUAAUAAUUGUAAAUGUAAGUGAAGUAUUGUAAACAAGAAAAUAAAUUAUAGAUAAGUCACUGAAUUUUUAAAAAUACAGUAUUUUUGGCUUUUACAAUAUUUUUCUACAUUGACAAAACUUCUGCAUUUACAAAACAUUCUGGUCUCUCUUUGACAUGAGAGCAGGGUUAGAUGAGUAGUUUGUCCAGAGAGGAAAACUUAAACAAAACCACAGAAGAAGAAGAAAAAGUCAAGAAGUCAAGCUGCACUGACAGAGAGCCUUAGUCAGGCUCGCAGGUGUCAAGAGUAGGUACAGCAGACAGACAGUCGGACUUGAGGAGCUCAAGUCGGGCAGCAGCCUUAACGUAUAGAGCAAGCCCAGGACAUGGCCGGGUUAUAUCAACAUUCAGUUUUAAGGAUAAGUCUCAUAUAACCCGGUCCACAAUUGUUUUGAAAUGCAGAAAAAGUUUUGUAAAUGUAGAAAAAUAAGUUUUGUAAAUGCAAAAAAUAGCUUAUUUUUAGAAACUCAGUGAUCAAUUAUAUGUAUUUUUUGCAUUUGCAGUGCUUCCUGGCCUCCUUUUGACUCCAUAUCUGAGUGUUUAAAAUGAUCUUAAAACGACUGCACACCAUCCUGACACUGAUUGGAUUUACUUUACAUGUAUUCCUACAUACAUCUUAAUGUUUAACAGAGUUAUUAUUGACAUGAUAUAGAAUUAAAACUCUGUAUUUUACAGAAAAAAGCACUUAGAGGCUGUUUCCUAACCCUUAGUCGUGGUUUCAAACCGCUCUGGUGUACCAAUGCUGCAUUUAUUUGAAUAAUAAAUCAAAAAGCCAAGAACAUAAAACACACCACAUUUCCCUCAUUAGAUCCCUAACUCUAGAGAGGAACCGCUCUUCACUGUUAAUGUGGAUUUAAAAACAGUUUUGAAAUGCAAAAUAGAACAUGAUUUAAAACAAUCGUUUAACAGCCCUCAUUAAAAAGGAUUUUGGCUCCAAUCAUCACAAAGUUUCCAAAGUUGCUCGUUCACAGAUGUUGCCUCACAGGGUGAAGUCUUUCCUGUCAGAUGAGCGCGGUGGUAGGAUGAUGAGUCAAAAAUGAACAAAAGUACGCUCUGAAAGCCUCAGUGUGAUGUUUACAACAGACAAAGAGAGUUUGUGCAUUUAUAUCAAUAUUACGUGUAAAAAUGGACAAAUGUGCAGACGUCCAGAUGAUUCUUUUUUAAACCUUCUGCGCUUUUCUUCGUCAUCCUGUCUCCAGAUUCGGACCACUCACACGAUGUUAGCAUCAUCACCCCCAACCUCUCACUGACAGUGAAGUUCCUCCUGUUUUCUCCCAUCGGCUCAGCCUGAAAAUAGUCUGUCAGGACAAGUUUCAGAAAUAGAUGCUGUAAAUAAAGGUUUGACUGUUUGUUUUCACACAUGCAGCUGACCCCAAAAAAGUUAGAGUAUUUUUAAGAGUCAGUUCAUGUGAAACUACAGCUGCAGAGAAAUGUCCAUGACUUAAAGGUGGGGUCAGCAGGAAUCCGUUAAAGAAGCAUCUUUAUUUUGUGAUAUAUUUACAAAAAAGGUUUUAAUAUCAGUCAAUCGUUAUUAGUUAUUGAUGACAUUUGACAUUAACAUUUUUGAGCGGUCCGCUCUUUCUGACUGUAAACAAAGCCGUUCUCCACCUCCUGUAACCUGAUUGGUUGUGAGGCAGACGCUGCUCCCCCGUGUCGUUCAGGAGCCCAAACAAAGUUAGCGUGCUACAAUAUCGGACAGUAGAAACCAACCAGAAAGUUCGGAAAAUUGUCUGAAUCCUCCUUUAGCCACGACUGCCGACACAAGCAAGAAAACAAAGUAAAUACCGGAGACUCUGGAGGAGCAGGAGCGUCUGUUUGUGGGCGGGGCUUGCUGGAGUAGAGAGGGAGGCGAGAGGAGGAGCUGAGGGGAAAACUGAUUGGAGGGGUAGAGUUUACAUUCAAGAUUUCUCCUAAAAACUGGAACUUCCUCAGAUCCUGACUACACCACAUUUAAACAUGUCAAAACGGAGGGAGAGAGUUUUCCAUCAUCGGUGUUAUUUCUGACCAACCAGAGCCAGCGGCCCAUGGCUGCCUGACGCUGAGUCAUUACUGGGUGUGGAUGAUGUCACAACCUUACUGACCAUGUUUAAUCACUUCAAGUGAUUUAUGAGGGAUAAACCUCCGUAAUGGGCCAACAGAUUAACUCAGCUGCUUAAAUCCCCGCUAUAAUCUCCCGUGCCACAAAAACCACAGGGGGAGCUGUAAUCUAAAAACAAUAUGUUAGUGUUUAAUGUUCCUCUGGUAAUCUCUUACUGACUGAUGAUUACCAAACAUGACAAACUGAGUGAAGAGGGAAAUAUGAAGGUGAUGACAAGACGGAUUAACAUUAUUCACUCAGUGUACAUCGUGCUUUUUGGAAGUGAAGAAGGAGAGCGAGGCAGCUGUGAAGUAAUGAGAUUAGGAUGUGUGAUGGAUGAGGAAGGAGAGUUGGACUGUUAUCGAUGUUCAGAGAUAAUUUAAUCAGGGAAACUACAGCAGGAAAUGCAUUCUUCAGAUCUGCAGGAGUGAGGUCAUGUUAAUUUGUGGUACAGCUUUAAAAAAAUCCUCUCUCCAGUUUGUGUUUGUCCGGGAGCAGCACAGUGACACACUGAUCUACUUCAGUCUGACUGGAAUCAAGUUUGACGUUUGGCUCGCUGCCACAUUUGCAGGUCAACAAAAACACGACUAUGAAAUCAGCUGUGCGCACACAUCUGAGAUUACAUUAGUAAAGAUUAUAUAACCUCACCUCCCGAGAAAUCAUUUUAGAAUUAAUAACAAAACCUUAAAACUCUGAUCUAUUUGUUUAAUUUCUUAUAAAAAUGCACUAAAUGAGAAAUCGAGCUCUAACACACCCUCGCCCAGACUCUGUUCAGCUCUGACCUGCACCAAGUCUCCGCAGUAGUUGUGAUUAUAACUCUCUUUUCUGUUUGCCUUUUUCACUUGGCAAACCUUUUUUUUUCUUUUUUUAAAACUCAAUCUCUCUUUCCAGACCUCAGGCACCCACAAAAAAUAACUACAACUGACAGGCUCUCGUGUGCAGAGGCAGCGAACCCUGUUUUCACUUUGUCUACAGAUAGUUUUCCCAUGCUCUGUGCAAAAUUACAUUACCCUUUUAAUGUCUUUUAAAACGUUGUUGCAGUAAUUCAUUCAGAAUACUUAACUACUUUUUUUUUAGCCUGAAACUCAUAACUAGACCGUGUGAGUGCACAGCCAUCAUAAAAGCCAAGCUAACAUCUUUGUUUAUGAUUUUCUGAUCAGCACCAAACUAAUCAAAAUAUACAUCUAGGGCUGUAGGAGAGGUAAAUGUUUUAUAGAUCAGUGGUUAUAAACAUAGCUAAUGAAAAAGGUCGUGUUUGACCAGGUUAUAGUGCCAGAUAAAAAAUUGGGUGACAGAUUUUUUGGCACAUAAACACUUUUUACAGUUUUCUGAUUUUGUCUUUGUGUAAAUAUUUGUCAAAUAUUUGCAUGAUUUCAGACUCAACGUGCCAGUCGUAUGUUGUAUUCAAGCUGCAGAAAACCAUAAAACCACGUGACCUAACUGUGAAACCAGCAGAGGCAUGUAGACAUGAACAUGAAAGUGAGUGGUGCUAGCUCUGCUAACUGUAGCCACUCUCAGCUGACCGAUCUGACUUUGAGUCCUUGUUUUUAUCGAUGUGUGGUAAAUGUGUUUUUGUUUUCUGGAUGUUUUCUUACAAGAAGACCGAUUUCUGUUUGGAUGACAGGGAAACGGUCAGCUUCAGGACAUCCUCCUGGGACCAUGACCGUCUCAGUUUCAUGGGAGAAAAUAAGAUGGUUUUUUUGACAGCUGAGUGGUGGACGUUAACGCAUUCAGGUUCAUUUAUACAAUUUUCACCCACUGCCACUACUGACCGCAAUAGAAAUUUCUCUCUUUCAGGACCCACUGAAUAUUUUGUGCUUGGACUAGAAUUAUUUGCAAAAUCUCAAAAGAAAGGGGUGACUCUCUUCUUUUUCCAGAAAACAAAGUUAGUCUGGAACCCACUCCUGUGUUUAGUAAUUGCCUGCUCAAUGCAGUGUGUUCAUAUCAUCAUCAUCUGGAAAAAGAAACCUGGAAAAAACGCAUGUUUUCGGGGGAAGACUUUAAAGCCGAACUCUGAUCGUCAAUUUCAUUUCACUUCAAACUACUUCAUCUGUGGCAUCAAGGUCCUCCCUUCUCUGAAACUACUCCUUAUCACUCACGAGAUCCGUUUGUGAUAGGUCAUGUUGUGAUGGCUGGGAGUCGAGAACCUGACACCAUGAUCUAAACCACACGGACUGCUCAUGUCCUCCUCGCCAAGACUGUCGCUGAAUUCCGGCUCAGUCUCACUCACCAGUACCGGCACCAGCGGAACAACGACACACCGGUAAAUUGUUUCUUUGACUGUCUGCUGACGAUGUGAAGGUCCGGUACCGGGAUCUCCACUGGAUCCAGAGGCAGUAGCAACACGCCCACAGGAGCUGAUGCACAGAGACCAUUAGCUCUUGACUAAUGACUUCGGCAUUUUCCUACUCUUCUCAGAAAAAAACACUCCACAACUCGGCUAACAGGCACACUUGAUGUCACACUUUUCACCGGCGAGUACUUGUGUUUGUUACUGUAACAUGGUUUUGACCUAUUUGUCGGCGUUUCUGCGUUCAGAACGACCACAAAUUUUGACGCAUAUUGGGGAGGAGCGCCCUCUUAUUCACUCAAUAAGUGAAGUCAUAUACCCCCCAAAAAAAUAUAAUUUUUGUGUUUCUGUCUGAUGUUUUGAACAAAUUCACCACAAAAGUAACCCAAGGCUUUUCUGGCUUCUGUUAGAUUUGCAGCUCUGACCUCGUCGUGACUGGAUAGACUUAGAAAAAAGUUUUCCAUUCAAACGUCUGAGUUGUUGUUGUUGUUUUUGUGAGAAUUCAGCUGUUCAGAGAGUCUCAAAUAUCUGAUAAACAUCAGCGCUGGAGGGAAAACUUCAACACAAAGAGCAGCUUAUGAACCGUCACAAACAAAAGAGGUUUACAGUCUGAUCUGGUUUCACAUACAGUGUGUAAACAGAUCCAUUUACUCUCAUGUUUAUGAUGGGACCGUAUCUUUAUGUGCACAUUUAUGACCCCUGCUGUGUCUCCUCCAAAGUUUCAGAGCGAGGACACCAGAGAAAACAGCCGUAAUCAGGAAACUGGGACUUGGUGCUAUUUUUAAAAAUGAGAUCAGGCCUCUUGAAAACCUAGAUAGUAAGACAAUCUGGAGAAAAUUGAGUUAUGGAGAUAAUGAUGCACUCGUUCAGCUCUAUUAUCUGUCAGUGCAGCUCGGCUGGGAUGGGGAGGAAGUGGAGCGCUGAAAUAUCUUCAGUGAUGGGAAGAAGUGACUUUUUUUGGGAGGUGGCACCUCAUCAGAAAACAUUUGGCAUGAAGAAUAAUUACAGAAGACAUCAGACGCUUCGAUGAUAAUGAUGAUGUUGGAGCUUUGGUCAACUCCAGCUUAAGCCGGUCCUCUUUCUUUUUUCCAGAAUGGAUUUAUAACAUUGAGAAAAUAAGCUCCUCGAUCUCACAUGACUACUUUGCUCUGCUUUUCAGAGAGUAAACUGAACCUCGGCUGCCAUGUUGUCGGUCUGGUUGAGUAUCUUUAGCUUCACCCUCAGGCUGAUGAUAGGUUUGGAGGACUGUAGCAGCUUCAGCUCCUCGUCCCGGCGGCGGGAUGCUUUGAUGGCGGCUCAGUGAAACUCUUGACAUGUUACAAAGAGGCUCAGAGUCAGACUGUCACAGAAAUACGAGCCCCAGGGGGGAAACAAAGCAUGAUGUCACCAGACAAACGAAAUGUGAGUCACUAAUACAUCUGCUCAUAAUAGGGGAAACACUCUACCGUAUAUAUAUGUGUGUGUGUGUGUGUGUGUGUGUGUGUGUGUGUGUGUGUGUGUGUGUGUGUGUGUGUGUGGGAGUGUGUGUUUGUGUGAUAUGAGCCUUAGAGGAUCAGAGGACAUGUAGUCUCUCCUUCUCUGUCUCACUGGUCUGUUAUGGUCCGGCAUCGAUUUACCCCUCUCUCCCUGUAAAGCAGCACAGGGGUCUAAAUUGUGUUACUGUAUCAUAAAGUAAAGUGAAGCUCUACGCUGAGAGAGCGAGUUAUUCUGCAGCACACCUCGACACACUGUAGACGUCUGACUGUGGCUGAACUGGAGGUUUACUGAUACUGGACAUGUACUCAGUCAGGUAAGACAAAGCAUGAUGUCUGAUUCAAGAUUGUUGCUGAAAUUCAGAGUAGAGAUUUGUCAGCAGUGUACCACAAUUUCAGUUAAUCAACUUUAAGGGGGAAAUUGCACUUCAGUAGCAUUUUGAGAAAGUCUGUAAAUAGCUUAAGGUCAUUGAUUUAGAUCACAAUGUCAUUUCACAAAUACGAAUCACACACCAGUAGGGGUGGGAGAAAAAAUCGAUUUACAUAAGUAUCGUGAUUUUUUUGUUUUACAAUUUUAUAAACCGAUUUUUAUGUUCAAAAAUCAUAUUUUUUUAAAGUCUUAAAAACUGACUUACCUGUGAUGUAUAUUUUUUGGGGAAAUAUGGUUCCUGUCAUAGUCAGUAGACAAUCAUAAUCAUCCAACUGUUUCACUGGUGCAGACAGUAAUGCAGACUAAAAAUCAAGAAAAUUGACAAUAUCGUAGAAUCGCAAUUUAAAUCAAAUCGGCAUCCUAAAAAUCGUAGAAAAAUCGAAUCUGUAGAAAAGCAUGUUGUUCCAGCCCUACACACCAGUGGAGGACACACACUGGGAGCAAAGAGGGUUAAGUGUCUUGCUAAAGGACACAACGGAUAGACUAGGGAUAGUCCUGUACCUCCUAAGCUACUACCGCUAAUUGUAUUUCUAAUAAAUGUUAAGUAGUUAAUUACGUCUAAAAGAAGAAGGAAAAACAUGCAGAGCACUCUUGUUGAAAGGAGUAAAUUAUCUGAUAGAUAGUGGCGAGAGGGCUGGGCGUUAUGCUGCUCACUUCCUGGAUGAUUGCUGUGGCUCCACAAACUCUCCUCUGGGACUGUAACGUUUUACCAUCAGUCUGUGCCAACAGGUGCUUCAUUUACCUCCAAGGUCAGAGGUCUUAGCUGCUGAUGAGAGUUCAUGCUGUCCUUAACAUUGUUAGCUAACUUAGACAAUAACAGCGAACUGUGUAAUAGCUUGUGCAUGAAAAGAAAUUCCGAUGUCCACAAGUGUAUUUAAUUGAAUAACUCAAAUCAAGACGAAGUUUCCUUUUUACGGCUCAGGGACCAUCUCGGGUUUGGAGCUCUUGUUGUAGCUCAGAGUUUCCAAGGAGGACUUCUGGCUGAAGGAGGCUUUCCUAUCCUAGGGCACCGAAAGAAGUGCAGCAUAUUGUUAGAAAUAAUGGCAAAGGUUUGUGGUUUCUCCUGUCUUAGUUGGCGCUGGACUUUGGAACACUUUGAAAUAGAUGCUGCUUGUGUUGGACUGUAAAAAACCUAAAUACCUCCAAGCUGUUGGAGUCGAGGUUUCUUUCAUGUGGACAAGGAUUUCGUUGAGUUUUAAGAUGGUAAAGAAGGACUGUGUUUUCAUCAGUGUUGCUAUCCCUUAUAUCAACUGUGUUCCCCGUCUACAACAAAUGUCUGUACACUCAUUCACCUCUAGAUCAAUAUGAACGGCUGUUUUUUCAUCUCCAUCUUCUCUCAAAUCAGGUGGCAGCUCACACUUAAAACACGUUAGCGUCCCUCUUUUUCAAAGUUUGGUGGUUUAUUACAGAUUUAAAGCUAUCCAACAUAAAUCACAGGUUUGUUACAUUUCUGUCCAGAUAAAUCGUAUAAUAAUAUUAUCAUUUUAUCUCCCAGCCAUUAGUGAUGAUGCUAACAUCGUAGACUAAUCACAGUAAAAUCCUGGUACAAAACGAGACAAACUUCAAAUUAUGUUUUAAUUCUUUCAGCAUUAGUGUCUGUUUCGGCUCGAUGACUUGGCAUGAUGUAGGGCUGCACGAUUAAUCGAUUUUAAAUAGUAAUCGGAUUAUCUCAUUAUUACGAUGUUAAAAAAAUUCAAAUCCUCAAAUUCACAGUCUGUCUGAAGGCGGUAAUAACCUGUUCACACGGAAACUAAUUCAGGAGUAAACGCUUAAGUUUUUUGUCGUAUCAGCGUUUCAUCAUGUGACACACAGCGUAACUCUUUUAUGGCACCUGAGCGUGUCCGACCAAAACAGCAUUUAUACACAUGCUCUCUACUCUUCUUCUGUCUUUUGUGUAUUUCCUGUGCAGCGUUACAGCGCCACUUACUGGCUUGGCAUAUGUACUACAUCGUACUUCAGCGGUUUAGUUUUGAGAGAUGAUAGAAAAACUUUUUAUUAAUGUGUAGUUAUUAACAUUAUUGCUCAGUCUUAUGUUGUCACUGUUCUCAACAAGGUUAGAUUUUAUGUCAGUUUUUAUUCCUUUAUUAAGACUUUAUCUUUACUACAAAAACACAGAUGCUACAUCCAACAGGAGUUAAAACGUUAGAAAAUUAAAAACAGAGGAUAAUUUACCAUCUGAGAAAGGUGUAGGCUAUAAGGCACAAGCGUUACAUAAAUACCCCUUUAUGUGCCAUUUAUAUACAUGCCUGUUUUAUUUGCAUUUCUGUGGGUGUGUUGUGUAUUUCUGAGGCAGGAUUUUAAAGCACAUCAGAUUUUGAGGCUUCACUUCAUGAAUAAGAAAUGAGGAGGAGACGUAUUUCAGUCAGAGGACACAUGAGGACAGGCAGUUACUGCUGAUGUGAGUUUAACCAACAGGAUUCAUCAUUUAAAGAGGCUGAAAAGUUGACAGUCAGGACUUUGUUUUUGUCAUGCAGCCCCUGGAAGUCUCUGCAGUGUGACGUGUUUUUGUUUUGGGAAAGAGGAAAAUGUUAUAAGAAAGGAACAAUGGGAGAAACCACGGGAAUGCAACAGCCUGGGAACCUUGAACUUCUUUAAACACGCAAACACCAAAAGCUUUCUGACGAACAAAGAACAUGGAUGAAGCUGAAAUAUUGUUAGGAAAUGAAGGCUGAAUGCUUCACUUACAUCCAGGUGAAAAUCGGUGUGUGUUGACUCGUCCCUGAGUUAAAAUAAAAUGAUAAAGUCAGGCAGCGUGAACUGACAUGUUAAGUCAUGCGAUCACUGAUGGAUGCUUUUUAUCAGUCUCCAGCAUUAGAUGAGGAGGUGGAGGUUAUGGGAAAAAGGGGGACCAUUGAAGCCCCCGCAUCUCCUCUAUGGUUAGAGGUGGUGUUAGUGGGGCCGGGUGGGGACAGCCGGUCUUGGCAGGGCCUGAAAGGAGCCGUCUUCCUGCUGCACGUGCCAAAUGGUGUCAGUCUGUCGCAGCACGCCUCCCUCUGCAGGACCAGAAUACAUUAGGGCAAAGCUGCUGAGACAUAUGGUGUCUUUUUGGACUGAUCCAGAGCUUUGAUUGAUUCUGGGAAAUGCCUUCUGAUUAGUCUUUACAUCAAUACGACAUGAUGUGAAUGUCUUCUUGGGACACAUUUGGUUUCCUUUAAUCUGAAUUUAACCUUUUAGAUCCUCACUUCAGUUGAAAGUAAACAGAGUUUGAUUCAACAUCUUGAUCUCGGCGUUUCUCCCAGUUGAGGACUCUGAACUGGUGACUAAUCUGGAUCUCAGACCUUUAGGUUCCUUUGAUGGUGAAGCUGAUACGUAACACCAUAAUGGUCCUUCCCCUCAAACCGUCGUCUCCUCUCAGUCAAACCUCUGCGGUCAGAAACCUUCUCUCUGUGAGGCAGACGCAGGAAUGCACAGCUGGUUUAAUGGCUGCAGUUUCUACAGUAUGAAUGUGAAAUCAGAGUUUUCCAUCCAUCCUGUAGAAUACAGAAAAAAUAUACUUCCACAGCCUCUAAAAGAUUUAUAUGAAAACCUGCACAUUACACCCUUGAUUCAUCAUCGUACUUUGAGUGUAUUUCAUCAGGAAUUGGAUUUAAAUUUCCACUCCUGUCCAAGUAGUAACUCUAAACACUGAUAGGUGUAUUAUUCUUCACUUUUUUGGACUUGAAGUAACAUUUAAGGACAUAGAUUUGGCGAGUUUAACUCUGCGCCAAGUAUGAGACCCAAAGGAGACAAAAAGGUCACAAAAAGUCGAGUAGAUUACUUUAUUUAGUUUAAGAGUUGUUAGUGUGUGGAUCAGGGCUUUGAUAGUAUUGGGGCCAAGAGUUAAGUAUGGUUAGUGGUAUGAUGUCAACAGGGUGGAAAAUAGGGCUGGGCGAUAUGGCCUCAAAUCAAUAUCAGGAUAUAUUGAUCAGUUCACCUCGAUAACGAUAAAUGGACGAUAACUACUCCACAAGCUGCUCAGCCCCUCCCACAUUAACUUUGUCUACUUCAGCCGCUCCAACUCUUGAACCGUCCUCCAUCUCCUCACCUGUCUUUCCCUCUUUGUUACGGACUGGAUAAUAAAGCUUAUAGUUAGAUCUGGUUCAGGCCUGGAUCAGCUCUUAGUUAGACUGUGUCAUACCCAAACUGCUCAUGACACAAACAUGAAGUCAUCCCGUUUGUGCUGACUCUGGGAUCUCCUCGCUCGCCUCGGUCACAUGGGAACAGUUUAAACCCUGUUCAGUUUUCUCGAGUUGACUCUGUGAACUUUCAGUGUUUUUGAACUCACUGUUUCCUCUUGUCCUCACACUUGGAUCAUGUUCCUUUAAGUAAAACAAACUCUGUCGUCGUUCAAAGUAAAUUCAUUCAUCAGUCUUUCUCAUUAAAAAACUAUAAAUCUUGUUUUUCAUUGGAGGUAAUGAUCUCACACAUGAUGUCACUUGAUCCCUGACUGACCACCUUCAAAGUCAUGAUUCAUUCAGCAAUAUUAGUGCAUUACAAUUCUUGUGUUUCUUCUUCUGAUUAGAUGAAACCUCAGUUAUCGUUUGAAUGUGAUUUUCACAUCAGAACGAUAUAUAUGCAGGAAUAGACACAAAAAGUGACACCAAAAGUGAAUUUCCUGUUGUUCUGCUGAGUGUUUUCCAGGCAUCUUUGUGUGCAUGUUUACGUUCUACAGUCAUGUGACUCAGACACUCUCACUGCCUCCACAGCCGUCACCUCUCAAGUGAUUUUAGAUAGAUAAUUUUUUUUAAAUCAAUCCUGAACAAGUAGGACAGUUGACAGCAGUGGUCCCAAACCUUUUUUGUACCAGGGACCAGUUCCAUGCAGGAAACUUUUUCCUGCAUCAGCCUGUGUUGCUGAUGCAGGAAAAUGACGCGCCAAAGAAUCAAGCGCAAAAGUGAGGCGAUGGCGGAGGUGGUGGUCUUUCAAAAUAAGAUACUCAGAAGACAGAUGAAAAGAAAAAAAUCUAUUUCAAUCACGGUUAUUAAUUUUUUGUGGCCUGGUACGAAAUGAUCCACGGACCGUUACACAUAUCCAAAUAAUAUUAGUGUCUUUUCACGAUCGGUUCAUGAUCAAAACUUUACUAAAAUGAAGAAUAGCUUUAAAUGCCUUAAAAAGUAAACCUUUUCUGCACUACUACUGUCCUCUGUGUCAGGUUCAAACAUGUUUUCAUACCAGUUUUAUAAAUGUGUCUUUGAGUUGUGAACUUAAACUAUUUAAUGACAAAUUUAAGUGAGUUUGAAACCCUCUUAAACCUGCUGUCUUCUCUUAUGUUUUACUUCUCUGUUUCGCAUGAGAAAUUGCUUUUUUUUCAUCAUAACUUAAAUUGUGGUGAAGUUUUAUUUGAGACACACUCUGAGAUGUUUUUGAAACUACUUGUAUUUUACAGAAUCUUCCUUAACCAGAUCUAAACCAGGCUUACACUCACAGUUUGUACCUGUAGGAUGUUGUUCUAAAUCGAUGCUCCUCUUGUCUUCUCCAGAGCUGAUCCCGGUGACUCUCUUCAAACAUGAGCGGAGGAGUGAAUAUCAAAGUCAUACCUCAGACUCAGAGCGACGCCCGUGUCAGCUCCACUCUGCCUUUACCUCGGCGCAUGAUGCCUCAUUCAAAGAUGGAUCCCAAACAACAACAACAACAGUACGGCGGCCUCUCCACUCCCACUGCGCAGUAUCAGCACCCCGCCAACAGACGGCCUUCCUACCCUUUAUCUUCAGUCUCCUCAGGUCCUGCAGAGCUGCUCAGAGGAGCGGCUUUAAAGAACCACCUGCUGCAGCACAAAGCUGGCAUGCACGCUCACAGAAGCCCGGCAGCUACAGAGCGAACUGACGGGACGUGCUCGGCCUACAGCAGCCCGCAGAUACCAAAGAGACAAGCGCCGCGCUCGAAAGAUACCCUCGAUCUCCGCACCAGCACGCUCACCCAGAAAGCUUUGAGAGACCUCCAGCUCAGACGAAACGUCAACCAGAACUGGACGUUUGGGAAAUACCGCCAGAGGAGUGUGGACAACGCAACUGAAGACGAGGCUUUGUACCAGCUAGGGUCGGGAAGAAGACGUCUGCUUCACAGUAAAAGUGCAAACGGAAACGAUGAGCCGGGAGUUUCUUCAGCCAGAGUGAGCAACGUUAUCAGUCAGGGUCAGCAAGGAUGCAAAAGAGGGAUGUCCAGUAACGACCAGAAGUCUUCUUUCCACACAUUCAACAUGUCACGUCGAUCCAGUGAGCCGGGACAAGUCAACAUGGCGGCUGUGGCUCCCUUCAGAUUCAGGUGAGGGCAGUGUUUCACCUUUUUAAGAUAAGGAGAUAACUGACUGACUGCAGAGACUCAUGAUACAACAUGAGAUUUUUCCUCUACUGUCUUUGUUUUGAAACAACAAAUCCUUUUUAAUCCGAAGAAGUUAGUCCAUUAAAAUCAGUUUUUGUUUUUCCUUGAAGGUUUCAGGUCCACGAGGAUGCAGACCCCACCCUCGAUGAUCUCAGUGACUGCUCCUCAGACUCCAUGGAGGUCUGCUGUGAUGAACUUGGUGAGUGGGGAUACUCGCAGACACACUCGGUGUUCAAAACAAAUCCUAAAUCAAAGUUUAGAAAAGAUUGAUUGGACAGGAAAGAAACAUCAUCUUCCAGAGAGAGUUUGUAGAAAUUAUCUUCCUCUGUAACGUCAGAUCUUUGAUUUUGAAAUACUGACGAGGAUUUUAGAAAUUAAUCGACCAGAAAAAUCUCCCUGUGCCAGAUCCUCACAGGUCAGAGGAUCAAAGAGAGAAGAAACCUCAUCUCUCACCCUCCCCUCUCUCUCCCUCUUUUUCCUGUCACCUCUCUGCUCACUGCUUUCCAACAAUUUCAUCAUUUCCCCUCAUAAAGAAUCUUUUCUAAUGAAGUCGUUUCCACAGCUCAGGAUUUUAAGGUCCGUGACAAAACGUUGCUCAUACUUUUUCAGGACUUACGAGCCAAAGAAGUUUGGAUAAUAACCAAGUCGAGUCGACCUUAUUUAUGUAGCACAUUUAAAAACAACCAGAGUGAUUUUCAGUCUGCAAAGACGCACACGAAGAUUUCACCGUACGAUAAAAUAGUAAAAUCUACAAGGAUAUCCCUGAAAGUAAAGCCAAAAAGAAAGACGAGUUUUUAACAGUGAUUCAAAGUGAUACUGAGUCAUCAUUUAGGCUCAUUCAAAAGCAGCUGAUUGGUUAACCUCAGUGUAGGGGCGUGCGAUAAUAUAAAUGUUAUGCUGUUAGUUGUUAAAAUCUGGAUAUUAUAUUUUAUUUUUAUUAUUAUUUUAUUUUUUAGUCCCCCACCCCGCCCAGAAAAAUCAUGAUAAAACUGUGAUACUGAUUUUACAAAUUAAAAAAAUCCUGUCAUGAAUCUUUUUUCCAUAUCACCCACCCCUACUUCCGUGCUCGAGUUGGAAUAUGAGCAUGUUGAGGUUGAGCUGAGUAGGGUGGUGCAAGUCCAUUAAAAGCCUCAAAAGCCGGUUCUAAGAGAAGAACACCAACGUGGUGUCCGGUAGAUGACCGAUCCAAGCUGGCGUCGAUUUAUCACAGUCAAGACAAGAUAUCAUAUCUACUUUUUACCCUUACUGAUCUUACUGGUAUCAUGGCUGUGUUAAAAACUUGAUUGAUCAAAACCCUGUCAUGACAGUUAAUAUAUAAAACCAGAGACGUCCAGAUCACACACAUCACAUCAGAUUAAUCCGUGGAAAAGAGUUCAGGCACAUUUUCUUCUGCUUGAUGAAACCGCUUCCACCUUUUCAUAAAAACCGUCUUCAGGUCUGAACCAUGACCACAGAUCAUAUGGUAGAGAUGUGUUUAUCACUGCUGGUUACCAAAGUAUAAACACUGAUAUGAAUAAGGUUUAUCAGGUUAUCAUGUUAAAGAUAUCCUCUGUAAGGUGUAAAUGAUCCCAGAUCACCUUCAGUCUGAGCUCAGCUGAUCUGUUGUUUUACUGCAGACAGGGACCGUUAUCAAAGUGAGGGGAGGAUCGUAAAUCUUAGCGAGCUGACAUUUGUAAAAAAGUCUAAAAAAUCUGAAGACAAGGGGAAAGAAAAAAACAACAUAAGGUGAAGAUCAAUCUCAGCAGGUUUGUGUUUCUCGUGUUUAAAUCAGACCCCUCAGAUUAGCAGAUGACAUGUGACUUUCCUACGUGCUCUCUCUGUGUUUUGACGAUAUAAAGGUUUUUCAUUUCCUCGUAAAUCAACCCAGAGAGCAGAGAGGAGGAGUGGGUGUUUACUUGUGGAUGAAGGAGCAUUUGAGCCUGGAGACAGAUUAUGCAUCACUUGUGAUAUCAGACUUCACAAGAGGAUUGCCACUAGGCAUAAAUACUAUCCUCUCAACCGACUAUCAGGUAGCUCAGGGCCUCUCUACCUGAUCUCAAAGGUGAUGAGGCCCUGAUGAGCUGAUAAAUUAACCGAAACCCCUAAAUGUGCCCAUGUGAAUCACUGCUUCGCUCUUUUUCAGUGAGAAGUAACUCUAAAGCUGGGUGAGAAAACACAGUCGUUGUCCAGGAUCUUAAAAUGAGAGACCCGAAGUCCAGACAGUCCGUGAAAACAUAAUCACUUUAUCGACUCAUGACUGAUUCCACCUGUUGUCUCUCUGCAGAGCCAGAGCUUAAAUCUUGGAGAAAACAAGUUUGUCUCCUAGUUCACUGAGUUCGUCACUUAGUUAUGCAAAACUGUUUUUCCAAUUGUGUUAUAUUGCGUUCAGUAACACCCAAGUGUUAAUAUUUCUGAAUGUUGACACUGGGCUCCGUUCAGCAGCGUGGCAGUUGUUCUCACUCGAGCUGCUGCCAACUCACAACGAGGGCUUCAUUUCUGCAUGUACCACCUGUUAUUUACAUCAGGACUUCCUGCUCUGUACUUUCUUUAUGUGCAUGUGGGAAAACAAAGAGUCUUGGCAGGGACCGGUCCUCCCAAGUCACACUGCACUCUGAAUGCACCACUGUUUGUUACGUGUUUUUGCACCCCUUGUGUACAGUUGUGAUUAUAUUAUAUAAGUACCAUGUGUGCAUUGAUAGUUCAAUGUUGUGUUUGUUCAGAUGUGUGAAAAAAAUGUGCACAUCUCACAUGGUUAAACAAACACAGGGUUAAUGUUUCAUUAUUUAAAGGCACUAUCUUGAACUGUCUCGCUAAGUGAAUGCAAUUCAUCAUCAGCACACACACUCGCAAGGAUCCAAUCAAUUAUCUCCAAUUAGAGGAGGAUGACAUAAUUAAAGAUCCUCUGUGAAUGAGUGAUAUUGAUUUAAGUCAGUCAGUCAGCAGACACUGAGGCCUCAGGGGCUUUAGCUGUGGUCACAAACAACAGGAUAAAGACUUAAACAAGUUUGUUGUCUUCACUGCAAGAGAGGAGGGAUUAGGGGUGGACGAUACGGACAAAAAAAUCAUCACUUUUUUUUUUGUAAAAUUAUGAUCAUGAUUUUAUGAUCAUUGUCACAGAGGGGAUCAUGAUGAACCUAAAAUAAGACUUCACACACAAAAGUCAAUAUUUAGAAAUAUGAAAGGUAGUCCUAUAUAGUCUUAUAAAUAAUAAAAAUCACUGAAAACUAAUUUACAAACCAUAAUAGAGCAUUUUCUUCUCUUUUUCUCUCUUUUUUGGCUGUUUUUUUUUAUUUUUGGUCACAACUAAACAGCUCAAAAAUCUCCUUUUUCCACUCCACUGUUAUAUUUAAUGUUACUUGUUUUUGUUGUUAUUUUGUUAGAUUGCACAUCCCUAGGGUGGAUUUAUUUUUCCAGGAGCUUAUGCUGUGCUCUAUAACUAAGAGUGAAUUUUCCAGACCUGAAUACCCCCAUCAAACAUCAAAUUAUUCAGUUUCUGUCUUUGCUGCGAACCUGGCUGAAAAUUUCCUUUAAAAAGUGCGGUUGAGUGUCAGCUGUGCUAAUGAGCUAAGAGCUACAGAAGCCAACAUUAUGUGGACUAGGGGCGUGCGAUCUGACAAACUUAGAUUGUGAAAGACUAAAAAGUGACGAUGAUGUGCCGAAGCACAGAGAUCCUAUCACAGAGAGAGCAUAUUUUAAUCUAACCACAAAAUUUUAACAUUAUAAGUUGAUAAAAGUAACUAAAGUAGCAGAAAAAUCUGCUACGUUAUGCUGUUUGUUGCUGAAAUCUGGAUAUUCUAUUUUAUUUAUUAUUUCUAUUUUGAAAUCGUGGUAAAAUCGUGAUUGUUAUUUUGCAAAUAGAAAACAUGAAAUUUUUUCCAUCGCCCACCCCUACCGUGGACAACACAUUUCCAUCCACUGUUUAAAAAGUGAAGCCAAAAAGAAAUCCUCAUGACAGCUGCUGACUGAUCUACGGCUGUCCUGAUCGGCCAAUUUGGCUCAAAAUCCCAGUUUGAUUUUUCAGUAUUGAAAAAAAUAAUCAAGAACACAAAUAUCUGACAGUAAAUUUGCAUUCAAAUGUUAUUUUCCCUCUUUUGCCCUUUUGUUUUUCCCCCUAAGGGCUGACCUUCAAACUAAGAAAUGAAGUAAUCAAUUCAGUGUGCAGUGACUCGGGACAAACGUCAGAGCUCCAAACAUCUGCAGUAAAUCUAAGAACGACCACACUGGGCUUUAAAUCACCUCUUAUGUUUUUACAGGCUUUACUACACAGCUUCAGUAAUCAGGUAUCUGACAGGAGGUGUCGAGACAACAGGACUACAGGUCCAAAUGAUGGCAAAAAUCUACAUAACUAUGGAGAUCAGGGAAUUUGACCUCUUUCUUUUUCACUCUUACCUGGUUAUUUAUCUUUCCUUUCACGGUCCUGAGUUUGGUGCUUUAGUGCACUUAAUUUCGAUGUGCUUAACUCCUGUUUUAAUAAUACCUUUGAUUUUCAUCUACAUUGAGAGCAGUUUCAUACAAGAGGUUUGACAUGACCCCUUACUGACAGCCGACCUUUACCAUGAGAUUGUAUUUUUAUGCUUCUCCCUCCUCCAAUCAUCUUUUUCUCAUCCCUGACCCCACUACUCUCCUGUACAUUUUUCUCCUGAUCCUACUGCCCUGAUCCAUAUUAAAAUGAAGCUCCUGAAAACCAUCUUUUUCAAUAAUAUUGCUCUUCAGGCCUCAUUACUCUACAGAAUAAAAAUGGCAGAUGUUAUACUCAUCACCUCUUUGGGGUUUUGGUUCAGUUUGUCUGGAAACGUUGGUCAGAGGUGUUGAGCAGGCGUCUGUAUCCACUGUAAAACUUCCUCCAACAUCAUGGCGUUUCACUUCAGCUGUAUUUCUCAAUCAUCUAACCCUGCAGAAAUAAGAACACCUUAUAAUUGCAUUCGGGUUUUCUAAAAGCCUGUAACUGACCUCUUAAUUAUUCUGAUGGCUGUGAGGUCUGAGAGUCUCCUCAGAGACAGAGUGUCCCUCAGCCCUGGGAGGACAGAUGCUGAACUGGUUUGAUGGGAGGAUCGGCUUUCACCUCCUGUCUUGGAGUUCCCUCAUCCCUCUGGACGGGCACAAGGGAUGCUUAACUUCUGGUUUUGACCAAAGAGCAAAGACUUUUUUUCUUUGGUAAGCUGUGAUUUGGCUUCAACUACAAAUCAGUGGUGAAUAAAAUGAAUGAUGAAGGGUUUGAUUUGGUAGAAACAUCUGCAGAAACUGAAGCUAAGUUUGGGUCUCUGGUGAGAGAUCUGUCUUUGUAAUGACCGCAGUUGCAGAGCUUUAAGAUUUAAAGGUCCAGGACUUGCAGAAAACAAGCAAAUUAAUCACCUAGUUAAGUUUUCAGCGAGCACAAGAUGGUUUAACCCUUUCUUUAGUUUCCAUCAGCUUCAGUUUGAAUACCAAGCAGAAGAAGACAAAAUUAUGUAAGAGGCUUUUACGGCUGUUGAGAUCAGACUUCCUCUCAUGGGCUCCAAGAACAUUGAUUCUCUAAGGUCUCUAUCUGUUGACCUUUUGAUUAGCAAUCACUGCCUCAUGAGAUCAGCUGAGCUCACAAACACCAUCUCUGCCCGGUCCCUUUAACAGCACACUUUAAACUGAGAGUUAUGUGAAUUUAACGUUGAUGUUCUCUGGGUUUUCCCCCCUCUGAGUCCAUGUGGACGUCUCCCCAGAUGUUCCCGAGUCUGUUGCUUUUGAACAGCUGAGCAGCCCCCAAAAUGAUUACAUGUGCUGUCCAGGGGAAUAUAAAACAAACAGCUGUGUAACUGUGCUGUCAUACCAUGCACACACACACACACACAGAGUUAGUCACAUGGCUAGUUGGAGAGCCGGAAUCGGAGCCAGAUGUGAAAAACACCAACUGAAAGAUGCAACUCCACCCUCCACUCCCCUGAGAAGUGUCUGCAUCCAAAACUUUCUGCGUCUUUAUUCACAGGAUGGACUUUUUUCCACUUCAUCCAACCUUGUUGAGACAUUUCACUUUCAACAGCUCGUUCCAGUCUGCUCAGGGCUAAGCCAACACAGAGUCUCAUCGGGGGCAAUAAGCCUGAGAUCCAAAGUUUUACUGCAGUCUAAUGAUUGGUGUCAAAAUCUGUGUGAUUCUCCAAACCAGCCAAAUUUCCUCUGGUACGGCCAAAGUACUGUAUAAAAAGAAGUCUCCUCUUAGAGGCCUCUGUGCAUUCCUAUGUUAAACCAGCAGGAGGACAUCACAAAGGCUAGGCCAAUUUUUUUCUUGAUUUUUCGUUUUUUUAUUUAGUGACAACUUCACCGAACUGCACUUUAAUAAAAAGUUUUUCUAUCAUCUCUCAAAACGAAACCACUUUCUUUGGAAAGCGUCUUGGGAUGACCACCGUUGUGAAUUGGUGCUUCAUAGAUAAAAUUUGAUUGAUUGUUUGAAAACGAUGUAGAGCAUAUGCCAAGCCAGUAAGUGGCGCUGUGCACUGCAGAGGAAAUGCACAAACACAGAAGAAGAGUACAGAGCAUGUGUAUAAAGGUUGUUUUGGAGCCAUCAAAGAGUUAUGCUGUGUGUCACAUGAUCGUUUCCAGAGAUGCAGAUAGACCCUCUGCAGACCUCUCUGACCCGUUUUUAAAAAGUACUGUUUACAGUCACCUGAAACGCCAUUUCCGUGUGGAUGAAACGCAGAUACGAUGAAAAACUCUGUGUGGACGGGUUGAUACCGCCUUCAGACAGACUUUGCAGCAGGGAGUGGUUUACUCCUCAUCUGAAACUGUGAAGUCGUACAAAUUCAACACGACUGACUCGCUCUUGUCAUGUUUAACCACGAAAUUAUCGCCUUCUUUUGCAAACGCCAUGUUUGUUUAAACUGGUGUGUGUGUGGGAACUGGGGAGCGCUCCUUUAGGAAGGGGGAGGAACCUACAGUGGCCUGGAGGCGCGAGACAUGAUAGAGAGGAACAUCAAUUUGAUGUUUUUAACUUUUUUUUACAUUGACAUAAUAAAAUAAUCCGAUUAGGAUUAAAAAUUGAUUUAUCAUGCAGCCCUAGAUUGGGGGUUGCGUGCAUCCAAAUUCAUCCACCACAGCUCAGCAAGUGUUCACAGUUUCUGUAGGUGAACAAAAUCAAGUUUUCAGAGUGUAGCUAACACUAUCAGAGUUAGCACCACCAGCCUUCGAUCCUCCUCAAAAUAUAAAGUCCACAAACCUUUACAGGUAACACUCUGCUCCAGUCGAGUGGUUAUUUACCAAAUUACCAGACACCACCUUCAAACAACAGAGCAGCAUAACAGUUUUAGUACUACAGUGGUACUAGAUCUCAGGUUUACAUUCAUACCAACAUAGAGCUAUAUCAUGUAGACUUUAAUCCUGCUGAUCAGUGAUGAUGACAUAAAGUGUUAUCGUUGAAAAGCGAAGACAUUCCUUCACAGGAUGUUAAAAUGUGAACUUUUCCCCAGGAACGGAGAUGCUGGAUCUGUUUCUGUGUUAUGCAAACUGUCAAAGCUGCACUCAUGAAAACAACUAAAGCUUGAAGCAAAUUUGGCUUGUCGGAAUUUGUUAUCUCAUGAUUAUAAAGGAAUUCCCACACCCCAAAACAACUGAGCCAUUCAGUGAAUCAUGGGAGUGAGAGAUCUCCAUCACUGAUCAGGAGUCAGCAGGGAAGAUCUGGAACUCAUGAUGAAGACAAACAAGACAUGACAUUGUUUCCAGAAAACUAAUUGCCUGAUCAAACACUCUCAGUGGUCCCUGACCCACCACAGGUGCCCUGAAACUCUCAGAGAAGAGGCAGUGGAGUGUGCGUGUGGAACAGAGGAGCGACCUCGGGGUAUUGUAGCUAACAGGUCAAUCAUGUCCAGAGGAUUUGCUCCAUGUAACACGCUUGGUUUCAGUCAAGCUGUGAUGUGGAAAAGAGCAACUGGACUCUGAGUCCUUCAGAAAGACGACUUUAUUAUUGCAUUUGAAAAUAACCCGAAAUCCAGAUUAUAAAAGUAAAAGAUGUAAUCCUGUUUGUGUUCCAUUUUGUUCAGCAAUGUGCUCUUUUGAUGCAGAUGUGUAGCUCUUUCUUUUACCAUCUACCGUUUAUCCCAUGGUGGCGUUGGUAUUUGUGAAGGAUGGAUUUGCUGAAACCUGUACUACUGCCCCCUAUUGGCCGCGGUUGUCUUUAAUUCAAGUCUAUUCAACCAAACCAGCUCACUUUAUUUACACAAAUUUACUCCACCGUUCUGAUUAAACUUACGGUGAUGAACUAAAGAUGAAGAAAAUCAAAUUUAACUCAUUCAGUGCCAGGUUCAUUUAUGCAAUUUUCACCCAGUGCCAUCGUUGACCGCAAUAGAAAUUUCAGUCUCUUUCAGGACACACAGAAUAUCUUGUGCUUGGACUAGAAUUAAAAGAAAGGGCUGAUUCUCUUCUUUUACCAGAAAACAAAGUUUGUCUCGAACCCACUUCUGUGUUUAGUUAUUGCUGCUCAAUGCAGCGUGGUCGUAUCAUCUUUGCCGAUCUGGAAAAAGAAACCAGGAAAAACACAUUUUUACAAAGGAGAGACUUUCAAGCCAAACUCUGAUCGUCAAUUUCAUUUCACUUCAAACUACUUUACCUCAUCACUCUCGAGAUCCGAUUGUGAUAGUUCACUCUGCCAUGGAUGAGAGUCGCAUUGGCCCUCGAGAACUUGACGCCACGACGUAAACCACACAGACUUCUCACGUCCUCCUUGCCGGGACUGUCGCUGAAUUCCGGCUCAGUCUCGCUCACCAGUACCGGCACCGGCGGCAAAACAACAUGUCAGAAAAAUAGUUUCUUUGAUUGUCUGCUAACGAUGCAAAGGUCCGGUACCGGGAUCUCCACUGGAUCCAGAGACGGUAGCACAGGAGCCCACAGGAGCUGAUGCGCCGAGACCGUUAGCUCUUGACUAAUGACUUCAGCAUUUUCUUACUCUCCUUAUAGAGAAAAAACACUCCACAACUCGGCUAAUUGGCACACUUGAUGGCACACUUCUCACUGGCGAGUACUUGUGUUUGUUAUUGUAACAUGGUUUUGACGUAUUUGUUGGCUUUUCUGCAUUCAGAACAAUCCCAAACUUAGUCACAUGUUUAGGAGGAGCGCCCUCUGGAGGAAAACAAAAAAGGUGAAAAAUCUGUCGAAAUGCGACAUCGGCACUGAAUGAGUUAAAAAACUCUUGAAAGGUCUUAAAUACAACUUCUUCAUACCUGUCGUCAUCCUGUAAGCAGCACCACCUCACACCUACAGCUGUCACCAUAGUAAGAUUUUCCCCUUACGGUUAUUGUGGCUGAAAUAUGAUGAUAAUUUGUGUUUUGGAGCAGCAGCGUCUUCCUUUGAGAGACAUCUGAGUUAGCCCUGUUAUGUCCGUCUCAUACACUGAACAUUGUACGACUCUUGCUUCAUGGUGGUUGAUGGAAACAGUGAUUGUUGCUCUGGCAGCUGUGCAGGCAGAGCUUUGAGAUCUGGUGCAGAUGACAUGCAGACGGUGGGAGAAACUGGUUUCCAUGGAGCGGCGCUGCGUGUGAGCGCCGUGGAGCUCCUCGAUCCUCCUGAGAGACGUCAGAGUGGAUAUCUAAAAAAUGAUGACUGUGCUCGUGUUUGUUAGGAGCCCUGCUUGAUAACAACUUGACUGGAUUUUACAUUUAACACGGUCACGGUCAUGUUUGUGGGUUUAUAUGAGAUUUAAAGAGAUUUCCCAAGUGUGGUUUUGGGUGUGUUAGUUUCGUACCCUGGCACAUGUCGUCGCUCUCUCAGUCCGAAGGCUGAAAUGAUGUCACUUAUUUGGCUGAUUUACUGUUUAGUAUUUGAGACGGUUUUAUUUUUUUUUUAUUUUUCAAGCUCCGGACACAAAAAGUCAACCAUUAGAGUAUCACAUUAACGCCGGUGUUAAUGAUAUAAGUGACAGCUGAACUCUGUCUGCAGCAGGUAAACACACACAGCUGAUUCAGAGCGUAUGAUUUAUCCGGCUGUAAAUCUGGAAUUGAUAUCGUCAGGGAAGCUCAGACAGGAUCAGGAGAUAAUCCGGCGCUCCAGUUGUUGCAUUGUGUGACAUUUGAUGCUAUGGUCAGCGAUUACAUGUCUAAAUGUGAGUCUUUUCUCAUUCAUAACACUUCCACUCACAUCACAAAUCAUGCAUCAUGUUGAAGGUAUUGAACGGGCAACAGUGGAGAUGAGGGAGGGGGAGGGGAAGAACAAAGGAACCCGAAGAGGAGGUGGGAAAAGGUGGUGUGUUAGAAGAAAAAAGAGCCCGGUAUUAAAAUCCACAAAUGAUCCGAUCUCAUCGCUCUCCUGCAUUUAACAUAUUCUGCUGAGACACGGCGCAGCAUCUUUAAAUGAAGGCAAAACGAGGAAAGGAGGAGGAGGAGGAGGAGGAGGAGGGAAGACGAGGGAGAGAGCAGGGGGAGGGAAGGAGGAAAGGAGGGUGGGAGCGUUGUUGCGUCUGCCGCCGCUGUCAUUCCGCUGCUGCGCGCUUCAGCGGCAGGAGGGUGUGCUGAAGGGAGGAGUGUGGAAAAAACGGAGGAAAGGAGGACGGGAGGAAAGGAGAGAAAGGGAGUGCCGGGGCAGCACUGCAACAGCUGCAGCUGCAGCAGCCUGUCAGGACCAGAGAGGAAGAAAGAGACGGCUGCAGGACUGCCUCAGAGGAAGGGUUUUUUUUUCUGUGUGAAUUCGUUGGUUCUUGCAGGAGGAAAAAAAGGGUUGAUAAGGCGUCCGGUUUUCUCCCCUGCUGAUGCUUUUUCAUACGGUCUCAUGCAGGAGGAAUGCUUGGAAAUAGUGUGAGAGGCAGAGAAGGAGAUCUGAAGAUGGAGAGGACUGAUAGCACAAAGGCAUACGGCCAAACAGAUGGCAAAGGAGUUGGUAUGGCAGCCAAGAGGGCCAAGUCUGGAGUGCCCCAGAGCACACAGCGAGGUGAGCUGAAGGUUUACCGGGCCGGGAGCUCUGAUGGCAGGAUCCCAGUAUCCUCCAGUCUUCGCAAACAGAGGUCCAUGACAAACUUAGCCGUCCUCACUGAUGCCGAGAAGAAGUUGCACCUCUAUGAACCCAAGUGGUGCGACGACAUGGCCAAGCCUGGAGCGGGGCAAGCGAAGACAGGCAAGCCAAAGACAGCGGGGGGCGGCAGCAGUGCCGGAGGGGGUGCCCCCCUCUCUCGAAACCUUUCCAAAUCCGAACACUCGCUGUUCCAGGGCAAACCAAAACCCUUCAGCCCUUUGGCCGCCCCCUCUGCCCUGAACAAGCAGAGCCGCAUACCUCGUGGUCCUUACGCCGAGGUGAAGCCCCUGAGCAAGGCACCUGAGGAUGGGAAGUCAGAUGAUGAGAUCCUAUCAAGCAAGGCGAAGGCUAAGAAACCGGGCGCAGGGGCUGAGUCCGGAUCCAAAGGCCAGGGAGAGGAAGGAGGGGACAAAACCUUCCUGAAAGUGGACCCAGAGCUGGUGGUGACGGUGCUUGGCGAUCUGGAGCAGCUGCUCUUCAGUCAGAUGUUGGGUGAGUACAGUAGAGCGGUCUUGGUGCUUCUUCUUCGGUACGUGUGGCGGCCAUGUGCUACAAACCGAACGCCCCUCUGGUGCGAUUUCUCAAAGUCGGCAGCACGCCCCCUUCCAUUGAGCCGCCACAUGGCACCUGCUUGAUGCUGCAGGGUCGAAUUUUUUCAGAUUCCCUCUUGAGAAAAACAUAAAGAGAUGAUUGUUUGGCUCAUAAAGCAUGCUGGUCUCCAUUUUAUUUCAUUGAUCGCUGCUUUUUCUGCUGAAUCUGAUUGAUUGGUCGAGUCUGAAUGACGUUCUAUUGUUCUUGAUCCUCCGGCAUGACACUCAGGUGUUUGGUGCUUGUGUAUGAAAUAUGCCUGCCUCCUAUCAUUGCAUAGCUGGCUGAUUGCAUGAAAAAAGCCUGAGGGUUUGGGGGAUGAUUAGCAGCAGACUGAUCCCCGUUUGUAAAGCUCUUGUUUGCUGCAACAUGUGCCGAUGCACUCGAGGGUCCGUGAAAAGAGGGGGGGGGGGGGAGAAGAAGGCAUGCCAUGUUGUGAAUUCAUUUUCAGCACACAGACACAUCCUUCGCCUCCUCCUCGUAGCUCCAUUCAUCUGUAGAGCGUUGACAGAUGGUUUACACCCUCGGUGUACGAGCAUGGGGCUGAGAAAAUGGCUUUCCCUCCAGAGGUGUAGGUCAGGUUUAUCAAUGGAAAUGCUUUGAUGAAAAAGACAGGUAUUGAUCAAAUGAUGGUGAUUAUGACUCCUUAGAUUAAUUAAUGUUCAUUUCUGGAUAUUAAAGGAUGCUUCUGUGUUAAAUUUGCAUCUGAUUAUGAUCUAUAGGAGCUCAGGGUUUCACAGUAUUAGCUUAAAUGUGGUGGAUUACACUUCAAAUCCAGCUUUUCUUUUUUUUCUCCUACAUUUUAAGACCUUUAAUUUGUGGGAGAUUUAAGAGGCUAGCUCAACAUGACUGUUUAAAACCAUUGAGGUGGUUCCAUCUUGGAUGCCCUAGUCUUGAUGGACUUUCUCAUUAUAAUAACUGCACCAUACAAGUGUUUGUUUCACCUUGCUUACAUUCAAUCAUCACACUGAGAUGUCAAUGAAAAGCCAUUCACGCACGGUUAUUUGACUUGUCGUCCCAUUGUUCCAAUCUCAUCAGGAGAGCAUGUUCUCUUCUGCAUCUUAAUGACAAAUCUGUGAUGAUUAGAUCUGAUACCCAUGCCUCAUUAUGGUAUAUAGACGUGUUCGUCAUGCUGCUAUGAAUAACAACUGUAUCAUUGAGAGCAUUUUGUCAUCUUGUGGGGUUUUCUGCAUGUUUCAGCGUGACAUUUAAACCAAAAUGUUCCUAAAGGUCUCUGGGGAAUUCUCACCACACCCGCUCAUGUCUGCCUUAUUAACCUAUUUGCAUAAUAAUGCAUCAAAAUGCUUCAGGGCCGAUACAUCUCUUCCCCUUUUUGACCCCCGCCAUGUUUCCAGAUCAAUGGAAGGUCAUUAUUUCUCAAAAAGGAUUUAUUGUCUUUAUGAAUUAUUUAACAUCAUUUAAGAGGAUAAUCACAUGCACACUCUCGUAAGAAAAAAGAGUGGUAUAAUGUAAACAUAUUCUGGAAACUAAUGCGUCACUCGGACAGAUGAACUAUUUAUCAUCAUCAUCAUCUCAUGCUGGCCUUUGGCGCCAAGUGUUUUGUGGCCAUGAGGGGAAAACCAUGUGCUGCAUUAAUAACAGAAUAUAAGAAUGAAAAUCAGGGUUAAUUGUAGUGGUGGGAGAAAAAUCAAUACAGCAAAGUAUCGCAAUAUUUUGCCUGGUGAUGUAUCGUAUCGUCUCAUUUACCAAGUAUCGUUUUUUUCGAAAUAAUUGCUAAUAUUAAGUCAAAUCUGUGAUAAUGUAAAAAUAAAAUCAGCUGUUUGUCCAGUGAGGUUGGCAGAGGUGACACCAUAGAGCAGGAGAGAGUUGGUUUAACAAAUAUAUUUAUAAGGUUAGUAAGAUGUGCUACAGGAAAAUAGAAUACAGUGUAAAUAAGACGAAUAUAAAGAAAAGCUAAAUUCUUUAAAAUUAGCUAAACAGUUGAAAAAUUCAUAUAAUCCCAAGAUGAUGUAUGGCAAUACUAACUGUAUUGUAAAAUUUAAUAAACGUAAUAAUAUCGUAUCGUGGCCUAAGUAUUGUGAUAACAUCGUAUCAUGGGGCCACUGGUGAUUCGCACCCCUAGUUAAUUGUUGAGCCAAUAACAGAUCGGUAUCAAAGCUUUAACACGGUGCUGUUCCUGCUGAUUUAUUGAGGUAAUAAAAGUGCAUCAAACACAGUUAAAAGUGAGGAUAUACAGGAUUGAUCACUCUGUCAUGUCCAAAAACAAGACACUCUUUCUUUUUUCCACUAUGGCUAAAUUUAAAGGUGUGUCUAAGGCAGAACAGACUUGAUUAAAAUAUGAUAAUUACAAGCCAGUGUUUCAAAUAUCAUCAAUCGUUGUUUUUGAUGAUAUUAAAUGGGCUUUUGAAUCUAUGUACAGUUGUUCCUGCUCUAAGACAGAAUGGACAAACUAGGAGUAUAUACAUUUUUGUAGGAGAGAGCAGAUUUUGAUCAUGAAAACUUCACAAACGGAGGCUCAUCGCUCUCAUCUUUCUCAAGCUUCUUGUCCUUUUAGGCCACCAUAGCUUCACUAGAUGGUAGGGGUGAGCAAGAGAGUAGUUCAAUCUAGCAACAUAUUCACAUUUCUACACACUGUUCUCUUGAUUUGGUUGGAUUUUGAAUAAAGUACAAUGAGCGGAAAUGAACAGGUUUUCAUAUAUAUGUGUAUAAUACUUAAGCCUGCAGUGACAGAUGUGCGACACAGACUUUCAGUUAAUUACCAUCAUCAUCCAUCCUCAUCUUUGAUGAUACAAAAUCAAUAAGAAAUGUAAAAUGCCCUUUAAUGUGUUCCCUGGAUCGGAUAAAUCAAUGCAUUGGUGCAAAGAUAUGAACCUUAGCCGCAGCAAAUAUCUAAUAUUAAACUGGUAUCACUCUGGUGGAUUAAUGAAGCAUUAUCACUGACGUGCAUGAGAAAAAAAAUCAUCAGUGAACAUGAGAAAAAAUCUACAGAUGAGAAUUUGUACCUUCAGAAACCCCGUCAGCUGACUCCGUCUGUCACAGGGGAGCUUGGAUUAUUUUUUCAGUUGUAUAGACGAACAUUUUAGUCACAUCUUUUUUUAAUAAAUGAAAACAAAGUCUUUUCUCUUAAACGUUCAGUAUCACUACACUGAUGAAACGGUUUGUAUUAUUAACACCAGGGUUGAUUGACUCAGUCAGACAGAUGGAAGACACGUUAAUUUAAUUAAAGUAGUACAAGUGUUGACGUUGAUUUCUGAAUACUCCUCUCUGCAUCGACCUUAUUCAAUUACUUCUCAGUCAGUUUCCUUCACGUGCACGUCUACUGUACAUGCACAGUGGACACGCUUGUUACUGUAAAUAGCUCUUUUUAUUCAUAGUCUGCAGAAUAUUCACGGCCUGUUUAAUACUCAAUGCUUUGCUCUGCUUCUGAAGCAGAUCUCAUUAUAAGUGUGCUGAAAGCGUGCUUUUACAUCAGACCACAGAGGGUCUCUUUGUUUUUUAGAGCAACAUAAAGGACGGUGGUGAACUUAGUCAACAGGAUCUUUGGUUAAAGUGGGCGUGGAAGGUUGCGUGUACAGAACAGGAAGUGCACAUCACCACUGCUUCAUCACAGAUCUUCACAAAUGAAAAUAUUUCAUCCAGAUCUGUUAAACAUGUGAUUUACAGGCUUUAUUUCUUACAUAAUGGUUUAAACUUUUUAUUCAUUCAGGUCUGACUUUCCGCUGCCUGCCGAGUUAAAAGAUGACUCCAGACCGAUCCUGAAUGGGUUGUUUCAAAUUAUUUUCAACAUGACAAAUGUGCUGUGACAGUCAGAUUGGAGGUCAUGAGGACAGAUUCACCAAGAAAGCAGCAGAUUAGAGCAGAGCAGACAGCGGUACUACUCCUGCAAAAGACUCCUCCAGACAACGAGGAGAUGAGCCAGCCUCAUCUUACUGUAAUUGCAUGUGAUCUGUCAUGCAAGACAUCAAAACGUAGGAUUGGCUUUCAGCUAUGUGGAAUUAAAGUGGAGCACUGGAGGGGUACGAGGUUGAAGCGGUGGUCACGGAUGAUGUUAUUUCAAGGUAUGCGGGCAUGAAGGGGUCACGAGAUGUACAGUCUUAAAGGCGCAGCACAGGUGAAGGUAAAAUUUAUAUGAAAGAGCACGGUUUGAUAGAGACUCAAAAAGAAGUCAAACACUGGAGGGCAAAACAAGUCAUGGCUUUCCUCGACUCUUUAAUACAUGAAGGUUCCUCUUUGACACUUUAACUCAUGAGAAAAAGGCAGAAAAGCUGAUUUAAUGUUGGAUUUAUCAGGAACACGGUGGAGAACACAGAGUUCAGUCCUCUGAAGGAGAGUUUUUAGAGAGGAAGUAAGACACAGAGCAUGUGCAGGAGGAAAGUGUGGGAUCCUGACACUCUGUAAACUCGCCAAACUGUGGAGGAUCAGGUUAGGUUAUCCUGGAGAUGUUUGUGGUGAUCUUCAACGUGAUUAAUGAAGUAGUUCACAUGUUUUAAAACUAGAAGAUAUGAAAGUGUUCCAAUAGUGGCCGUUCAGAGGGAUCAUGUCCAAACAAAAGCAAAGAAACAGUACAGCAUGAUCUUUUUUUACCUAACUUUCUCUGUUGAGGACACGGAAAGUUAAAAUAAUCCUGUUUUUUAUUUGGCUGCAGACAUCUUGAUGUUAUUUCAGCCCUCAUUUGCGUAUUGUCGUGCCUAUUUUCCUCCCUCUGAGAGGCAUUGUUGUUUUCAGGACAUACACAUGUACACAAACAGUGCCCAGCAUAAAUGAGUACACCCCUGCAGAGUUGUCAGAAGACCUUUAGUUUCCUUUCAAAAUCAACAUUUUCUGUGUCAGACUAUACAACGAAAUACUCCCCCAAAUGUAAGCCAUUGAUUGCAAACAAGACUUUUUGAGUUGCAAACAAAAGUUUUUUUUUUUUUUUCAAUUUAAAAAUCAGGAUGCAAAAAUGAGAACACCCCAAUCAAAGUUCUGGGAGCGAAGCUAAAUUUUAGUCACCAUAUCACCCUUAUUUUCAUCUCAUGGUGAAUAAAAUGUUAAACUCAACUUUGUCCAAACUUAAUUUUGUACUUUUGCUCAUCUAGAUAUUGAGUAUUACAUGACUUUUAACAGGGGCUGUACUGACUUAUGCUGGGGACUGUAACUUAAAAUCUCAAUUCCAAAAUAGUUGGACACAGUGUAAAGUUUAGAUAAAAUCUAGUUUUGAUGGUUGCAAAGAAAGUGAAAAUGCCAACAACAUGUUUCAAAACAACCAGGUCAGAGAUGACACACACUGAAGAACAACCCCCUUCAGUUAAUCCAUUUUCUCUGAAUACAGUUUUUUGCUUUUUGCCCAAAUGCAGAUUAAAAACUGCGACAUGUUUGGACAUGAUGCAGACUUGUCUUGUCUUGUCUUGGUUGCCCUAACCCCGGUGACUUCAAGAAGAACUGAGCUCUGUAAUCUGAAUCAAAACUCACAGACGCUGAACCGUCAGCUCUAAAGAAGUGAGGGAGCGUUAAACAGAGUUUUUUUAGUUAUAUUAUUUGAUCUGUUGUCUUUGUAAAAUUUCCAGUCAAAGAGGGAAUUUGUAACAUCUUUCACAACAUUCCAACUUCUUUAUUAUUAUUCGAGAUGCUUUUAAAUCCGAAUUGAAGAGUCGAGAUUUGAUGUGAAGGUCAGCCAAAGCUGCGACGUGUUGAGAUGUUUUAGAAAACAGUUAAAGCAGCGGAUUUAUCGCUCAGAAAACCCAUCAUAGACUUUUUUUAUUUUUAAAACCAGUUAUAUCAGCUACAAAGUGAGUUACCUGUGUGUGAAAAGACAAAAAAAAUCCCCUGUCAUCAGUGAGAGUGCUUUUCUUCUGAGUGAAGUACUCAGGUUGUUCUUCCAUCUCGUUUCCCACUCACUGAACCACCACCUGCUUCUGUUUGAAACGCUGCAGGUCUAUUCCAGGCGGGAUUAAGCUCUCCUGAUCUGUGUGGUAACCUCCGUUUUCAGCUUCCUGCUACUUCAGGUUCCUGUGAAAUUUAAUCCAAUGUAACAAGAUUGAAAAUAAAUGUCAGUCCUCUAUCUAGUGAUCUUUGAGUGAUAGGGCUGGACGACAAAACGACAACGAUAUAUAUCAAAAAUUUAUUUCCCUUGAUAUCGAUAUAAAACAUGGUCAAUAUGCUUUUCGACAGUCGGCGUUCUGACGUGUUUUGGUAGAUUAUAUGAAUGACCAAUAAAAAGGGGAGUUGCUCCAGGUCUGCGCUGCGCUGAACCAAUCAAGUGGCAAACAACUGUGUAGUAUCAGACAGCAGCUACACCCAACCAUAGCACUUAAACAGGUGAAGCCGACAGCACUGUUGGUGAAAAACAAAGAAAAUGAGUGCUACCCCCGACAGAAAUGACCAUGAAGGCUCAACAGAUGACCACAUCAAUGUCAACGACAACACUGGCGUUAGGAAAAUGUCGGUGGUGUGGAGGUAUUUUGGUGUUUUGAGGUCGGACAUGAAGCAGAGUAAUGUGAACAAUUAUGUCGAGUACAUGUUCUCACAAAGUCGGGGAAUACCUCAAAACUUUUUCACCACCUGAAGCAGCGCCACGCCGCAGAGCACACGCAACGCAAAAGGUUACAAACCCCGACAGGAGCGAGGAGCCGAAACAGAUGACCAUUUAGUCCGCUUUCUCUAGAGCAACGCCUUACGACAAAACGUCAAAGAGACACAAAGACCUCACAGAUGCAGGAGAUUAUUGUUUUGGAAAAGACGUGCUACCAAUAAACACUGUUACAUUUCAUUUUUUAUAUCGUGAUAUCGAUAUCGACUGAUGUGAAAAAAUAUAUUGUUAUAAAAUUUUUCCCAUAUCGCCCAGCCCUAGUUAGUGAGAUUAAUCAGUCAGCGGUUUUAUAAUUUGGGUAAAGAUGUGUGUCCGUACUUGGACAGUAUGUGGGGCGCUCCCGGUGUUGCAUCAUUCAUGGGGCUUUCCUGAUUCACAUCUGCUUCAGUAUUCUGUCUGAGUUUUCCUCCUCAGUAUUCCAGAGAUCACUGCAAUGCAGGAUGCCAGAGGACUGUCAGUCAGCAGCGCGCAGGAACAGAGAGCAGGAUACAUACAGAACAUACUAAAAACAGAUGGGAUUGACAUGUGUGCUGUGUGCAUCCAAGGUCCCAGGAUUUCAUCCAAGUGAAAUUAUCAGAAAUGUCCUCCAACCCACAGUUGUUUGUAUUUCUUUUGUCCAAACGCACUAAAAGAAACAAGUGGUGGAAAUGAUUGUUUUAUCCUUGAGAUGAUGUUUAUAUUUAAAGGAUGUUUCCCUUCUUCAAAUGUCAGAUAACUUCAACUCAAAGCUUCUCAGGAAGCUUCAUAAUUGUUGUAGUUUCUGUCCAAACUUCAGGACAAGCUGAAGUUAAUUUAGAUACAAAGCAAAUAGAAAACUGUUCAGGAAAUGUUCAAUUAAACCAAAAAAUUGAAUUGAAAUUUGGAUGAAACUGAAGCCAAGGAGAUACUUUUCCCCCUGAACUGUAUACAUGAAGUAAUUCGAUUUAAGUGAGUACGAUUGUAAAGAAAUUUAAUAUAACUCUGUAACUCUGCUCAUGUCAUUCUUAGAAAUAUUUCAUAAAAGUGAAGCAUGAACAUAUCCAUCAGUUUUUGGUAACAGUUCAUUUAAAGGUCCUGAUUUUUGUCAGAGGGGGGAGUCGGGCCCAAAAUCGACUCUUAUCAUCUUGACGUGUGUGCCGCGCUUUAGGGAUAAUACACUCAUCAGCUCUGCUGCUGUCCCAUGGAUUGCAGGACAAGAUCUUGCCCCAGUUUUUAACCAUAGACUGUAUAUAGAAUGAAGGCCAUCUGCCUCCUCGCUGGUUGAAGCCACCGCGAGAACAGAACCCUCUGGUGACGGGCUGCAGUAUAGGUCAUAAACCCCGCCUCCUUAUGGAGCUGUGGACAAACAGAAUUACAGAGAGUAAUUCAGCUUUAAAUGUGUAUAACGACUGAAGGCGGAGCCAAAUCGUCCAUAUGGUUUAAACCAAUCAAAAUCAAGUUUUUAACACAGCCAGGUCUGUAUUAAACUAGCUCAGUAUCUCACAUUAACCUCUCUCUCAGACUUUGUAUGUUGAAACUAAAAUUAAAUGUAGUGUUGAUUCAUGGUAGGAAUACAUUUUGAUCGUUUUAUAAUCACAUUUAUUUUGGCAAAAUGUUUUCAAAAGCUGUGAGAUAGAAUCAAAAACAAGUGUUUAAAAAUGCUCAAAAAAUAGCUUUAAAAAUGAGGAGGAAACAGUUAAUCUACAAAAUCUUCAAAUUGAGGUUUUGGGGUUAUUUGUUUAUCAUUUGUUUUCUCGUUUUUCUUCAUGUGUGUUCGGUUAAAUCUCUCUGUGUGUUUAGUUUGUGGUUUGUACGCAGCUUUAGGAUGUUUAUCAGAGGGAGAAAUUGUUCAUGCUGAUCCAAAAACGCUUUAACCAUGUAUUUACAUUAGGGUGUGAUAUUAAUAUAUACAAAUACACACGUUCUAUCCACUCUGCUUUAUUAGUUCAACCUCCCUGUAUGAGAGCAGCACAUUACCUGACAUGUGUUCCCCUGACAUCCUCUCCUCUCCUCUGAAUGUUAAUUUCUUCCUCCCCCAGAGGGUCUCUACUUUCACACCGCUCAUCACCUUUUAUUUCUAAGCAGGGUGGUUUCUCUCAUUUGUCACAGCUAACAAAACAACACUCUUUAUUGUUCUGUAAUAUUGAUUUGACAUGGUCAUGACUCACCGACGCCACACUUUAACGACGCGUAAAAAAGCUGACCUGCAGUGAAAAAGCCUCUGACUGCGGUUCAGCUCAGCGUUAGCUUUACAACUUUAAUUGAAUGUCUCUUAGAUAGAGCUUAAUGAAACACAAAAACAGAGGCUUUAGGAGGAGAGGGUGGUGUGGUGUCAGAGUCAGGAUCCGUCCCCCUGGUGGACAGUCUGAGUUACUCGCAGCCUCUCAGUAUUUCAUGUUCAGGAUGUACCAUGUCAGUGCGUUCGAGGGGGCACAGCUGAGGUUACCAUGGUGAAGGAGCCCAUGGAGUAAAAUUUGUCUGCCUAAUGAUGUGAACAUACGUUGGCUCUGUGCCUGCAAGGACGACACCUGUCACAACAGUUUAGGCACCGAGAAACGCAGGCAGGACCACACGCAUGUGGAGGCGAAAAUGUGUCCGUGUGCACGCAUGAAUUCACUUCAAAACACAAAGACGCACCAGGACAAGACAGCAGCUUGUGUUUGCAUUUCAUUUUGACACUCUUGAAUGUUUUAUAACCUGAUUUUUUUCUGCCUGACUGCUCCACAGACCCCGAGUCCCAGAGGAAACGGACCGUGCAGAAUGUCCUUGACCUCCGCCAGAAUUUGGAGGAUACGAUGUCGAGCCUGCGGGGCUCCCAGCUCAGCCAUAGGUGAGUGCAUUAUACCUGCAGUCUGUGUUUUAUUCUCUCUCAUUGCAGUGCUGGAUAAGAUCACAUUUAAAUGGUGUAAUGGUUACUGUUUGUUCAUAAAACCUUGGCAGAACACAGACUUUAACUUGAAACAUAUCCUCCUAGCUUGUCAGAUGGACGGAUGCAUUUCACAGUUAUGUGUCAACAGUUGUGCUGUUGAUGCUUGGAGAGUUGCCACCUGUUUAACAUCUGGCUCUUAUCCUUCUUAAAAAGCCCUUCUCUGCUGCUUCACGGUCAUGACAUCACUCUGUGAAUUGCUCUCGUUGGCUAAAGGCCAAGGCAUAAACACACAGCAACAACCACAACUUAAUAAGAGACUCGUGGAGAGAGCGGGUUAUUUAUUUUAUUUGGACAUAAAAGAUCGGAGGCAACAUCCUGUGUGCAAUGCUGACAUCAUUUCAGGGCAGUAUUAACGAGCAUUUAUCGACACAAACUAUUUAGUCUGUUAUUUUUAGGGUUACUCAUGGCGCACACUGAGCUCUUGUUUUAUUAUUCUGAGGGUCUUAAUGGCUUUUUAAGCUCGCCGUUAUGAUUUUUACUCCCCCACAUUAAUAUUGAAGAUGAAUCAUAGUUGCUCUCAUUAACCCCACAGAGCAGUUAUGUUGCCUACCUAGCAUGAAGUGACUCACAGGCUUGGUUAUUGGCAUGUUCAUGCGACAAACACUGGGCUCCAAAGCUAAUUUAAUAGCAAUUUUGGCUUCGAUCAUUAAGGAACCACAGCUGUGACUUCAAAUAAACCAAAUGUAAAUGAGAAGAGUGAAUCUCAUUUUUUAGGUGGACGUACUUUUACAGCAACACUCUGUUUGUUAAAGUAAAGAAUAAGUUUUUACUGAAACUUGAAGGAAAAGGGUUUGAAAUAGGACUGGGCGAUCUGGCAAGAUACAAUGAUCACAAUAUAUUUUGUCAUAUCGUCCGAUCUCGGUUAUUAUCACUUUUUUAGUUUUUUUUUACUGCCAGUUUUAAAGCAUCUGUUCUAUAAACUAAAGAAAUUAGAGAUAAGUUCAACAUUUUAUUAACAUACAAAGUAAAUGACAAAGAAAAUUAAAUAAGAUAAACUUAUAAAAAUAUAAAAAACAUUUUAACUCAACAGGUAUGCAAGACACAAAAUAAACAAAUGGCCCCCUCAGGGUUAGGGCUGGGUGAUAAGGCCUCAAAUCAAUAUCACAAUUAUAUUGAUCAGUUCACCUUGAUAACAAUAAAUGGACGAUAACUACUCCACAAGCUGCUCACCCCCUCCCACAUUAACUUUGUCUACUUCAGCCGCUCCAACUUUUGAACCGUCCUCCAUCUCCUCACCUGUCUUUCCCUCUUUGUUACGGACUGGAUGGGGUGGAGUCACGUCUCUGAUGUAGGACAGCGUCUUAAAGGGACAUGAGACCAUAGCCUACCUACACACAUCCAAAAACAACUUUGAUUUAUUUAUAUUUUUUGACACCAGAUAUACCGAUAUGGGCAAAAUGACGUUGGUUAUUGUCAUAAAUUUCUGUAUCGGUGAAUUUUCGGUUUAUCGCCCAGCCCUACUCAGGGAUAAUAAAGACACCUUAAAAUGUAAAUAUUAGAUGAUGUUAACGUAGAUGAUAUAAUUGAUCGUUGCUUUGGUCUAGUGGCUACACCGCUAGUUGUAGCUAAACUGCUAAUGCUACUAAUGCCAUCAGCAGUGACAGGCUGUACAGACUCCGCCCACAUUUUCAUUCUUUCCUCAUAAUCAUUUAUGAGUUCUUCAGACAUUUGAAGAACUUCUUCAAAUGAUCAAACAGAUCUGUUGUGUUGCCGGUUUUUGAGGCACAGACCGCCGACAUACCUUAUACAUCAGCUUCAUUACUCAACAUCUUUUUGGAGAUACCUGACCCACUGCCACACAACCGACGCUGAAUAAGUUUUCUCCUCAACAACAACGUCUUUGGAGGAUGACUCAAAGUCAUGGCUGACAUCUAUUUAGCUUCCCUCAGCUCUGCGUUUAGCUCCAUGUUUGGUCAUUCUGUUUUCUUCUUUAUCAACUUACAGAAGUGAGCAAUAAAUACACUCACAGAUGAUCACCGUGAUCGAACUGAAAUUUAUCUCAAUCAUAUAAUCGCCCAGUCCUAGAUUAAAAAUAAUCUGUCAAUCCAGACUUUAGGAGGACAUAUCUGCAGAUCUUUGAUGAAUUUCCUCAGUCGUUCAGUUUCCUCCUGAGCUCUUAAAUCAGUCUGACAGAAGUAAAAAAAUCUCAGUCUAUAAGUUCCUGGACCGGCACCAGAACCCGCCUCCAUACUGUUCAAUUAUCCAUCAGCUGUGGAUAAAAAUACUCCUAUGGUUGUGGCUGUUGCAAUAUUUAUUCGAGAGAGUUGGUUCUUCUUGUUAUAUAAUUGACAGACACACAGAAGACGCUCAAAGCCAUUUGGAGGACGUUUCUAACCAUGACCCACUUAGAGGAGUGAAAAGAAGAACUUUGAUAUUUUCUACAGUCUCAGAAUAACAGAAAUAAAAAAAGCUCUUCUCUAUUAUCGACACAGGAGUUCUUGAAAAGGAAGAUCCUCGGUGAAUGUGGAUGUUUGAACAAAGAGACAGAAAGUGUUAACAGAGAAAUCAGGCCGUUCUUAUCUUUGUCCACAUUUCUGGCUUUUGUCCCUGAAGACGCUACGACACAAAAACUCUGUAUCUGGGUCGACAAGAACUCGAUGACACUGGAGGUCUCUUUGAAGGACUCCUAAAAGAGACAGAAGGAUGUCUGAAUGUCUGCUCCAGUCUCAUCCUCGUGCACUAUGGUUGAACCCGUGCGUCUUUUUACACGAGCCGUUAGCUAAAGCCUCGAGACGAUGAUUGUCCCCCUCACUGACCCUCCCUCCAUGUGUCUCCAGCUGUUUAGACAGCAGUAACGUGGGCUACGACAGCGAUGAGACCAACGCUCGCAGCAUCUCCAGCCUCUCCAACCGCUCCUCCCCUCUCUCCUGGCGCCACGGACAGUCCAGUCCUCGGCUCCAAGCAGGCGACGCCCCGUCCUCCACAGGCGGAGGAUACCAGGGGAGUAAGAGCAGCUCCCAGUACACGGCCCACACCAUGCCGGCCCGCUGCGCCAGCCGCCUCAGCAGCACGUCUCGCAUCGAGCUCAUCGAAGGGUUGGACGACCCUGAGCUCAAGUCUGGUUACCUGAGUGACAGCGACCUUCUAGGAAAGAGCAUGCCCGAUGACGACGACGACAACCUGGCUAACGGGUAAGAGAGCUCCUCUUGUUACCAUGACAACCAUGGUCAUUAUGUGCAUAUAAAGAUGGACAGCUUGGCUCUCAGUCCUGUUAUUGUGCAAAAGUGAAGCAAAAAUUGACCUCAGAAAUAGCGCCCCCUCCUGGUUACCAGCAGCAAAUAACGAGCCGAUCAGUUCAGUCUCCAGCAGAAAAGGUAGCUGUGUCGGUUUGAGAGGGAGGCUCAUGUUACAGAAAGUUUAAAAACUGUCUGUUGGUUCUGUUUCAUUUUCUCUCCUCAUUUCAUUUGGACACAGCUCUGCAUUUGUGAGCACAGCUGUCAAUCAGGGUGUCAAAACGUAAAGUGUGGUCUGAUUUCGCGGCUGUUGACUCCAGCUCCUAUAAACUCUGAAUCCUUCCACUGAGAGUACAAAGAUCGUUGCUCUUUAACAUUCAGUACAAGUGCAGGAAACUUCGAUGUCAGAAACUUUUCAUGCCGACAUCGUGGAUUUCUGCUGUCUGAGCUUGAAUCAGAUGUUUUUGAGCUUUCAUCAGCAGUUUGUGUCGAUGCUCGACUUUCUCAGGCUCUUUAAGGGUUUCUCACGGCGCCUUUGACAUCGUCAGAGACCGCUGACGGUGAGAAAAGGCUUUCAGGAGUUUGGUGGAGAGACUCGAAGAGCGCCUCAGGUGUCCACUUGGUCCCUUAUCCCCAGCCUAUGCAACCUGUAAAAGUAUGUUUAGGUCCAGAACCAACAAUAGGUCAGAUCACAGACAGUUCCUUCUUUUUCUGCCUUUUAUCGUUUCACUGCUUCUCCUGCAGCUUUGUCUCCUUCUUUAGGUUUGUCUGAUGAUCGAGUUGAUGAGAUUUGAUUGAUCCCAGUGCCAUUAUCAGUCUGGAUAAUUGAUCCAAUUCUUCUGUGCUGGGGAAAAGUUAGCCUACACAGGUUUUCUGGUUCAACAACACAAAUUAUAAUAACCAUAUUUAUCACCUUCACUGUUCUGGCUGGACCUUUAGAAGUUAGCUGUUUGUAGAUGCAGAGUCUGAUUGGUCAACACGCCAAAACAAAGAUGGCAGCCUCUCUUUGAUUCAUGACUAUUCUUCUCUGUAGGAUUUAAAAAAAAAAAACCUGGAUGUUGCAGAAACACAGCUGGACUCACGAAAAGAGUGGAUUUUAAAAAGUGUCAGUACAUUUAGAGCUGAACAGAACACCUACAUCUGUUGUGUGUUGUAAAUUAGUUUUAAGUGAUUUUUAAUAUUUACAAGACUAUAGGACUGCCUUUUAUUUUUGUAAAUAUUGACUUUGUGUGACUUUUUUUUCCUCCCCCUGAAAAAUCCUGAUAAAAUCGUGAUCAUGAAUUAGCAAAAAAAAUAAAAAUAUGUGAUAUUAAAUUUUUUCCAUAUCCCUCGCCCCUAGUUGAAGACUCUAACUAGUGGACUCGGAUAUGGUUUAGUUCUUCACUUUUCCAUCCGUUCCUUUUCUUCUGUUGUUCUUCUUCUGCUUCUUGAUCUACUUUCUGUCUUUCUCUUGUGUUAUUAUCUUGCCCUCCUUUUUCUUCUGGUUGGUCUUCUAACUCUUGUUAUUUGCUUAUGCUUCAUCUUUUUCUCUUCUUCAUUUUCUUCUCGUUCUCACUCUUUUUCCUACAUUUAUGUUUCCUGAGCCUUUUUCUUCUCUCUCUAUAACUAACCUCCUUUUCUACAUCCUGACCUCUUCUUUCACCUCCCUCUCCUCAUAUCCUCUGCGUGUCUUUACCUAAUUCCUUCUCCCACGUCGUCAGCUGACAGUAAGAGUCAGAGAGAGGGGGCAAAAGAAUCCAGGACAGUUCUCUGGUGUGGUUUAGCAGCUUUAUCGCCGCUGCACAUGCAGUGGGAAUUAAGCUCAGCCUCUGGAGCGUUCAGCGGUCCCUGCUCGCCAGGUCACGUUCUUACGACAGAGUAAUGCAAGAAGAGGAGAAGAGAUGGGCCUCAUUUUGGAUGAGCAGAAAUUAGAGCAAGGCGGGAAGGUUGUAAAUUGGAAGUAGGUUAAUUCUUCUUCAACUACUGUACAACUCGGAGCGUGUGAGAGGAGUGUCACGGCAUGUUUGCUUGAAACUGAUGGGGGGGGGGAAAGCAGUGUACUGAAUAAAAGUGGUCAACAAGCUCUUGUUUGGAGGUUGAAUCGAUGAGAAAGAAAAAAACCUGAUAAGGUUCGGAUUAAACAGGGAUUAUGUCAUAUUCCUCAGUAACUGAAUCCAUGUAAAUCUGCCCCGUGUGUCGUCCUCCUCUUCCUCGCUGCUUCAGGUCAGAUCCAAAUUUAAAUGUGAAAGGUGUGUGUGUGUGUGUGUGUGUGUGUGUGUGUGUGUGUGUGUGUGUGUGUGUGUGUGUGUGUGUGUGUGUGUGUGUGUGUGUGUUUGUGUGGGGGGGCUUGCCUCUGCUUUGCACCACAGCCACCGAAAAUGCUAAUGACUUUACAUAACAGUGCUUUAAAAAUGCUUCAUCAUGCUCAGUGUAAGGCCCCCAAUGUCAACCAUCAUAACAGGUGACAGUUUCUCUGCAGUAGAUUAACCCUGAAGGAACUACAGACAGAGACUUUAAUCCUUCACAGGAAAUAUUCCGACACAGGAGCUGCGAUCAAAGACGUUAUAUCUGACACUGAACCUAAAAUAAAACAGAUGUCAGUGCCCUAAGACAGGUCUCCAAAACAUUCCUACAAGUUAGACAAGAGAUAUGACAAAUGCAUUUAACAUCUAGAGUGCAAAAGUGGCGAGUAAAUAAGGACAUUACUUAUGCAAGAGGGGUAUAUGGAUACUGGUUUUUCAGAGCUGAUACAGGUUUUUGGUCGUUUACAAGACUGAUAUUUGUGACUGAUAACCAGUGAAACUAAUGGGGCGCUCACACCAAGCGUGAGUAAAAUCAUCUACUCGCUAAAUUCCUGUGAAUGUAGACGCGUGAAUAAUUAGUAUUUUCCUGCUUCAUUCGCAAUUUACCAGAUAAUCUGACCUCCUCGCUCACUUGCCUCAUGGCGAGCUCCUUUUUAUUCUGGUUUUGGUAAUUGAAAGAAAAGAUAUCAUAUAAUUUGGGGCACCAACACACUGACACGAUCAGAUUGUCCUUCAUUUUAGAUACCAGUGAACAUCCAUCCAUUUUUUAUACGUCAUCCAACAUGUAAAGAAUCGCCACUAAUACGACAACCUACGUGCUGAUUAGUUAUCACAAAGCAAACAUCUGCUCAAGUUGAGACAUUUUUAGCUCACGCCCAAUUCGCACCAUUCGCGCCGGCAGAGUAGUAGGAGCGUCUAAACGCGUCUUUGCGUUGAUUUAAGAUGUAAUUCAUUCGCGUGAAUUAGUUUACUCGCAAUUGGUGUGUGGAGACAGUUAAAACAAAAGGCCGACUUCAUUUGAGCAAAUUAAUUUCAUAUGGUUUUAUAAGGUUACCUAUCUCACAUGUAUCAUUGGGGUAUCUACUGCUUUAACAUUUAAACACAUCCAAACAGUUGUACGCUCUUUGUCCAGUGGGUUGUAAAGGGUUUUUUUGGCUGCUAGAAUGCACCAAGAUAUGUAAAUACAUUGGUGCUGUUGUGUGUGUGACCUUGAGUAGGCUGCAGGCUGUAUUUGGUGGAUAUAACUCUGCUGAAACCAGCUCCUUUUGUUUGGUUUACUGGUCUGUGUUAGCUAAAAGCUAUCCUCGAUUCCUCUGCAGUAAUACCAGAAUGUUGCUGUCCUCCAUAUCAGGAACUAAUCCGGCCUCAUAAUUACACCAACAGCCUUUGGUUUACAUCGAUAAAAAGCUAUUCCAGUUUUCUGAAGCAGGCGCAGCAGCAGCAGCGGCACACGCUCCAGUUUUCUCCUUACAGUUUCCUUUUGCGAUUUUCUGAGCUUCAUUUGCAUUUCUACUGUACAUCCCCCUGUCACACUCUCACAGUUCAGCUCAUGGAGAGCCAUUAACCACCAGCUUUUGAAAAUAGAUCAGGCUCCUCCUGCGUUACCAUGGAAACCCGCUGGUAAUCGACUGUAUGAGGAGGUGCAAUUUCUGCUCUCUCUUUCACUGAAGACCCAGUUCUGCAUUUCGUACAUUCAUUGAUAUGAAGUGAGCCUGAAUUCUUUGACCUAUAUUUGAACGAUAAACUGAAACUUCUUAUCGAUCAAUAACACUUUUAUACAUCUUAUCCAUCCAUUGAUUGUAAAUAACUGCUAACAGCAGUCCUGUAUCUAAAUGAGCGAACGAGGCUUCUUGUCUAUCAAUAGUAAAGCUUCUGUUUAAUGUAUAAGAAGGAUUUAUAACCCAUCUUAAAACUGGCGAUGUCUGAAUGUUCGGACAGAAUUCAUGUUUUUCAGCAGCUGCAGCACAUUCCACAAAGUCUAAUGGAUAUUGAUCUGCCCUCAACAGACAGGACAGCCUAUCCAUGGCUAAAUGUGUACACCCUGACAGUAAUCACUGCGACUGUGAGUCUGCCUCGUCGAUAAUCUGAUACCACAUACGGUGCAUCCUAAACCUCCUCAUGAGCUCCAUGUUUCCAUCACCUCAGGAAAGCUUCUCCUCUACAGUAAAACAUCUUAAUGAGAAUCUGCUUUGUCCCAGUUUAGAGAAAGUAUCAGGAAGCUGGUGUUAUUAACUAUUAAUAUGCCUUCUUGUUAUUUGUCUCUGAGAAGAAUGAGAAUUAAUGAGCGUUUUAAUUCAUUUGUGUCUAGAAUUUUAUACAGUUAAACACACAUUUUUGAUUGAGAGGCUAAAGUACAGAGUUGGUCUAUCUGGGACAUCUUUUUGUGGCUUUAGUCCUGUUUGACAGAUAAAAAUAUAGUGUGUCUAUUGGUGAUCAUGUUGCUUAUCAUUCUUUGGUGAAAUUUGGAGUCCCUAACCCCCGAUUUCCGCCGCAUCCUGAACGGCUACGAAAAGGUUGUAUCCGCCGAUCGUAGCUGAAUUUAACCAUUCAGGUUAACGUGUCGAUUUCCACCGACUUCUUUCCGUUCCUCUGCGGAUCGCCGGACUCCUCAGCUGAUCACAAGAGUUCUAUUUUUUCUGAACACCAGAGCAUGGCGGAUAAAUUCAGCACAGAUUAACCCGUGCUGGAAAGGAAGUCGGGCACGGACACAAAAUAAAACACCCGGCUUCUUUUCAAAAUAAAACACCCCGUGUUUCAGGAGGAUCGUAUUUCACACCAUGCAAACGGGCGGAGACGAACAAGUGAAAGGUUUUUAGACGUCAUUUCACCCCGAUGACACGACAUGGACUCCUAUGAUUUCAUGUUCCUGAGUCUCGGGGCUUGAUCAUUCGAUCGGGUUUUGCUGAAAAUGCUGCUGCUGCAGCUGAAAAUAGUUUUCAUUAGACAUCAGAGCCCCCACUGCAGACUGUAAACAGUGAGUCAAAGUGACUCAUGAGCUGCAGUUUUAGAUGUGUCAGGUCUUCGUGUUUGUCAGUCGAAGAAACUCCUGCCAUCUAUUUAAGGUGAAGACUGUCUCUACAUACAGCUGAAAAAUGUUGAUUUAAAUGAUUUCAGGUUUUAACUUUAUCACGGUUGAUUUAGAAAUGUUGGUUUUCAUUCUGUGGAUGUGGGACUCAUUCAUGAUUGCUGGAUUUUUUUUUCUGGAUUUUAUUUUUGGCCAAAAUCGCACAGCCCUAAUAAACCUUUACUUCUUCUGCUGAAAAUGUUGGCCGUUACCUAAUCUAACAAGUGUUUUGCUUGUUUUCCUGAACCAUUAUACAAAGCUCCCCCUCUUUAGUGAGUGUGUGUUCGUGUUUUGUGUCUCUGAGUGUUAAGCUGGUUUCUCAUUUAAACUCCAUCACGUUUGACCACAUCCAGAGUCAUAACUGUUUCCUGUGGUUAAAAUUUUCACACCAUCCUGGCACACGCUCACCUCCAUUCCCAUGAUUUCAUGCUGUUGUCAGCCAUAUUUAAAGUGCUGGUUUUGGAGCGGAGCAGUAAUCACUUUCUAUCGCUGUUGUCCGGUGAGUUUUUCCAUAUCUGGUAACAGAAUUAUGACUUUGGAGCUGCGUUUGCCGUCGUUUCUGUGGUAUCCAGCUAAUUAUGGUUGAUGUUUUGCAGCCACUCAGCUGUAUUAUAUGUAAGCACAGGUUGGCUCUUCAUGUCUAAUACAGAUGUUCACCAGGAAAUGACUUGUUUUUUCCAUAAUGCCAUAUAGUUGAUGGUCCUAAUGUUUGUAACAGAACAUGUUAUUUUCACAGGAGGUCAGCCUGCCUGAACAUUAUCAUCCUCUCUGACAUAUUAAUGUAUUAUCUGGACAGAUCCUCGGUUUGAAAACCUUAAAUUGGGAGAUGUCAGCAAAACAAGGGAAAUAUAAUUCAGCGUCGGUUUGGCUUCGAGCUUCUGUUUGCCCAAGAAAAGAAGCAGAGAGAGGCGGUUAGCUGCACUGAAGAGCAAUUAAUGGCUUUUGGUGUGCGAGAGGAAACGGAGGUCUUGUCUCGCUCUUAGGCUCAUUAACCUCACAUAAAACCUUAGACACCAGCGUAAACAGAGACACCUGUGACACCUAAGGAGCUCAGUCCAUCCAAGUCCGAGAGUUUCCAGUAGGGCUGGGCAAUAAACCAAGUUACUACAUGAAAAUACAAUACUGCGUAAAUAAGACAAACAUAAAGACAAAUCCUAAAUUAGCUGAACAGUUGAAAAAAAUUGUGUAAAUCCCAAUACUCACUGUACGGCAAAAUUUUAAAAAUCGCAAUAAUAUUGUAUCGUGGGGCCACUAGUGAUUUCCACCCCUAGUUAAUUGAUGAGCCAAUAACAGAUUGGUAUCAAGUAGGGCUGGGCGAUAAACCGAAAAUUUACCGAUACCAAAAUUUAGGACAAUAACUGACAUCAUUUUUCCCAUAUCAGUAUAUUCAGUGUCAAAAAAUAAAUAAAUCAAAGUUGUUUUUGGAUAUGUAGGUAGGCUAUGGUCUCAUGUCCCUUUAAGACGCUGUCCUACGUCAGAGACGUGACUCCACCCCAUCCAGUCCGUAACAAAGAGGGAAAGACAGGUGAGGAGAUGGAGGACGGUUCAAAAGUUGGAGCGGCUAAAGUAGACAAAGUUAAUGUGGGAGGGGGUGAGCAGCUUGUGGAGAAGUUAUCGUCCAUUUUGAGGUGAACUGAUCAAUAAAUCGUGAUGUUGGUUUGAGGACAUAUCGCCCAGCCCUAGUCCAGUUAGUCCUGUUCUACCUUAUUCCACCAUCACAGAAUUCGUCUUUUCUCAUUAUUGAGGCUGCCAACUCUGAUCAGAGUUUACCUCGCUUUGUUAAAAUUUUGCAGCAUCUAGAAAUAUUUAAUUUUCCUGUUUGUGUGUGAGGCGAAUCAACGGGAGACUGAGGUCAGUUCUUGCCAAAGUUGAUCUGGUUUGUUUGACUGUGCCUGGUCGUGGGCUUGAAUCAGUCAUCCCUGAUGUUGAUGCAGCUCAGUCGAGCUCCGUGGCUGUCUGAUAUUUAAGGUUCAUUAAGUUUCGACAGUAUCAGUUACAAGUUUAGUCAUCCUGCUGACAAAACAACAUUACUCUACAGCUUUAGCUUUCAUUUGGAGUGAUAUUCUUUCCACUCAUUAAACCAAAGUCCAUGUUUCGCUCAGACUUCGUCCCACUAAUUGGAGGACAGAAUCUGGCUUUAAUAUUACCUACAUUUAUCUGCUGUGCUGACCAGUUAGUCAUGACUCUGCUGUUUGGUGCUUUUUUACCGGACGGUCUGGUCUGACUUCAUCUGAGGUCUAUUAUUCCCCCUCUAAAAACUGAGAAAGUGAAGUUGUGGCCUGUAGCUGUUCGCCCUGCACUGUGGAAAAACCAUGUGUGAGGAAUAAACAAACAUUUAGGGGUUGGAUUCACCGUUUAUUAUUAUUGUGUGCUGGCAGCACCAACGACAACAAUUUGAAGUACUUUUCACCGCAUUUAUCAUCACAUGUUUACAGAAGAUGUCUCACUGCUCCUCUACUUCCUGAAGCAGAAACCAUAAAUGUUUUCUUUGUUUUACUCUUUGUGCUUCAUAUUUGCUUUUAUUCAAUGAGAUUUUACAGAGAAAACCUUAAAAGAGUUCAAAGACGUGGUACCACUUCAACCGCAGUUCAAGAUCUGGAAAUUGUACCUUAAAAAGACAAAUGUAGUCGCUCUCUCUCCCUAAUGGACCUUCACCAUUCAUGAUGAUGAAAACGUUGGAGGAGAAAUCCCGAUCCUGCUCUUUUUAGAUGUUUUGUCGGUGAUCAAGAAAUUACAUUGGUGUUUCAAAAAGUUCGUCCAUUUUCCUCUGAGCACUAAGCGAUCAAAUAUAACUCGUGCACUUAGGGACGCAAAGGUCUGAAAACACUGGAUUGUAUUUAGUUUGAACAGGACAUAAUUGCAUACUGGGCUUCAGGUUAAGCGGCUUUAUCAGACAAAGACAUAACUUUCCUUUUCCAUGAGGUUAGAUUUGUUAUUUUUCUUUGUCAGUCUUCCCUCUGACCUCAUACUUUGUUCAUGUCGUCAGCGCUGAUGCCAUACUUCAGGGAAAAUGAAUGAAAGACAGGUUAGAGAAGAAAAAAGCUCCUUUAUCUACAGGGUAACAGACGGUUUGGGGGCGAUCAGGACCCCUCGAGACCUGGACCGAACCCGUUUUAUGUUUCUAUACAACAGCAUACAGGAAACAAUGCAGAGAGAGAGAGAGAGAGAGAGAGAGAGAGAGAGGGAGGGGGAGAGCGAGGAGGAGGCUGGUUCAGCAGCAUCACACCUCAGAUCAUGCGGCAACAUGGCUCGGGAUGUGCUGCCAUGGCAACCGUCUUGCACUGACCCACUGAUGGGGCUGACUUGUGUGUCAGUGUGUGAUUGCUGCCGCUCGUGUGUGUGUGUGUGUGUGUGUGUGUGUGUGUGUGGUGGAGAGAAAGAGAGAAGCACAGAGGAUGAGGAUAUAGAUUGAUGGAUAGAAAGUGCAGAGAGAGAAAAAGAGGGGCUGGUGUGAGACCAGCCUGCUAACCACUUAAUCAGAUUGUUUUUUAAUUGUCAUGGGGGGGGGGGGGUCUGCCUGUAAAGCUGUUGUUUGACUCUCUGUUUGUAUCCUGCUAUUAUCAGGAUUUAGUGCAGCACUAGUUGAGGAAAAAUAGUUCCUUUUGCUUAAAGUUCCUAACCUGCUAUUUAUGAUAUUGAUCAACCUGUUUAUUAUUUAUCAAUCUACUGUUUAAGCUCAAUACUCUAACAGUGCGGGUGGUAUUUUUAGAUUCUCCUAAUGACAGAGGCUUGUGUUUCAUUGGCCAGUUUAAGAGGGAAGUCCAUCUGCCUUUUGGGUCAAACUUUAAUCGUUUAGUAGUUUCUAAGAUCUCCAGGUUUGGAUUUCAUCGGUUAGCGUCUGUUGUCACUGAACCUAAGUGCUAUGCUAUGGUUGGGUGGAGCUGCUGUCUGAUACUACACAGUUGUUUGCUGCCUGGUUUUAAUUCAGUACAUGAUUGGUUCAGUGUGAAGCGGACCCGCAGCAACUCCCCUUUUCAUUGGCUAUUCCCAUAGUCUAUCAAACAUGACAGAAUGCUGACUAUUGAAAAGUAUAUUGACCAUGUUUCGCUGUGAUAUCAAGGGAAAUUAAUUUUUGAUAUACAUCGUCAUCCGUUUUAUCGCCCAGUCCUACCUCAGGGUGUGCUGUACAUUGUCUAAGCUUAUUUUAAGGAGUCUGACUGACACUUAAAAUAAAUGUAAAUAAAUGACUAAUCUCAUUUUACUGUAUAGGUCAUCAAUAAGUAUCAAUGUGAAUAAGGCUGUUUCUAAAUCAGUAAAAAAAAAAAAAAAAAAACUCCUUACUGCGCCUUUAAUAACUAAUGUAUGUAUGAUUGUAUGUUAGAGUUGGCGUCCUCUUUCCUGGAUGUGUGCCUUUGCCAUGUAUUUUCUGCACCACUGUACAUUAUAGAUAAGCUCUUGGUUCCGUUUUCUCCCCUGGCGAUGUCUUUUUUCCAGGCGAACCACAUUACAGCUUUGCCCGAGCUAUUGUGUGGAUCUUUUCAGAGUCUGGCAUGUCCAGCAUGAACGUGAGUGUUUAUGCUUCUCUAAAUAUUGGACAGCUCACAUCCUCACUGGUGGAAACUACGUGUAUCUACAAACAGAUUCUAUAAUGCACAAAGGGUUUUUACUUCAGCAGUCAUCUGAUCCUGGAUCUGUGCCUCAGGCCGUCUGCAUUCAAUUUCCCUUUCCUGCCCUGGUUGGACCUUUUCUAUAUAACCUCCCAAACUAUUGAAGCCUCACACAUUUUCUGACCCACUUAAACCCAUGUGCACAAAAAAAAAACGGAUUGGGCAUCGGCCUCUCUGCUCCGGUUCUCCGCAGGCGCUGCUGGGAUUACAGUUUAGUGAGGCAAACAACUUGGGGUCAGCACUUUAUGGCCGGUGGCUUUUUGAGGAGGGAUGUUGUUUUCUUGGCUCUGAUAACCGCACACAGACACGCCACACACUCUUCAAUGAAGUCAUGCACUAGUCCAUUUUAAAAGGCUUUGUUCAAGCUGAGUUAAACUCUAAUUUGCACGUGUUUCACAUUGUUUAAAAAAGGAAACAAAAAAAAAACAUCCGCUCUCUCAGACCCUCUUAUCCUGACGUACAGCACAGCCAGACUCCCACAGUCAGCAGCUCAACACAUCUGGGGUCAAUAUGGAGCUUUCCUUCCCCACCAAGGGUCACUAAAACUGAAUCCUCAUCCACCAAACUCUCUCCUCCGUCUCCUCACCAACCAUGUGUAUAAUGGACCAUUACAGCAGCACCCCAGGGAGCAUGAAUCACCCCUAUAUCAUGUCUGCGUGUGGUCGCCUGGGUGCACAGUUUGGACUCCACCAGUGCAUCAUUCUCAGCCCCCAGGUGGAAAACGUGAUACUGUUUCGGUGCAGCGCUGUCUAAUUAAAAAAAUGUGAAUCAUGUGGUAGCUGUUAACCGGCAAUCCCCUGACUCGUGACGAGGUUUGUUUGUAGAAAAUGUCAGCUUAUCUGCUCUGAAUAUGGCUGGGUCAGAUUAGCUCAGAAUAAAUGUAAAUUGGCUCUGCUUCGACUUUGUAGAGAUACUGAGUCUGCACAACUCGGACAAACAAAAGAAGAGUUUAAUUUACUUAUACUUUGGAGUCUGUGUUUAUAAUAAAAACACAUUUUAGUUCCUGGAAAGUGCUCUGAAGUUUGGGUUGAAGUGAUUGCAGAUAUGCUCUCUCUCCAUUUCUGUUUUAAACACGUUUAUUCCUGCUGCAAAGACAGACGUUUGAACACAGAUGUGAUCCGGGUCUCUUGGGAUUUUAGAGCCAGCCUUAAAGGGAUGAAGAUCUGUUAGGUAUUGAUAUUUGGCUGCAUAUUUUUAUAAUGUAUCUACAUGUUUAGUUAGGGCUGGGCAAUAUGGCCUCAAAUCAAAAUCAUGAUAUAUUGAUCAGUUCACCUCAAUAACGAUAAAUGGACGAUAACUACUCCACAAGCUGCUCACCCCCUCCCACAUUAACUUCGUCUACUUCAGCCGCUCCAACUUUUGAACCGUCCUCCAUUUCCUCACCUGUCUUUCCCUUGAAAGGGACAUGAGACCUUAGCCUACCUACACACAUCCCGGAAAAACUUUUAUUUAUUUGACACCAAAUAUACAGAUAUGGGCAAAAUGACAUCAGUUAUUGUCGUAAAUUUCAAUAUCUGUAAAUUUUCGGUUUAUCACCCGGCCCUACCUUCAGUUGACUAAAUGAUUAAAUGUGAUCACACUCACUCAGAAUCUCUAAUUAGUUGAUUGACUUUAAAAUAUCUAUUACUGUAGGUUUAAAAUCUUGGUUAUAUGUUGUCUGAGCUGUAAUGCAGCCACUCACCACUAGUUGGCGCUGUAACUCCAAUUAACAGCCACUGCUGCUUCUUGUGACAAGCACUAAUGCUCUUAAUAUAAACAAGCACAGAUGACUGAUGGCGUCUUGUUUUUGCAGUAUUUUUAUCUAGAAAAUGAUGAUUUAUGAUAUUGAUUUAUUCACUUGUUUAUUGAUUUGCCCCUUUUUCUCUUCCUCUUUCAUCAUUUUUCUUUCUUUACUUUUGUUUGUCUUUCAUUUACUUUUAACUCCUUAUGUCCAUCUGCUGGGGCUGGGUGCUGGAGGGAUGGGGGUGGGGGGUCGGUAUCUGUUCUGGGGUUUGCUGAAUUUAUCUGUAAUCUAUAAUUAGAACACUAUUGUCUUUCUAGUUUGUAAAAAAAAACAACUGUUAAAAUAAGAAACAGAUAACUUCAGAACUUCCCUGGUGUUUUUCUUGUUCAGUUUGUCUCAUGUCUGCCACAGUUUACUUCAGGUUAUUGAUGAUUUAUUCUUUGGCUGCUGAUGUUGAAAGAAAAGUCUAACACUACUGAGUCAUUCUUUUAGUUUUUAUUCACAACUUUUACUGAGACUAAGGGCAUCAGGGCUUAGCUGUUGUCUGCUGACUAUAGCAGAGGAUUUUGUGGCCUGAUAUUCAGUGAAAAUUGAAAAGAGUAUUCUCGUAUGUCAGUGAUUCUUUUUCCCUCUCAGAUAAUUAAAAACACAAUAGUUUGAGCUGCACUCAGAUGUUUAGUGUCUUUUGCCAGAAAAAUGUCGAUCAAAGUGUGCUGACCCAAAUCUGCCCUCUCUAAAAUAGCACUGACAGCUAUAAUCGAUCGCUUAAUAACCUCCAGUUAGGAGUUUUUAUUUUUACUAGGAUUUUGUUCAUGUUUGAUAAUUUCUCCUGACUUUGAUUCUGUGAUUUUGUCUUUACUAUUUAAAGCCAAAGUUCUGCAGCCUUGACAUGCCGUACUGAUCCGUCUGAGAUAAAAACAGACACAAAAAGUACGACUUGAUACAACCCAAACAACAGGAUAACCAUCAGGCUGUAAAUGUGGCACAGCAUGUGGCUCUCAGGAUAAAGUGUGCAUCAGCUCUAUUGAGGUUACAUCUGUGGGGGAAGUUUCCUGUCUGAGGUUGAUGGAGACUAUUUAUUCAUUUUCCACUCCAGUAAUCGGACGACGAGUCCAUUUUCUGAGGAUCUGCGGAGAUGAAGCGAACAGCUAUAGCCCCAGACGCAGUCACUGAUGCAUCUUAGGCCCAUUUACCAUGCUCUGAAAUGCCACUGCAGCCCACUCCCACUCGCCCAGAGAAGGUCAGGCUCAAUACAAAUCAAAAUUAGGCAACGGGGAGAUCAGAGAUGUGCAACAGAAAGAACGCUCAGCUGGCAGCGCUCUGUAGUCCCUCUGAAUGAAUGGAACAUAAACAGACAUAAAUCACUGAACACAGAGUUUGCUUGUGUUUCUCCCUCUGCAGUAAUUUCCCACAUUGUUCUCUUGAAUUGAAUGUACAGCGUGGAGGAACAGCGGCUCUGUUUCUGCUUCAAAGGGUCCAAAAUGGACUAAAGUACUAUUGUUCUCUCCAAAUGCCAAGUUAGUCCUCUUCUGCACAGUUACAGAGCCUGGACACUUAACUGAAGCAACACAAGGCACAGUUUAAAGUCAUUGUGCCCCCUGCUGGACCUCUAAUGUCAUUACAGUGCAUGACAACAGUGUGAAAAGGAAGGUAGCUUUGUGGGAGCCACUUUAUGAUAAAACAUACAUAAAUCCUUCUGGUAAUACGUCCAGUUACAGUUAUUUAAAUGUUGCACUGCUGUUUUCCUGGAUGUGUGCAGGCCCAGCUUAGUUUAAGACCACUAUACUUCAUUUUAAGGAGGCUGUGUCCUUUUUUACCCAGAAAUAGGGGGUCCUCUAUAAUUGUGAAUUCAAUUGUAUAUUGUAUUUGAUGAACAACAACUUCAUAGACCUUGAUUAGCCAAAAACAUUUGACUUUUUAGAUGUUCUGACAGUGAUUUGUAUGUGUGCUGCACAGAUAAAUAAGAGGCUUGUCAUUUUGUUAGCAACAGGCCUGGAGUCCUUCUUAUGUUAAAGGUUAGAACAGCAGUUUAUAUCCUGUUACACUGAAGUAUGAAUUAAAAGUUAAAGGUCUUUCUCAGAUUGGUUUGUUUUGUUUUCUAAUCUCUUGCACGACUAACAGAAGUGUUGUUUGAGGAUAAUGUUUCCUUCAGGCAGAUGAUUCAGAGUUUUUAAUAUACGCUGAACUACUUUAAAAACUCCUUUGUGCCCAUCUUCAUCAAAACUGAAUCAUGUUUAUUUGGGCUGUAGGCCAUGGUGCUUCUUCUCUCAUCUUCUCUUCAUGCAGCUUUUUGAGUGUAAUAUGGACACUGUGCAGUAUGUUUAGUUUUUGUUUCUUUUAGUGUAAAGUUCUUGGUUUGCAUCAGGCUUGUUGUUGGUUUUUAGGGUUUUUAUUUUCUUAUUUAAAGAGGUAUUUCGGAGGCAGUUGAUCAAACGCAGCACUUGAUUCCAAGGUGACAAAGUGUUCAAUCAUAUUAUACUAUAUCAUAUCAUAUCAUAUCAUAUCAUAUCAUAUCAUACUGUAUCAUAACGUAUUGUUUCAUACCAUAUGAUAUGGUAUGAUACGAUAUGAUAUGAUACAUUAUAAUAGGAUAUGAUAUUAUUGUAUCAUAUUAAAAUGUACCAUAUCAUAUCGCAUCACACUACGUCAUCAUAUCAUAUUAUAGUCAUAUUAUAUCAUACCAUAUCACAUCCUAUAAUAAGGUAUCAUAUAUCAUAUCAUACCAUAUAAUAUCGUAUUAUGUAUCGUAUUAGAUCAUAUCGUAUCACAUCAUUUCAUAACAGAUCAUACUGUAUCAUAUCAUAUCUCAUAUUACCAUAUUUCGUAUAAUAAUGUAUCAUAUCAAAUUAUAUAGUAUUAUACAUCAUAUAUAGUAUUUUUUGGGUUUGCAGCCUUUUUUAUGUGUUUGGUUGGACCCUUAUUUCCUUAUUCCCAAACUCAAUAACACAUUUCAGUCAGUGCUGUAUUUUGGGUCUUGUCCAUUUUUUCGAUAUAACGCCGCCUGCUGCUGUCAGGAAAAGGGAUGACCAUGCAGAAAUGGAUUUUGUGUUUAGUACUUGUCACGUACAGAAUCCUGACCUCAAUCUUAUUCAGCACCUUCAGGAUGAACUGGAACAACAGUGUUUGGACAGAGCCGGGCCUUAUCACCCACUGUCAGAGCCAAACCUCUCUGACACUCUGCUGAUUGAAUUGGAGCAAAGCCCUGCAGCAAGGUUAAGAAAUCUUUUGGAAGGGCUUCCCAGAGGAGGCUGUCACUGAUUUACAACACUGGAAAAUGGCUGUAAGAUUUCAGUUUGUUGUCCAGAUAUGCUCUGCCGUGCAUCAUAUAAUUGACAGCUUUCAGCUUAAUGGUUAUUAAAGAGAAUGUGUGGGACGAUAAGAACUGAUUAAUGUCUCCGCUUUUAACUCUAAGUACUACUGUCAAUUUUAACACAUUUGAGAAAUGCUUUUCAAUUUUGAUUCCAUUCAACAUCAUAUUAGAAUUUUAGAUGUGAAGCAGCUGAGUUUGCUGCACCAGAGGCACACAGCCAUGCUAGAUCAAAAGCCGUAACAGGAAAGGUCAGAUCAUUGGAAACUGUUUCUCAUCCGAUCGCCUCAGGGGAAGGCAAGCACAGGUCCUCAUGUUGAUACGACCCCAAACAGAUGGGUUAGACCUUUAAUUUAAACAGUUUGUAAAUAUGCCCAAAUUGAGGUUUGUGUCAGCGGCCUUCCAUCCAAGCAAAUAUGCAGAGGAUGUGUAAGACACAAGCCGUUUGGUUAUCAGAAGAGGACAGCUGUUUCUAUACACAACUUCAGGCUUGUUUAGCAGAUCUGUGGCCAGGCUGAGAUAAACAGGAGACCUUAACCAACACACCACUCUGCGUAUACGUGCAUCCACUAUCCUGUUUUGUCAAGAAAAACGCAGCUUUGAAAUAAUUAUUAGGUUUUCAAAUAUUUCAUGAUUUUUCUGAGCAUACAAGAACAACAGAGAGAGCGAGAGAGAGAGUGUUCGUUCCUCAGAGGAUGAUCAGAGAGACGAUAUGAAGGGACGGUGGCAGACACAACAUCCUUUUAUCAAACAUCUCAUUGUGUUUACAGAUAGUUUUUGUGUCUUUGUACACGCACUGACAGCAAAAACUGUUGUUUAAUUUCACUGAAAAAUGUAAAACCACAGAUUUUGAAUUCUCAUGUUACAAAAUGAAGCCUGAUCUGGAAAAACACUGAACCACAUUUGAUCAAAAGUAAAGGUCAGUUUGUUCCUGUUGUGAAACAUGAACUUUCAUGUGUGCUUUCACCAUUUCCUGCAGUGUUGUUUGAAGGAUCUUUCUGCAAGAAGAAACACUCCGAUUCAUCUCAUAUGGUCAUGUACAAUCAGCGCGGUUCUGUUUUGAGAGAUUUACAGAACACUGAUUUGGUCUAAGAUGUGGACAGGGUGUGGGAUGUCCUGGGCCCACAGAGCCUGUACCUCCUGUAGUAGUUUACAGAGACUGUUCCACUGCUAAUGAGAGGGGGAGGGAGGUUUCCAAGGCUGCCCAGGCCUCACUGGAGGUCCUCGUGUCAUCCCUUGGUUUGUGGUUGCCCUUUCAGUGAUUCAGGCCUUUUACCUUGGACUGAGUUUUUCCAGCUAGGCCCCCAGAGGGUAACAAAAGCGGAAGGAGCGUGUUUUAUUUUCAAGGACAUUUAAUCACUGUACUGAUCUCUUUAAUGUGAAAUGGAGCCUGAAGGUUUAUUUGUAUGGGCUAAUACAAUCCUUUAUCCUGUCAUGAAGCAGUUUGAAACCCUGAUAAUGACUCACUUGAGAAUUUAAAAAACUUUAUUUUUACAGUGUUUGUUGGGUUUAAGGUGAGUUUCAGCACUCAAACAGACUAAAUAUAGACUACAGUAAUAUCUGUCUCUGCUCUUAUGGCAAAUCUGGAAAAUGUCCCUGAAGCAGACACUGAGUAACACUGGAAUCUCAUUUAUGAGCAGCUGGCAUUUAUUGUUUUUACAUCUGGUACUUUUCACUGGUUUAGCUGCUACUUCUAUCAUUUCAAAGUCAUACAGUCUAUUUUUUAUCAAGAGGUACUUUAUUAAAGGUCUGCUGAAACUUCUGUAUUUUACAAUAAAGUCAACUAAAUGGAUCCACUACAGUUACAGCUUAUAGUGGGCUACUGUGGUAAACGGUGAAAACACUAUGGCAAAAAAACAAGGCAUCUUAGUUUGCAGUUACCUUAAAAAAUGCACCAAUUUUAAUGUAGGCUAAUUUUUCAAAAGCAGAGUCGUAGACUAGUUGGUUAGCACACAAGAACAGCCGCUUGUUUUCCUCUUUCAGUGUGUGCGUUUAGGACAUCAACAAACUAAAUUAACUUCUAUGUGUAGUCGUGACUUGUGCUGCGUUCCAGUUUCCUCGGACAUCGGAUGUGGGAGCUGGGAAUGAUGUUACACCCGAGUUGACGGCAUUACAGUUAACAAACCAAGAUGGACGCCUGCUAUUACCCAUUGUUUGCUGUUGUUUUCAAUUGUCAGCUGUUGUUGGCCAUUGUCAGUUCUUGCUAGCGGUUUUCAGCCGUUGUUUGCGGUUGUCAGCGGUUGUUAGUUGUUGUUAGCUAUACAAGUCGUAAACAACCCAUAACACAGUAUUUUACUCGUACAAACACCAUAGCACCGUGUUCACAAGUUAGACGUUGGGCCGUACAACAUAAACCACUCAUUUAAUUUCACAAUAACUAAACAGAAGUGCUAAUAAAUAAAUAAACAGUUAUGAGAGCUUUCACUGUUAUGCUUUACUGAUGCACUGUGCUGCCAUCUUGAAUUAUGUCGUUGUCGUCAUGUCGGGGUUGGUGAGGAUCGUCCAACUUUCUGAGUCGUAAAUCCGACUUCAGGGGGGCGUUCCAGAUUAAUUUCCGACUCGGAGCUCGGAAAUCCCGACUUCUGAGGACAACUGGAACGCAGCAUAAUUGUUAACGCUAUAGUCCUGUAAAAAUCGAAGUACAAGAUGGCGACUUUCAUUCUCCUGUUAAAUAUGAGGCUCAUUCAAAGUUAAAAAACAAACAAAAAUUAAUUGUCUGAAAUAUACUUAUUGAAACACACUUGUAAUGUUUUGUACCAUAUUUACAGGUGUCUAGUUUACUUGAUGCUAAAGCCACACACUGAACCUUUAAUUCACCAGUUAUAGCUGUUUGGUCUUUAGCGCCAGUUUGGGGUCAUUAAAAUUUGCUUUUGACCAUUUUAUUCUCUAACUUACCUUAACAGAAUACUACGGUGAAAUAUUUGUGUAAUAAAAUUCAUUUUUAGGGGUUGGUCACGUGUCACUGCACCGUGGAGUAAUGACCGUUCCCAUGGUUACCACUCCUCCCGCCAGCCGUUGGCCAUCAUUUCACUGAAGACCAUCGGGGUCUCUGUGGUCUCCUCCUCAUCCUCCUUUUUUCUCUCUUUUCGUUCAUUCCCGUUUUUUAUGAGAGGGGGGGUGUUGCCUGCCUGCCUGCCUGCCUGUCCGGCUGCGGACUGUUUCUUUCUUUCUGCUGAAUGAGAGAGAAAAACGGUGGUCUCUCUCUCUCUCUCUCUCUCUCUCUCAGCUCAGGGAGGACAUGAUUUAGGAUCUUACACGAUCGGAUAAUUCGAGGAAGUUGUAACCGACUCACCAAUUAACGGUCACAAAUGAGCGGUCGGGUUCUGAUUGGGAAAGUUCCUCCUCUGCAGUCGGUGCCCCGGGCUAAAAGGACGCUCUUUACGGCCAGGUAAUGAAAUAAUGUCGAAUCAGGAGACUCUUUGUUGACGGUUUAAAGUCGGUUUCUUCUGUUCGAGUAUUUGUUCUUUCCUGUGGUCGUGGAGCCGGGUCGACUGGCUUUACUAUAGCGGGUUAAACGUGACUUGGCUUUUUGCUGACGGUACAGUAACAGACGGUACAGUAAUAUACAGAGUUACCUUAUUAGUGUGUCGUUGUUUAACAGGGAUAACACCGUGUUAUCACGCCUUCAGAUACAGUUAACUAAAUAUAUAUCUGAGGAGUUAAAUACAGGAGAGUAAAGAAGGAGGAAGGAGACAGUCCUGCUUUUGUCUUGGACACGUUUGAGGUCCGUUUUCACUAAAGUCUAUCUGAACAUUUACAAAUAUGGUUUAUGACUUUAUCAGUCCUGACCACUUCUUAUCUAAACUUAAUUCAGGUAACCUUGGAGGCUGAGCUCAUCUAAUUUUAUAUUCGUACACUGUAAACCAAUUAAAGUCUUUUUGAUUGAUGUUACAGGUCUUAUUUGACUUCCUAAAGUGAACAAGUAGUUUUUAAUUCUGUUGGAAAUUCAGAUGAAAAGUAAAAGUGUAAGAGACGCCAGUAUUUCUGAUAUUUGUAGAAACAUAUGAUCCUGGGUUGACACAGCACUUCUGCUACCACAGCUAUCUUAACCACGCUCUCUGCAGACUCAUUCACCCCAUGACAGCUCGACUUUGCUGUUAUGUGUACAGGGAAAAGUCAUUGGCAAGAGUUAAGGUUGUCUUAUGCCUUUUUUAGAUUUUACAACAAAGUAUGGAGCCACAAUGUUGGAUGUCAAUUCAAAAUUCAGGCAAAGUGUUAAAUCAUGAUGUAAAUGUGUGGUGGAGUAAUCCUUCGAUGAGACCGCAGGCUGCUUGAAUUACGCUAAAGCCACACGAGAUUUGAGAAAAUUGAGACUGAGGUGAAUUUCCUUAAAAGUUCAUAAAAACACAAAUGUCCAGUUCUGUUCUUUGUGGCUGGGGAUUUUUCUUAUCUGUUCCCAAUCUGGGCUAGAUUUGGGCUCUGAAACAUGAUCGUAUUUCAUGAUUUGCUAUUUUAGAUAGAGAAACAUGGUGUUGUAUCAUGGCAACAGUGGAGAAGGCUUCUGGAGGGGCUCAUGGAGUCAGUAGCUGAUAUGAAGAGUUCAUAAAAACUGAAAUGAUGAUUUUCAAAGAUGUGAGAAGUCGUGAUUAAUUGAGUUUCAAAUCAUUUAAAGUUACAAUGAAGAUCUUUAAAGUCUUAGAUAAAUCCACGGUCGAAUUCCUUCCUUCCUAGAUUGUCAUGUCUAUCUGCUCUUUCUCAGUCUGUCGGUGUCAAGUGCGCUACAUCAUGUUAAAAUGUGUUGUUAAUGCUUUUGUCAGAUCUCGGUCCAAGCCUGGCUAAUAUUUCUCACGUCCCCACCCUUUUCCUCCAACCACCUCACCAAUCCUACCUCGCAACCCUCUUAAAUCAAAACAUUUUCGCAGCAACCCAACUCCAAAUAAUCACACAAAUCAGAGAGAUGCUGGAGCAGAGCCACAGAAAACAAGAAGUUAAUUACCACCCUAUGUACAAAGUAUGCACUCUGCUGGCGUACUCCCACCCUCUUCUUCUUGUCUGGAUUUCACCUCUGAGAGCAGACAGUUUGGCCUGCAACUCCAGUGGCCCUCCUGCUUUUUCUUAAACUGACAUCCUCGUGCGGUUAUUCACGGCCCCCUUGACAGAGGUGGUAUUGUUCGAACAUACUGAGAACAUGUGGGCUUAAUGUAAAUCAAAAAUAUUCUCCUUGUUGAUGGUGCGUGAAAGCAUCUUCGAAUUCUCCAAUCAAACAUUAAUCUGAGGUUUUUCCCUCCUCUUGUCAAACUUCACCGCUGAGGUCGAGCCGCUCUUACCACAAAUCACUCAAGUGUUACUUUAAGGCGUCCAAAAGCUCCGAGUGUCAGGAUAAGCUUCUUCUCCGUUUUACAACUAUGACUACAAUUCAACUGCAGCCAUGUGAUUAAAUGCAAUUCUGAAUGUGUAUGGGCCAUUUUCGUCUCCCUGUAUUUUUCUCUGCACUUCCAUGUUCCAUGCCUCUGCUAAUUGCAGGCUGCUGAGCCGCAGAGAGCAUUUUCAGCUCAGUGGGGAAAGUUAAAGAAAAGGGAAAAGAACGGACUCAGCUGAAGCAGUGACUCAGCUUUUACUAAAUUUUAUUAACCUACCUUUUCCGCCUGUUCCAGGUUUUUGGAGCCAGCAUGAAUUUGAUCACCACCUGUGGUUACAAGUUGCAGUGAAGGGGAACGUUAUUACCACAUAGAAGUUGGACUUGAAAUGGGAUCUUGAGCAUAGACUGUAUUAAGGGUGGGCGAUAAACUGGAAAUUUAAAGAAACUGAAUUCUAUGACAAUAACCAAUGUCAUUUUGCCCAUAACGGUGUUUUCGGUGUCAAAAAAGAAGAAAUAGAGGAAAGUUAGUUUUGGAUGUGUGUAGGUAGGAUAUGGUCUCAUGUCCCUUUAAAACGUUGUCCUACGACAUAGAGGUAAAGUAGACGAAGUUAAUGUGGGAGGGGGUUAGCAGCUUUUGGAGUGGUUAUUAUCCAUUUAUCGUUAUAUAUAUAAUGUUAUUGAUCUCUGAGGCUAUAUCGCCCAGCCCUAGACUGUAUAUAGAAUGGACACCGUCUGCCUCCUCGCAGGGUGAAGCUACCGUGAGAACAGUGCCCUCUGGUGACAGGCUGCAGUAUAGGUCAUAAACCCCGCCUCCUUAUGGAGCUGUGGAUGAACUUUAUAAAUGAAUGACACAGAAUAUAAAUGUUUCUCCCCCCUGGUUGUGAUGUUGACAUGUAGUUACUGUCAGACUGGUUUGUGUUCAAGUCCUUUUUUUUCUGUACAGCUCCAUUUUUAAAAGUUAUUAGGGGGUUCAUGUUUUCUGUGAUUGACACCUGAUACAGCCUAUGGGUGGACAGAGAUCGUGUAGCUCACCGGGGGGUACGCUGUUUGAGCCGAGCGUCAUCACAGCGACUCUACCGCCAAAUGCGUUCAACACUACUGUGCAAGUGGUGGUUCCAGGAAGUGGAGAAAAUUCGUACAAACAGAUUUGUAUAAUGGUGGAAGGCAGAGCCAAGUUGUCCAUAUAGUAUACGCCCUUGAGUCGUAAUUUCAAAUUAUAAAACGUCAUGAUUGUCUUUCUAAAGUGUUUAAAAAUGUUUUCUUCUUCCCUUUUAAACCCUAAAUAAGUUUUCUUUAAUGUUUUGAUCACAAAAGAGGCCUCACCUUUUGUUGGAUCCAAAAUCGAAUCCAUCCAAAGACUUGAUGCCCGAUGAGCAGUUCGUCUGGACUCUCCUUUGCAUGUGGAGCCAGACUGGCAGCAUCUGUUUCAUGCGAUGCAGGGCUCCAUAGAGGGGUGAAGAGAAAGGUCAUGGAGGGUUUAGUAUCCUGUCACUCUGAUUUCCUCUCAUCCUGCCUCUUUAGAGUGAACCAUACCGCUUUCUAAACCCUGAGCUGUCAGCUGCCGUACAGCUUGAUUUAUCAGCACAUCCUGUAAACUUUCCCUUGAAGCUACAGUUAAAAUAUUUCAGAGGACUGGACCCUGUUUAAAAACUGUGAGUGAUUCAUGAGAUGAUGGUGAUAUUAAAUAGAUAACUUUAAACUAAACUGGAUGAAAAGUAUAAAUCUUCAACCCUCCAAAGUGACACAAGCUCUAAAUUUGUCUUUGGAUCGUAAGAAAUCUUGGGAGGUCAGUUUUAAAAAUGUUUAACCAUCAGCCAGCAAACUCUCGCUCCAUCUUCUUCUUUGUCUUCCCUCUGUUUCAUCUGGUUUACAGUAUCAGUCUGAGUGAGAACUGAGCUGUGCUCCAUAUGUCAACAUGAUAGAGGUGGAUUUUAUGAUCUAAACUGCAGUCAGCCAGCAGGGGGAGCUCUAAAUGGUCUGCCUUCUCAGUUACUAUGUGCAUGACCAAUACUAGAUUAUGUAUAUUAGGACUGAACGAUAAAUCGAUUUUAAGUCAUAAUCAGAUUAUUUGAUUAUCCCGAUGUUAAAAAAAAUUAAAAUCCUCAAAUCAAUUUUCCUCUCGAUUAUGUCUCACGCCUUUAGGCCACCAUAGGCUCCCCAGUUCCCACACACUCCAGUGUAAACAAACAUGGCGUUUGCUAAAGAAGGCGAUAAUUUCGUGGUUAAAUAGUAAAAGAGCGAGUCAGUCGUGUUGAGUUGGUACGACUUCACAGUUUCAGAUGAAGAGUAAAACACUCCCCGCUGCAAAGUCUGUCUGAAGGCGGUAUCAACCCGUCACCAUGGAAACAAAUUCAGAAGAAAAUGCUAAAGAAUUUGUUGUACCGGCGUUCUAUCCACACGGAAAUGGCGUUUCAGGUGACUGUAAACGGUACUUUUUGAAAACAGGUCAGAGAGUGAAUAAAUCUGUAAACGACGACCAUUUCAUCUCCGUGUGGAUGUCUAUCUGCAUCUCUGGAAACGAUCAUGUGACACACAGAGUAACUCUUUUAUGGCGCCAAAACAACCUUUAUACACAUGCUCUGUACUCUUCUUCUGUCUUUGGUGCAUUUCCUGUGCAGCGUUACAGCGCCACUUGGAAGAACUUUUUAUUGAAGUGAAGUUUGGUGAAGUUUUCACUAAAUAAAAAAUCGAAAAUCGAGUUUUCAGAGAAAAAAAUCUGGAUUUUAUUUUUGGCCGAAGUCGUGCAGUCCUAGUUUAUAUCAGCUGGUUGUCCACAAAACUGUGCGAUGAAAUGCAAUGUCACCAAAAACUGAAAGCCACGAAAUUGUCAUUGAUUAUCAUUUCAAUGAUUUUAUUGCUCUAUAUUAAAAAAAAUCAAUUAUUUCAGGAAUCAAACUGAAGUCUAACUUGUCAGAUAUGUCAGAUGUUGUGGGAUGUCCAACAAACUAUGAACUCGUCGUUUUGACUAACCCUAGAGAUUGUUGAAUUUGGGCUCUUCAGCUGCUGAUUAAAGUAGAAUAAGCAAAGUUUGGAACAAUCAGAGUGUCCGUCCAAAAACAGGCGGUCAUAAUUAUUGUUAUUGCAGACAUCACAAGUUGGAAAAUAUUGUGCGGUACGUAGAAGUCCGUGUUACUCAAAGUUUUGGAGUCUCUGUCUCGGCUAAGUGAGUGAGACGCCUGAACCUUAUUGCAUUAAAACUUAGAGAUCGGCUCCUGAGGCUGUGGUCACCAUAUGGUCGGGGCCUCUGAUGUGUUCGUUGAAUGGAAGCAGCUGCAGCCAUGUUGAAAUUACCUGCUUGUUUGAGCAUAUGACCACCCGCAGAGACAGCUGACUGCAGACAGAUGGACAUCUAACCGUUUCUGCCAGUCUUUACCCUUUAAUCCGUUUUAUUCAGUGUCCACUCAAACACUGUGGUUGUCAUGGUUACAUGCACUUUUAAGCCAACGGGUCUUCCUGUCUUGUUUCAGCUGGGAUGAGAGCAGCUCCAUCAGCAGCGGGCUCAGCGACGGCGAUGGCGACGGCUCAGAGAACCUCAGUUCAGAGGAGUUCAACGCCAGCUCCUCCCUCAACUCCCUCCCGAGUACUCCGCUGGGAUCCAGACGCAACUCUUCUGCCAUGGUGAGCGGGAAUACUGAAUUAAACGGCCUGUGACAAGGUUUGGCUUUCCUGUUUCCCCUAGUUUUUGUUUUUUAUUUUGCGCUAAAGAGAGCGAGGCCUUAACUUGGAGCGAUGUCAGAUCUUCACCCUGUGAUUUUCUUUGUGUUGUGUGUCAGAUUUGAGUCCCUUGUUUUUUUUUCAGGCAACAAAAGAAACCGCAGACCUCGCUGAAGAAAAAUAGAUGUCACAGAGUGCUAUAAAUCAGUUUAACACAGAGGCUCUGUUCUUCAUCUAUUUAGAGAGUGAUAUACAAACUUCCGGACGUCUAAGCGUGCUAACCUAUAUCCUGUCUUCACUUAAAUCUAUGUGGUUAUUGUUAUCAGUCACAUACAAGUUUGAGCUUUACUGUGUAGACUGUUGAAUAUCACAUUAGAAGGCUGUUUUCAGUUAUACAGACAUUUCUGUGUAGUUUAAAUGUGCGUGCAGGAGGAUCAUCUUCUAGGUUUGAGAGUUUUCAUGAAAGGUGAAGGGGUCAAGGUAGGGCUGGGCGAUAAACCGAAAAUUUACCGAUACUGAAAUUUAGGACAAUAACCGACAAUAUUUUGCUCAUAUCGGUAUAUUUGGUGUCAAGAAAAUGAAUAAAAAAGUUGGUUUUAGAUGUGUGUAGGUAGGCUAUGGUCUCAUGUCCCUUUAAGACGCUGUCCUACAUCAGAGACGUGACUCCACCCCAUUCAGUCUGUAACAAAGAGGGAAAGACAGGUGAGGAGAUGGAGGACGGAGAGAAAGUUGGAGCGGCUGAAGUAGACAAAGUUAAUGUCAGGUCAUCGAGGUGAACUGAUCAUUAUAUCGUGAUAUUGAUUCUAGGCCAUAUCGCCCAGCCCUAGGUAGGGGUUAAAAGUUAGACCCUGUCUGACUUGUAUUAUUAUGAGUAAGUCUUAAUGGUCUCUACCUUUCACUAAAAGUCAUUUCUCUUUUCUCGCUCACUUCCAGGCCGCUCAGUAGGAGGACAUGAAUAUCAGUGCGACUCAAUGAGCCAUCUGUCAUUUUUAUAUUAUAUGAACUUGAUGCCAAAAAGCAGCAUGUCCUUUUUUCCCUCUGUACCACCUCCUCCUCAAAUCACCACAUGAGAGUUUUUCUAUUACAGUCAGGCUGUCUCUCUCUCUCUCUCUCUUUUUUUCGCUCCUUGCAGAUCCAUUCGUCACAAAAAUAAAUGCCCAGGCUUUUCUAUUGUCCUCCAGUUUUAAGUGUUAAAUCCAUAAACAUGUUUUCCUUUCCUUUCUGUGUUUUUCUUCAAUCCGCUCAGGACAUAUCAGUCUAUCUCUCCCUCUCUCCCUCAGGAAUGCAGCUGAGAUGAAACAAAGAUUACAGAGAAGAGCUCCAGAGAUAACGCAGACCAUGACAGAUUCUUACUCACACUGCGUCUUUUCCCUCCGUCCCCCCUGCAGCUCCGCACCGACGCAGAAAAGCGCUCCCUGGUGGAAAGCGGUCUUUCUUGGUACAGCGAGGACGGAAAGACCAGCCAUAAGCUUGAGAGCAGCAGCUUCGACACGGGGAGUCUCAAGACGGAGGCCCCGAGCAAGUGGAGGAAGAAACCUCCGAGUCUGAGUGAAGAUCUGGGAGUCAAAGGAGAGCUGAGGAAGCCUCAGAGUUUAGGUCAACCAGGGAGUUUCAGAAAGGGUCGUAACCCGCCUAUAGGGGUGACCUCCCCCAUCACACACACGUCACAGAGCGCGUUAAAAGUUGCAGGUAACAUAUUUCCCCCAUGUAGAGGCAUCUAUCCUGUCUGUGUAUCCGUCUCCCUUUCUUUCCCAUGAUUUUAUCUCCCUGUAGGAAUUUGAUGUCAUACAACUGUGGCUGAUUUGUUUAAAUCUAUGCCAUCCAUUAUUUCUUGUUGGGUCCAAAUGUAAAACAGAGCCUGUUUGUAAAGCAGCCAAGGCGGAUAUCUGCUUGGUGUCAGGAUGAAUACAGAAGUAUACCCCUCAGCACAAGCCAGGUCUGGAUUAGGAGGAAAGCACAACAUACCGGGAGGGGGGGAAAGCACCAUGAAAUCCAUUUCACUGAAAAAAAACUUAAAUCUCAGCUCGAAGGCCAAAGACGUUUUUCUGCUGUUAACUCAGAGUCUGUUUCUUUAAAUGUCUGCAGAGACUGAAUGUCUGCAAUCAGCAGCAACUCAAACGACUUAAUCCCCGACAAAACAGGCAAUCAUUAGCUGAUUAAAAACGAGUCCCAGCACCAACGUUUCUUGGCCUUUUGUUUUCAUUUCCUCAGCCGUAGGCAUAAAUGAUUCAGACUAGAUCUGAUCGUACUUCAUCUGGCUGCGGUUCCAGAUUCAGUUUAAUGCUCCUGCUAUGAUAAUGACUUUUCCUUUUUAGCUCUCAUCAGAAGUUUAGAAAAAUUCAACCUUUUCCACAUCUCUUUUGACAGUUAGACUCAUAUUUCUGUCUCUGUUUUUCUCUUUAAUAAUCCCAGCUGCAGAUCUUUAUGGAUUAAUCCACCUUUCAUAAGUGCAGCUCCUUCAGACUUAAAGAAAAGUUCUUUCUGAGAAUAUUUUUACUAUUUAAUUCACUUUUUUUUCUUUGUGUAGCGCCCAAAAGUGAGAAGCCCGCGGACAAAUCCAAGAUCUCAGUCAAAGCUGCCGGUCUUCAGCGCUCCCGUUCAGACGCUGGUCGAGAUCAUCAUGGAGAGCAUCGAAAACCUCCAUCAGGUCUGGUGAAACCGACUGCUGGAGCUUCAUUUCUCUACAAGAAACCACCCACAGCCACUGGUACCGCCACCAUGAUGACAGCAGGGGGAGCCACCAUCUCCAGUGGCUCCUCCACUUUGGGGAAAACCCCCAAGUCAUCUGGCAUCCCUGUGAAGCCUGUGGGGGGAGGACCACCCACGGGGCGGAAGAACAGUUUCGAUGCCAGCAGUGAGCAGGGCUUCCUGGGGCCAAAUGUCCGCAACAGCAUCCAGUACCGCAGCCUGCCCCGACCGGCCAAGUCCAGCACACUCAGCGUGAUCGGGCGCCCGGCUUCUCGGCCCCCCAGUGGAACCAUUGACCCCAGUCUGUUGGCUCUGAAACCAGUUCCCAUAGCCUCCACAGGCCCCAGGGUCAAAGAUCAGAGCGGCAGUAAGAUGGCGUCCCGAACAAGCACAGGACCGGUGAACCAGACGGACAGAGAGAAAGAGAAGGAGAGGGCCAAGGCCAAGGCUGUGGGCGCCGACAUGGACUGUGGGUCACUGAAAAGGGACGAGACUCAGUCCUCAGGGGAGUCCGCUCUGAAGCUGCAUGGCCUGAGACGGACCGGCAGCAGCAAAUACCCGGAGCUGUCGUCUCCCACCACACCGAGGUGUCUGAUUCAGAUAUAAUCCACACUUCAUUCACUCCAAAAGAAGAGAAAACUAGUGAUUCAUCAGAAUUAUCAAUGAUCAUAACCUUAAACCACCCUCAGUGAACCAUAUACUGAACACAUCGUUUUAUACAAACACACAGUAACUUGAUUGAUGCACAGGUAUUUAACUUUGGCUGUGCACCAUCAGGACGUCUCCACCUCCUCUCCUCAGCAGCAGGAGUGGAGGUGAAGUUGUUGCUCCUUCAGGAUUAAAACCAGACGUCUUAAAAAUUUCAACAGCAGUAUAUCUUUUCACAAACAAUUUCGUCGUUCCUCCUGUAAACCACAAAACAUCUUUAAUGAAAUUCUCCACAAAAGAAACGCUCCGGAGCGCAGGGAACUUUAUUGCCGUGGAUUUAUGCUGCAGUCAAAGUUUACAGGCCGAAGUCUGCAGAGACAGAUGAGUCAAAGACGGAGCAAAUACCACCACAGUUUUCUGCCUGGUGUAGAUAUUGUUAGAGGUGCAUCAUGGGAAAAUGAAACCAGAGAUAGCACAUCACACACAUGCAUGUAUUAAGUCCUCAGUAAAACAACCAAAGAGAGGGAUGUUUUAGGGCUGAGCGAUAAACCGAAAAUUUACCGAUACUGAAAUUUACGACAAUAACCGACGUAAUUUUGCCCGUAUCAGUAUAUUCAGUAUAAAAUAAAUAAAUCAAAGUUGGUUUUGGAUGUUUGUAGGUAGGAUGUGAUCUCAUGUCCCUUUAAGACGCUGUCCUGCGUGAGAGAUGUGAAGUAGACGAAGUUAAUGUGGGAGGGGGUGAGCAGCUUGUGGAGUAGUUAUCGUCCAUUUUUCGUUAUUGAGGUGAACUGAUCAAUAUAUCAUGAUAUUGAUUUGAGGUUAUAUCGCCCUGCCCUCGAUUGUCUCAUCCUAGUUUCUGUAUUUUAUCUCAUCUUUUACGUCUUCUCUCCAGGUUGCUGAACACUAAGUCUCUGGGUCGUCCUCCAAACUUGGCUCACUUGGACAAGGUCAACUCCAACAGUCUGGACUCCUGCGUGACCAUCCACGACCUCCCCCCUAAAGUCCCCCCGUACUCCAAGCUGCAGGACUUGGCUGGUUCCCACACCCCGUCUCGUCUCACCCCCAGCCCAGCGCCCGUGCUCCACAUUGACUCCCCGGGUUCCUACACCAGCGAAAGCCUGAGUCUGAGCGGGUCGCCGCUGCUCUACCCCAAACUGACAGGCAUGCACCGCAGCAUGGAGUCCCUGCCCCUGCAGAUGAGCGUGCCCCCCUCCACCUCCAGGUUCAUUAAAACGGAGUCACACAACAAAGAAGAGAGGAGUGCAGGAACCUGGGGGGCAGGAAGCAGGACAUCCCUCAACCUACCUGACAGGUAAACCUCACCUCAUCUGCACACAGUGAGUCAUAUUUAGUAGUAAGGCUCUUCCCUCCUACAUGAAAAUCUAAGUCAGGGGGACACCAGGGGACAACAGGGGACAACAGGGACAGGGAGGAGUCGGGGUGGAGGUGAGUUUGCAGAGGACGCAGAAAGAGUUGGUAGGCUGAAUCAGUUUGCAAAGAAACGCCCACUUUGACUUCGGCUGAGCUGUCAGCUGAUCUGAGCCGUCAUCGAGAUCAGCUGAUGUUCUGUAGGCCGAGCCUGAACCAACACUCUGCACCAGGUCUCUAACUCCAAACUAAAUCUGUGGAUUCAGCAGGCGAUGAAACGGUUAUUUACAGCCUUUGUUCGCAUCUUUUUGGCAGAGUUUGACAGUGGGCAGCAUGUUGGACGAUUAAGAAGAGAAGGAGGAUAUUUAUAAUCAGAGGAUCGUACACCUGCCUGAAUAUACAAGAGAGAGAGAGAGAGAAAUGUCCUUUUUAACAGCCCAAUUAUUUAGAGAAACGUUCUCUAACUUCGUACCUCUUACCGUGAACCAUUACCUUUAGUUACUGCUUCUCUGCCAAGAUUGGUUUACGAACCAGAAAGCCCAGUAGGCAGUCGGACCGCUCCGUCAGUGAGCCGAAAGGUUUUUAUUUUGGCAGCAGACGUACCAGCGAACCCGAGUUUAUGAGGAACAGGACCCCGAGGUGUCGUUUAGAAGACGGAGCUCUGAGUCCAUCUGAAAAUGGACUGUUUGUCAAGGUGGAGAUGGUCCGAACUAUUUCCUGCCAAAAGAAUGUACUCUAAGGCCCACGCCACGGCCAUGAAAGUACCCAGAGUGCCACACGGGCGGGAUACGCAGAGAGGAAAUGAAGGAGAACCCGUGAGAUGUCUCGCCCUGAUAGAGCGCAGAUCUUAUGACCAAAGUGAAAUGUAGAAAACUGAAUAUUUUUGAAAGUGUUGAAUGUUUUUCUCCUCUCCUCUGCAGCAUGCAGCCGGACAGAAACACUCUACCAAAGAAAGGCUUAGAGUGAGUUUAAACUCUCAUCUGUCUGGAGUUUCUCACGCUCAAAUGUCUCUUUAUCGUCCAAAGUUGAAUAACCUCUCUUCUUCUUCUUCUUUCAGACGCUACGGCUCAAGCCUGUCCGAUAGUGAUGGAAGCAAACCAGGAAGGCGCCACUCCCACACCAUAGUGAGCAUGACGGAGAGUGAUAGCCCCCCUCAGCUGCCCUCCCCCACCCGCCACCUCCUCCCCUCCUCUGGCAAAGCUCCUCUAACCAACGUGGGUGAGUGUGCUCGCUCCGUCCGUCCGGCUGCCAAGUACUUAAAGCGCUCACUCUGCUCUGCGAGCGCUGAAACUAAUGAGACUUGAAACCUUUGAUAAGCCGUUUGACUUAUCGUCGAUCAUUAUUAAGGACGGAGAGAUGAAGUUCACACCCAGAGGAAAGUCCGGAUCAGUUUUUACGCCGCAGAAAUACUGUCACAGGUUCACAGUGAUGAAGGAGUGAUGAAGUUUCAUCAAAUUAAAAUGGUUUCAGAUUAGAGGGUGUAAAUAAAACAGGAUCAGCACUCAUUUAGACUUCAGGUUAGAGUCUGAAAUAUGCUGCAGAUGGAGGCAGCAGGGGGUCAAGAGGGGCUAUAUUUAUCUCUUUGACUGUUGUGGAACCAUAGUGUUACCUUUCACCAAGUCAUCAGAAAACACUGCCAGGCCAAGGUGUGUGUACUCUGUGUGUACUCUGUGUGUGUGUGUGUGUGUGUUUUCAGAGGGGGGAGGUAGAGAAAGGGUUUCACUACUUCACUUCAUUCCUCUCUUUAACUCUGUGCUAAACUCUUUCUUUUAAAACAUCUCUCUCUCUUUUUACGACAGUCGCCCCAAUUUCUAGCGGGACCCCGAGGAUAUCACGCUCCAACAGCAUCGGCCCCCCCAGUGAGCCGGCCUGCGAUCUCUACGGAUCGUCCCCCCUGGGCAGCAGCAUGUCCCUGGCUGACCGGCCAAAAAGCAUGAUGCGCUGUGGGUCUUUCCGAGAACAAGGGGACGAUGGUGAGCCUGAGGGGGGCGGUCGCCCAAGAUGGCCUCAAAGUAAACAAAGCUGUUCGUUCAGAGAGCGGAGAAUCUGUGGAGCGUUAUUGUGUUUUUACAGAAACAGAAAGUGACUCACGGUUCUUAAAGUCAGACAAGAAUUUAGAGGUUUUAUCUUCAGUCCAAGAAUACACUCAGCUUCAAUCUCAGACCUGCUUUUACUCUCCACACCAACCAACCCUGACUUCAUGUUUAAUGGAUUUUAAUGCCAAGGGAAACAAAAUGUAUUUUCCUUCAACAGCAUUAAAAGAACAAACACACUGUAGAAACGAGAACAAAUCCGUGACUAUGGCAGCCACAGAAGUUAAAUAAGGUUAUUUAAUCCCAAAUGAGAUGAUUGAAGGUUUACCUGUCCGUCCAACAUACGUCAGUACACCCCCCCUAUUAAAAGUAAUGUGAUACCCAAUAUCUAGAUGAGCAAAAGUGCAAUUUCCAAAGUUUUGACAAAGCUGAGUUUAACAUAACAUUUUAUUUACCAUAAGAUAGGGCGGGGCGAUAAACCGAAAAUUUACAGACACCGCAAUUUUCAAUAACCGACGUCACUUUGUCCAUAUCAGUAUAUUCAGUGUCAAAAAAUAAAUGAAUAAAAGGUUUUCUUGGAUGUGUGUAGGUAGGUUAUAGUUAUGGCUACCUACAUACAUAGCCUCACCUCAUUGGUAGGUUCAAAGUUGUAGCGGCUGAAGUAGACGAAGUUAAUGUGGGAGGGGGUGAGCAGCUUGUGGAGUAGUUAUCGUCCAUUUAUCGUUAUGGAGGUGAAUUGAUCAAUAUAUUGUGAUAUUGAUUUGAGGACAUAUGACCCAGCCCUAGAUUUACAUGAUACAUAUUGAUAAGAUAUUCCUUUAUUCCUCCCAUAUGCACCGAUCCUUAACUUCCUGAGCUGAAGGCAGCUCCUUUAUUCUCUGUCUUACUUUAUUGGACAAACUGAUUAAUCCAUGUGUGUCUGACUAAUCACUAUCUAGUCACUAUUGAUUUUUCCUUCGGGGAUCAAUAAAGUUCUUAUUCUUAUCAGUUUCAGGAAAUUUUCAUUUUAUCGCCCAGCCCUAAUAGAGCCCAUUUUAAAAUUUAGAGCAUGAGAGAAAUUACAGACUGAAGAAACUCAGGAGUUAAAAGGAUGUAAAAAUUAUUAUAUUUCAGGUAGAUUGAUCUUUCAGAUACUGUAUUGAUUAUUGUCCGACUUAUCAAUAUCUGUAGAGCAGUAUCUUAAAAAGUUUAAAUCUUCACUAACAGCCUCUAAGUAAACCACGUCUCCUUUUCUGUCUCCUCUUUCAGUUCACGGCUCUGUUCUGUCUUUGGCAUCUAACGCUUCAUCCAACUAUUCAGCGGUGAGUAAAGACACAUAAUGACUCCAAAGAAUGAGCAGUAUGAUGGUCUUUUUGGUCGAGUCUGAUCCUCUGUGACUUUAGUUUGUUGUAUUCAGAAAGCAAAGCAAACAUCGAAGUAUGUUUUUAAGUACAGAAAACUGUGAUUAUUAAACCCAAUCCUGAUUCUUGGGACUUUCUGACUGAACUUUAGAGUUUUCCCUGGUUGAUUAAAAAUGUAGUGUACCUGGUGUGGAUUGUUCUUUAUAAAUCUCACACUCCCUCGUUGUUUAUUUGUCUGCAUCAUGCCUUCUCCAGAGUGAGGAGAGGAUACAAGGAGAGGUAAGCCCGACAUGACGCAGUGUCUUUUGUCUGCGUCCCCCAUCAGUCAUUUCCUGUUAAAAUCCAGUCUGUCCAUCAGAUCGUGUCAUGAGCGCUCGCUGAAAUCUCCAGACACCAUUCAGAGUGUUUCUGACUGUUUUCAUCUAUUUUUAUCUCUAAUAUUGUUCGUCUUGUUAUCACCACCUUCUAACAUUUAAUAAAGAAACUCCCAGACCUCCUGAAUUCUCAGAGCAUGAAGAAUCUCAAAUCCAUUUCAUGUUUCCACUCAGUUUGGAGUUUGUUCACCUGCCUUUGUUUAUUUGUUUUUGUUGUGAAGCAAUAAUGUUCGUAUCUUUUUGUUGUUGACUAAAAUACAUUUCAUAAUCGUCGUCAUCCAAACCUUAAAUUAAAUCCUAACCUCUUGUUUGGGACUGUAUGUCGACAUGUUGCUCGUGCUGAACGUACUUUUCGAUUUCUUCACAGCAAAUCCGCAAGUUGAGGCGAGAGCUGGAGUCGUCCCAGGAGAAGGUCGCUGACUUGACCAUGCAGCUGUCUGCUAACGUAUGUAUGAAUUUAUAAACUAAUGUGUUCAUGUGUUGGAUUCAGUUCAGCUCUUUUAGUAAAUAUUAUCAAGACACCUUUAAAAGUCACAGAGUUGAAACACGACAACCAAAGCUGGAAAACUUUUAUGUUGUGGAUAAAAUCAGAGGUCUGCUCUUUUCCUCUUAAGAAAGUUGAUUUUUAAGUGCAGUGGUUUAAAUUUCAAGAAGUAAGGACAACCAAUCAUAGUCUUUGUCAGCUCUACCAACCUGUCCAACCCCGGAGCUUUGAUCGUUUUCACAUUUAAGCGGUCUUUUCUUUUCUUUACUCGACAGCUGAAGUGGAGCGUUUGACAGAAAAUGAAAUGAGUCUGACAGGCCAAAGCAGCAAAACUAACUGUCAGAUUUACAUUUUCCACACUGACACUCAUUUUCUCACUGCUGCUCUAAUCCUUCAGCUACGCAAAGUUGAUAAAGAAGUCGGUCUGACCUCUCAGACCUGCGUUAGCUGAAAGAUGCUCUCGUCCCUCUAACAGCUGUAUGAUGAUGCUUUGAAACCACCGACCUGAUCCUGAUCUCAUCUAACCUGCUCCUUUUACUAAACGAUCCUCUCACCUGCUGCUGUUUUAGUGUCUGCAGACUCCACCUAACCCUCUGAAUGUCUCGUUGUGUCUCUCUACUUUGACUGUAUGAAGUUUGAUCCCACGCCUAACGCCAUUGUCCGUUUCUCUUACGUUCUUGGUUGUAUUGACUCCCGGGCUCUCUGCCGCCCCCUGCCUGCUCCCCGCUGGCUCACACCUCUGGAUGUUGGGUCUAGCAGCUAGGCCAGGUUUGUUGGACCGUUGUCUCCCCGCUGUGUCUCUGUCUCUUCUGUCUGGUUCUGAGUGGACGUGGAGUUUUUGUUGUUAACUAACAUCUGUGUCGGGCUGCUGAAUCAACAAACUGUGGAGCAUGUCUGCAGGAAUACUGUUAUUUACUGUUUUUACUCUUCAUUCAUGUCUGUCUGUGACUCAUGGUCUCUAAAUCAUCAGUUAGAGGGUAAUAGGGUCAAAUAUGAGUAUUUUCGGACUCUCCAUGUUUGUCCAGAUAAGUUCUUGUCGUAAUUACAUCGAAGAUAUUUCUGUGAAAAACAGUAAAUGACCGCUGUGAAGCUCCAUAAAUUUAUUAAAUGAACAUCAUCCAUCCUCUCGUUUUUCAAGUUUUUACUAUCAAACGAUUUAUUAACCAUUUAAUUUACUAACCAACUAAUUCUCUGCACCUUUGUCUCAUCAGUUUCCAUAGUUUUCUAAGAUUUCACAGCCGCAGUCAAACUUUAAAUAAUAUAUAGUUACAGAUACAACGUCUUAAAAACAAGUCGAUAUAACAGACUUUAAAGCAACACAGUUUUCUGCCUUUUUUCCACUUUUUAUGCCAUGAAAAAUUUGUUCUUUGGAGGACGUUACCUCCACCAAAUCUAAUUUAGUCUGAGUGUUAUUAUAUUACUGAAUAAAUGUUAUUUAUAACGUGGGAAGAGAAGAGAAGGAUUACAGGUCCAGUUUGACUAAAUUACAGGAAAAACUGGACUAGAUUACCGACUCAGUCCUUUAAUUUAAAGAGGAGAAAGUCUUGGCCGUGUCGAACCCAGCCCCCAGGUCAGUCAUGAACUCGAUCGGAUAGUUCGCCGUCACAGAGAGAAGCUCUCGCUCUUCAUCAUCGGCUCAAAUAGUGUCAGACAUCACAGCCUAAAGGUCAAACAUGCUCCAUGAUGUUGAUCAAGUUUGUCCCUCAGUGGUGCGCAGCUGCCCUCCAUCACCGCCAUUACCCAACGUCCUCCUUUCAUCUGUGACAUCACCCACAGCUGUCCUCUACCCCCCCACCCUCCCCUCCUCUCCCAGCAGAUGGAGAAAGUUCAUUAGACUGAUGAGUUGUGAGUGUGUGAGGCUGCUGACCGAUACCAUGCAGCCGCGGUGACUCAUACCUGUCUGCUCUCUCUAAACCCCCCCAAUCUCCUGUGUCUCUCUCUCUCUCUCUCUCUCUCUCUCUCUCUCUCUCUCUCUCUCUCUCUCUCUCUCUCUCUCUCUCUCUCUCUCCCUCCUAAAGGCGAACCUGGUCGCGGCGUUCGAACAGAGUCUGGCGCUGAUGACUGCUCGCCUUCAGACCCUGUCGGUCUCCUCAGGCCAAAAGGUGAACCAAGUUUUAGCUGAUUUCUAUGAAUGUUGUGACACAUGACCGCGUCCAUUCAUGAUGAUAAAGAAAAACCAGGGGAAGAGUUAGGAUACUGCAUGAAAUGUUAAUAAAACAGAAUUUGAUGGUCUGUAAAUCACUGAAACUCUGCUGUAGUUAAGUGAAUGUAUUUUGCAAACACAACAAGUCAAAUGUUGAAACUAAAAAGUUUGACUGAAAUUCAACGCCAGUAAACUUUUCCCAAAAGAUCGGCUGAGGGUCAAUAAAACAAGAAAAAAGUCUAAAUGAUAGAUUUUAGGCCUUCAGGCAGUAAUGCAGUAAAAACAGACGUGACUCAGAUCACCUCCAGAGAGCAGUGUCUGUGAACCCAGUUCACCUCUGCACCAACAAAGUCAGGCUAAAACUGGGAAAUCAUGUAAAUCUGAAAUGAUCCAGAGAUAAUUUUUCUCAGCCCGAGUCCUCUGAAGGGUUGGACAUGAGGGAAAUGAGAAAAAGGUCCUCUCAUAUGACCGAUCAAAAUAUCACAUUUUCCUUAGAAACCCUGGAUAAUCUGCCGUACUUUUCAUAACCAUGACUCUUAUCUUCCUUUUGCAGGACUCUGAGCUCAACGAACUGAAAGACACCAUCGAGAUUCUGAAGGUCAAAAAUACCGAAGCCCAAGAAAUCAUCCAAGGAGCUCUGAACAGUCCAGACCUGAUCUCUAAAGGUACGAGCGUGUCUAAAACCUCCAUCAUGUUCAGGGUUAUCAUCCAAAAAAUCCCUGAAUUAUAAAAACGUUGAUGUUUUCUUUUCCUCCUGGCGUGUAGAGCCACUGAUCAACCGUCAGAACUCCUCAGAAAGCAUCUCCAGUCUGGCCAGCACCACCAGUCACUCCAGUAUGAGCAGUCUGAAGGAGCAGGAGGCCAAGAAGAAGAAGAAGAAGAGCUGGGUGAGAAGAAACGUGACACCUAAGAGAGGCUGACGUACCGCUGUAACGGAAACCAAAAACAGACAGACGCCAUGAUUUCUGAUUACGUUUUAUUGUUUUUGUUGUAGAGAGCUCUGAAAUCGAACACCUCAUCUAAAUAAUUCAACCUCAAGAAAAUUACUACAGAGGCUGACAGAAGAAAUACAAGAUUCAGAGAUAAAAACUCAGAUUUGUGCUUCAUAAUAGUUAAAAUGAUAUCCUUCCAUCUGCCCAGAGCGUGUUUGUCCUGCAGACCUCAUCUCUGUGUUUGAGGUCGACCCUGAUGAAACUUUAGACUCUCUUCAGUCCGUCUCUGUCCUACUUUGUUCUCCUGCAUGUGUCGACAUGUUGUUCUCCUCCAAGUCUGUUAUUAAGUCUGACUCUGGUCUCUCCCUCCUCACGCUGCUGCCCUGCUUUUAUUUUAGGUCUUUGAGGUGAGUGAUGUUGCCACGGUAAAUAUCCCCCUCCUCUCUGCUGAACCCCUCCACCCUUCUCCAAUCUGCAUGCUCCGUAUGAGUCAUGGAAACGCUCUCUGUGUCAGAUUUCUAAACUUGAUUCUCACCGUGUUUUGACUGUAUCGUAAAAUUGAAUCAUGACGUCAGGUUUUCUGCUCUGGCCUGACCUGAUGGUUCUGCUGUUGGUUCUGAUCCAUAAAGAAGUGCUGUAGAAAACUUCACACGAGUUAAAGAUCGUAUUUUCAGCUCCCUUUAAUUUGGCGUUUUAUACUCUGGUCAUUUUAAGUCAUGACAUUUAUUUACGUCUCGUGUUUCCUCUCUGUUCAGUUACGCAGCUCCUUCAACAAAGCUUUCAGUAAGAAGGGCGGCAAGUCACCCGGGCCGUACGCCGACAUCGAGGAGAUUUCCACCCCAGAGUCCUCUGCACCUUCUUCCCCUAAAAUCCACCAUGAUGGAGCCGUCCCUGCAGCUUCGAUAAAAUCCUCCACCUCUGUCACGUCAGCGGGGUAAACUCGUCUGAAACUAACAGAACAAAAAUCUAUGAGUUACUGUAGUUCUUAUUUUAAGAGUAAGUUUAAGUUUAAGUUAAACCACUAAACUGUUUAUAUGUUUCUACUGUCACACGUGAAUAUCUGCAGACUCUGUGAAGGAGGCGAGGUUCAGGAGGAGAAGGUCGUUUCAGAGCUGCGCACUGAACUCUGGGAGAAAGAACGAAAACUGACGGACAUCCGCCUGGAGGCUCUGAGCUCCGCCCAUCGCCUGGAACAGCUGCAGGAAGCCAUGACCAACAUGCAGGUGUGUGUAAGACUGUGGUCCUUUUUCUAUAUUUACAUCGACCUCAUAACGAAGUUCUGUUUGAACCUCUGUGACUUUGUCUGCAGAGGACGGUGGAGAACCUGAAGGCUGAGAACGACCACCUGAAGACAGGAACUCUGUCCCCCUGUCCUUCUCCCGGACCCUCCAGCUCCGUCUCUCAGUCCUCAGGUCUCACCGCCCUGUGUGGCUCGUCCCCCCGACAGUCUGUAGCCAUGCACAUGCCCAAGAGCUACAGCAGAGGGCUGAGUGAGGGGGGCAGCUCAGGUGAGGGUCAGUCACGGACACCAGUGGGAAUGAGGGAGCCGUAAACAAGUCAGCAGAUAUUUAGACUGGAUGUUAUCUGCAGACACAUGAUCAAAAUUAUCAUUAUUAUUAUUAUGAUGAUUAUUAUUAUUAUAAUUAUCAUUAUUAUUAUUAUUAUUAUUAUUAUUAUUAUUAUUAUUAUUAUUAUUAUUAUUGUUGUUGUUAUAUUAUUAUUAUUAUUAUUAUUAUUAUUAUUAUUAUUAUUAUUAUUAUGAUUAUUAUUAUUAUUAUUAUGAUUAUUAUUAUUAUUAUGAUUAUUAUUAUCAUUAUUAUUAUUAUUAUUAUCAUUAUUAUUAUUAUUAUUAUUGUUGUUGUUGUUAUAUUAUUAUUAUUAUUAUUAUGAUUAUUAUUAUUAUUAUUAUGAUUAUUAUUAUUAUUAUUAUUAUUAUUAUUAUCAUUAUUAUUAUUAUCAUUAUUAUUAUUAUUAUUUUUAUUAUUAUUAUUAUUUUUGUUGUUAUAUUAUUAUUAUUAUUAUGAUUAUUAUUAUUAUUAUUAUUAUUAUUAUGAUUAUUAUUAUUAUUAUUAUGAUUAUUAUUAUUAUUAUUAUGAUUAUUAUUAUUAUGAUUAUUAUUAUCAUUAUUAUUAUUAUCAUUAUUAUUAUUAUUAUUAUUAUUAUUACUAUUAUUAUUGUUGUUGUUAUAUUAUUAUAAUUAUUAUUAUUAUUAUGAUUAUUAUUAUUAUUAUUAUGAUUAUUAUUAUUAUUAUGAUUAUUAUUAUCAUUAUUAUUAUUAUUAUUAUCAUUAUUAUUAUUAUUAUUUUUAUUAUUAUUAUUAUUGUUGUUGUUAUAUUAUUAUUAUUAUUAUUAUUAUUAUUAUUAUUAUGAUUAUUAUUAUGAUUAUUAUUAUUAUUAUUAUGAUUAUUAUUAUUAUUAUUAUUAUGAUUAUUAUGAUUAUUAUUAUUAUUAUGAUUAUUAUUAUUAUGAUUAUUAUUAUUAUUAUUAUUAUUAUUAUCAUUAUUAUUAUUAUUAUUAUUAUUAUUAUUAUUAUUAUUAUUGUUGUUGUUAUUAUGAUUAUCAAAAAACCUGAGGAGCAGUUUAAUGAUUGUUUUUUUCUCCAUAAUGAUAUUAAACUUGUUAAAUAUGUGUGAUGUAGACGUUUAAGUGUAAAGUAGAUGGUUCUCCUGUCCUGUAGAUUAUAAAGUCAGUUUUUAUUUCAUCUGCAGACAGGAGAGGAGGAGUCUUGAGUUAUUGAUCUGCUCUUAUAUUUUGGGUCUAACUUUGUCAUUUCUCACUCUUUCUUCGUCUUUACCCAGACAUCCACUCUGCAGACUCCCUCAGCCUGUCCUCUCAGAGAGACGAUCACCGUGUCAGGGUGGUGGUUUGUGUCGCAGAUCUGCACGUCUUCAAAGAUGUAGGUGUUCGUGUCCUUUAUCGUCUCCUCCUCAGACUCGUAUCUUUGGUUUUAAAAAAUGUGUUUUUGUAAAUCAUGUCCUCCACUUUGUCUCUUAAACAGGAGGUGAAGCAGCAGGACUUCUUCGUGGGGACUGUCAGGGUGAACGGCAGGAUGGACUGGCCCAUGUUGGACUCAGCUGUCAGCCAGGCCUUUAAGGUGAGUCGUCUCCUCCUGACAAAGACUUUCAAUGUCGGCGCUCUGAAUAAAAGAACUGAAUGUUCAGUCUGCGUCAAACUUUGUUCCAUCAUUAUUCUGCUGUUUUUAGCACGCUGUCGCACAAACACACAGAUGAAAACUCAGGCUGCUUACAGUCAAAGUAAAAAUGGACUUUAAUAAGUCGGCGUUGCUGCUGGGGAUUUGUUGAUUUAAUUUGUUCUCUGUAGGUGUCGGUAAAACCAAAGAGCUCAUUAACAGGAACUCAGAACCCCCGAGUGCGGAUCAUGUUUGCUGUCACCUCAGGGAAGUUCACGUCCAGCAGGGAUUAAAGUUUCUGUCUUUGGACAGGUUACCGUCAGUUGGAAAAAGAGGAGGGGGGAGAAAAAGUUGCACAUAAAUUUGUUGUGAUUCAGUUUUGACGAUGCGAUUAAAUCGUGACGCUGUUGUAAACCAAUAAAACCAGUCAGAGCUUCGGUAUUAGCCAAUCAGAAACAAAGGAGGGCGCCACUGUGGGCUCCAGCAUCAUGAUCAGGAGCCCGCUGGAGGUUCUCUCAGCUGCUCCAGUGUAAAAAAACAGUAUUGAACGGGUCCACUGGGAUGAGCUCUGGUAUGAACAUGUAACUGGAAAAAUAAAUAAAAAAGCCCCCCUCCUCAGCUGGCUGGAGGGGAAGUGGGUUGUUGGUGCCUCUCUCUGUGACGGCGCGCAGAUGAGUAAGAAACGUCCCCUCAUGGCACGACUAGUGGUGGGGGUGGCCGUGGCUAGUAGGCGCACCUUGCUGCGGGCCACGGGCGGGCCUGUGCCGGCGGUGGCGUCCAUCACCAUUUGCGCCUGCUGUCUGUCCCGAGGUGCGGCUCAGGUCACAAGACGCUGCGGCUGCUUCGCUCAAACCGUGGCGAGAAUCUGUCAACUCAAAAUCACCUCGAUCCUUUACAAAGCUACUGGUCUUGAAUAUUUCAAUAGUCUAGGUUUUAGUUUUUUACAACUUCAAUGUUAUAUUAGAGAAACUGAAGGGUUAAUAGGUUUACAGUGUUUAACCUUUUUAACCUGAAAACUUUAGGAAAUGAUCGAAUGGUAGAAAAGGUGUCGUUCUUCAGGUGUGGUUCAGCCUUUUACAGCGGAAUAUGAACUGGACUGAAAAAAACUUUCAGUCAAAACUAUAUUUUUGUUUUUAAUCCCUGACAUCCACACAUACAGACUACAUCCUAUAGAGUCAGAUUUACGCUGUUGUGGUCCUCUGUUCUUUUAUCUGCAGGUGUACGUAGCAAAGGUGGACCCCACCUCCAGUCUGGGCCUGUCUACAGACUCCAUCUACAGCUACAGUAUGGGUCACAUAAAGAGAGUUCUGGGAGGUGAAGCUCCGGAGACGCAGCCCUCCCGCUGCAUGUCCCGAGGUCCCACCGGCAUCACCGUGGCUCUGAAAGGUCUGUGAGGAAAUGAUUUAUCCUCUUCCAAAAUAAAGAGCUGAUUAGAGAAUAACAGCUCCUCCUGUUUAAUGUGGAGCAUUAGCAGAACUAAAUAACCUGAAUGAGUGAGGUCAAAUCUGAGCGAGUGUAAAUCCUCACGUCUCGUCGGUUUAUCACACAUCUGGUUCUGUCCGUCUUUUAAAUUUGAUCCAGUGUUUCUGUUUCCACUUUACAACCUUCCAGACGUCAAAUCUUCAUUUAGUUACACCGACCUGUGAGCUGAACGCAGCAUCAACAAAAACACUAACUCAGAUGACCCACUGACACCGUGUGAACCCGACAGUUCUGUAACACCUUUAUACAAAUAUUUAUACUCCCAGAUUAAAUAGUCCUUAAAUGUGCGCUCAUUUUAAAUACCUUUAAAUACCUGAGACUGUCUUUCAUAUUAUUUUCUGUUAAAGCAGGAAUUUGAACAUCUGUGAAGAUAAUCAGAAAUGUUUAAGUUUGAAUGAGUUUUACUGAGAAAUGACCGACGCUCCUCUCUUCUCUAAUUGCAUUAAAUACAUUCGUCUCCAGAUGACAGAGUAUUUUCACUUCAGCUCCAAAUCUUUGUUUACUUUAACAUUUAAGAGCUGCAGAUCUCUGCUCUGCAUCAGGAUACACAGAAUAUUAAUAAUAAGUUUAUUUUUAAAAGCAGAGGUUCACAUAUAUGUGGACAAAUACUCAGAAAGCACCAAAAGAAGGACGUCAGGUUUAGUUUUUGUCCCUGAACUUUGUCAAAGUUUUCACUUUGUUCGUAUUUGUUCACAGAUUUAUACUAAAAAGUCGAUUUUUCCUCUGAUUCAGUAUCAAAUAAAUAAAUAGAGAGCUGAGCUGAAAAAGCCGCGGCUCUGAUUGGACGUCCACGCUCUCCACUGUUGCACGCAGGAAUGUAAGGCGUGAAGUGCUGGGAGAGUUGGGAAAGCUGCGGCAGCUCAGACAGGCCCGUGGGUAACCUGAUCUCUUGGCUGCCAGGCCCAGCUGGUGGAGCAGCUUCAGACACAUGGGCCCCAGAGAUGCAAAGGGGGGCAACCUUAGACUCCUCCUGGCUGGAGGGGGGUUGGACCGGCUCUCAAACGCUCGAUUCAAAGUUAUUUUAAGACGAAAAUGCUUGAGCCUCAUGUCGAUUAUGAAGGACAAGCGAGGUGAUAGAAAUCCGUUUCACAAUCUCCUCUUUCCAGACUCCUACUGUUCAUAACUCUUUAAUUUGGAGUGCAGAUAUAAACAGAAUUCUUCACAAGUGUCUAAAUGACAAGUUUCACUCCACAGUUUAUCACCAGUUCCAGUUUGAUAGUCAUCAGUGUCGUUUUAAUGUCCACUCAGUCCACUCUCGCUCUCUUCAUCAGGUUUGAAGGAGAAGUGUGUGGACAACCUGGUCUUUGAGACCCUCAUCCCUAAACCCAUGAUGCAGCAUUACAUCAGUCUGCUGCUCAAGCAUCGCCGCCUCGUCCUGUCUGGACCGAGCGGGACGGGGAAGAGCUACCUGGCCUCCCGGCUGGCUGAGUACCUGGUGGACCGCAGCGCCAGAGAGGUCACACAAGGCAUCGUGGUCACCUUCAACAUGCACCGCCAGUCCUGCAAGGUGACAGAAACUCUUCAGGAUCCUCAAACAGAGCGGUUUUGUCGUUUUCUUCCUCUUCAUUCUUCCUCUCUUUUCUCUCCUCAGGAUCUGCAGCUCUAUCUCUCCAACCUGGCCAAUCAAAUCGAUCGGGAAACCAGCAUGUCGGAGAUCCCGCUGGUGGUGAUCCUGGAUGAUAUUCAUGAUCCUGCUUCCAUCAGUGAACUGGUGAACGGCGCUCUCACCUGCAAAUACCACAAAUGGUAAGAUCUGCAGACACAUUUAAACGAGCCGCAGGAUUAUCGAUGUCCUCUUUAAACAAACGUGUCCUUCUCUUUGUCAGUCCUUAUAUCAUCGGGACAAGUAACCAGCCAGUGAAGAUGACGGCCAACCACAGUCUGCACCUCAGCUUCAGGUCGGUGAAAGAGAACGUCAGAGAGAGAGAGAGAGGAGCAUUUCUUUUAUGAAUUUAAGAAGUAACAUCUGUAAACUGUGGGGAUAGAGAGGACUAACUUUGGACAUGAGAAAUAAAAGAUCAAUAAAAACAAAGUAGAGCUCAAUUAAAUACUCAAAAAUACUCCAACCUCUCAAGGGUUUUCAUUGAUCCCACAUGUGUGUCAUAUUGAUUAUUAGAGGAGGACAAUAUCAGGUCAUGAAGGACAGCUGCAUGAUGAACGCGGCUGUAAUCAACCAAAGAAAUUUUUGGAACAAUAAACCUGUAAAUUUUCGACCAAAAAUCGAACUAAUCAACUCUGACGACAAACCCCUCUGUGGUGGGGGGCGACAGGGCUCAGCGGAGCGCAGCUCAGGGGGGUGAAAAUAAACUGAUGUCAGCACAAAACGGCAAUUAAAAGCAAAUAUUAUGUUCAUCAAACCACCGGACGUUGAUUAAUGUGGACACUCUUCAGAAUGGUGAAAACAAGGGGGGGUGUUUUGAGACAGGCUGUUACCUGUGAAACGGGGGUGCUCUGAAAACACCCCCAUUAGCACUUGGUAUGUUCCCCCUGAUGAAAUUUACCAUAGACUGUAAACUGCUGCAGAAAAGAAUCGAGUCGACCAAUCAGAAUAAGUCGACUCAGCACGUAUCAACCAAUAAGUUGACCAGGACUUUACAGCCCUAAUGCUGAGAGUGUCAACUCUACAUGUUUAAAGUCCUCAGUGUUUUGUGUUAAGCAGAACAGCAAACCGUCUCUUAGUGUUGAUUUCACACAGCGCACUGCAAGGAUGGUAAACACACACAGACCGUCUCACUCCUGUCCAGAAAAUAAUCACUCACUGAAAUACUGAGUCACUCAUUUAUCAGUCAAAACAAAGUGAAGAUUAAACACAAACAUUAAAACUGUUCAGAGCAGUCGUGUGUUCGUUUAUAUUUCGUUUUAAUCAGAGGAGAUAAUCUCGAUUGAUCACCUUCAGUGUCAUGUGACUUUUUCAUCAUCUCAGGAUGGUGACCUUCUCCAACAACGUGGAGCCCGCCAACGGCUUCCUGGUGCGCUACCUGCACAGGAAAAUGAUGGAGUCAGAGGAUGAGAAAAACCUGACCAAUGAAGACCUGAUCAGGGUCUUGGACUGGAUGCCCAAACUCUGGUAUCAUCUGCACACCUUCUUGGAGAAGCACAGCACGUCUGACUUCCUCAUCGGUACGACACGGGUCUAUUUUUCAGAGGACACUAAAAACUCUCCUCUGUGACUGUUUUCUGAAUGUGUUUCUUUUUAACGUGGUUUUUUCCCCCCGCUCCCCUUCAGGCCCCUGCUUUUUCCUGUCCUGUCCCGUCACAGUGGAGGAGUUUCGAUCCUGGUUCAUCGACCUCUGGAAUCACUCGAUCAUUCCGUACCUGCAGGAGGGCGCCAAGGACGGCAUCAAGGUGAGAAACUAGAGCAAACAAACCCAGAAGGCGUUCGACAUCCUGGUGUAGGUUUCCUCCUUCAGCAGCUCCUCUUUCACGGGAAAUGUUGCACUCUAAUUUUAAUAUUACUGGUAUGCCGUGACGCUCCAGGUCCACGGCCAGAAGGCGGUGUGGGAGGACCCGGUGGAGUGGGUGCGGGGCACGCUUCCUUGGCCGUCUGCCCAGCAGGACCAAGCGAAACUUUUCCACCUUCCUCCCCCCAGCAUCGGCUCCAGCAGCCCCGGUCAACCCUGCGAGGAGAGGCCCCACAAGGAAACCCCGCCCAGCUCCAUGGAAUCCGAUCCACUGGUGAGACGGAGAAGUUUAUGAUGUUUUGGUUUUGGAUUUGUCCGAAUGAUCCGCCGUCUUAAAGACUUCAGAGCUGGAGCUGUCAGCGGCGCUCAUUUCUCCUCUCUCUCUCUUUCUUCUUUGUCGUAGAUGGCGAUGCUUUUGAAACUUCAAGAAGCCGCCAAUUACAUCGAAUCGCCCGAAAAAGAAGACCCCAGCCUGCCUAAACUUUGAACACAGAGUUUAGAGCGAUCACUUAGCACUUCAACUUGUUUUUGUAUUCACUGUUUCUCGACGGUGCUCAUUCAGGAACAAACAAACACUCAGAAAAGGUUUCAGCUGGAUUUCCACAGUCUAACUGGGUUAUUAUUAUUAUUAUCACAAACAUCCUCUGCUAUCGAAAUAAGACUGUUUACAAGUCAUGAAUGAAAAGUUCUAUCCUGUACGUCCACUCUGUAUUUGAGUGGACGACCUUCACUUCACCUUCACGUCUCUUUUCAGCCACGUAAGCCCUCAGUUCUCCACAUCGGUGCUAACAGUUCACUCCAAAAAAACUCAUCCUAGCACUUAACGACUUCAGGUGACUCCUGCGGCGGCACAGUCCUCCCUCCAUCACGGGAAACGGCGUGCUCGUCAACAGGAGCUAUUUCUCAAUUUUCACGUCUGGUUUUGGAAAAGAGUAUGACAGCAUCUACUUACUGCAAAAGUCUUUGGUACAUAUCGACUGUAAAGUCUCUUAGGACAAAUCUUAACACAUAUGCAACCCUGAACUUUACAACCCCAGCAGGUCGAAUCGAGUAAAUGCCUUAAAAACAAAAACAGAAACGGACUCAAACAUCACUUUACACUUCAGCAGAGGAAACCCGGUGCUUUCAUCGUAACUACAGCUACAACUAUCAACCGUCUGCAUCAUCCAACCAUCUUUCCUUUACAGUAGAGUAUUUCAUCUAAACUUGCUGUCAUACUCUUUUGCAUAAAACAACACCUUCUUUAUCCUCGCCGCACAGAACCGUAUUUUCUGAGCGCUUCAUUUCCUUUUUAGCGCAGUUUCAGUAAAUGUCGCCAUAUGUAUCAGGUAUUAGAAACACAGGGAUACUAUCACAUAAGAAACAGCCCUAUAGAGAUCGAACAGAUGGAGUAAAUGCUUUUAUAUCCACGUCUUUCUUUUUCAUUUAUUCAGAAAGGAGCACGUUGGUUUCAGAUCCCUCUACUUCAUAUUCAGAGCAGUUAUUGUAUAUAUUAUUGUGUACAUACCAUCAGACUACAUCACUUAUUUUAUCUGUAUUAGUCGGUGCGAUUAUCUCUAAUACUGAACCAAAUACUGUUCUUUAUUCCUGCGUAUUGACCGUCAAGUUAGAGGUUAAAGUUCAGCUAUGAAUGUAUAGAAAACACUUAAAAUUAUGAUAGUAAUACGACCAUUUAACAGUAUGAAUCACUUAGAGGGUGCUUUAAUUAAAAAAAGAAGCCUUAUUACAACGCCAACACUUUGAACAGCAGCCGAGUAGAGUGACUUUAAAGCUACCUAUGUCCAUUUCAUUCUCAACACGUCAUGAACCGAGUCGAAGAUCUUAAUGUCACUGGUGUUUUCAUUUAGGUCCUCCUGGUGCUCUUUGACCACGUCCGAAACCAUCCUAGUGUCGAGUGACCAUCAUGUAGGCUUUCAGGGUAGAUUAGUGAAGAUGUGAAAAUCGAUCUGGACGAUCAUUUCUGGUAUUUUUUAGGCCGUGUUGUUGAAGAAGUGUUGAAGACAUCCGUGGAGACAGUGAAGUCAGUGUGAGACAUUGUAUGAUGUGACCAUGUUGAUGUCGUACGGUAUUCAUGUGUGGGAACAUUUAGGUACACAUCACUCAAACUAACUGAUGAGGAGGAUUUAAAGGGAUAUUCCGGCGUAAAUUUAAAUUAGGGUCAAACACGCCGUAACACCGAGUUAGACCGCCCCUCCAGAGAUGAGUGUCGCCGACCGCUUACUUCUCUAGUUGAACCAUAAACUGUAUAUAGAAUGAACGCCGUCUGCCUCCUCGCUGGGUGAAGCUACCCCGAGAACAGCACCCUCUAGUGACUGGCUGCAGUAUAGGUCAUAAAUCCUGCCUCCCUGUGGAGCUGUGCUCAACGCUGCGUUCGAGUUACCUCUGAAGUCAGGUGUCGGAGCUGAAAAUGACGUCACACCCGAAUUAACAGCCUUUCAGACACAAAAUCAAGGCGAAAACAAGAUGGCAACAUCUACGAAAGUCAUUUUAGCGCUUACCUCGUCCGAACAUAAGGCAAGCGCUAAAAUGUCGUAGGUGUAGCCAUCUUGUUUCAGGCCUUCAGUUUUGCUUUUUUCCGACUCUGUAACUGAAACGUCGGGAACUCAGGUAUGACGUCAUUUUCAGCUCCGACAUCUGACUUCUGAGGUAACUCGAACGCCGCAUAUCUGCAGCCUACGGUGGCGACGUAGACCGCUCUGUAUUGCUAUCGUGCGGUCGUUACUAAAGUUGGUCUAACUAGAGAAGCAAGCGGUCGGCAACAUUCAUCUCUGGAGAGGGGUCUAACUCGGUGUUACAGUGUGUUUGACCUUGACUUAAACUUACGCUGGAUUAUCCCUGUGAACACAGAGCUGAAGAUGAAACCCUUUUUAGAGUUCUUUGUUCGUGAAGGAAAGAAUCGCUAAUGAAGCGAAUGAAAAAGCACAUGUCCGUGAAAGUGGUGUCCGAAUUUUCCGCCUCUUCAUGCCGAGCCGUGUCACAGUCCAGGUGCUCAGAGUUAACUCCACAUGUACAUAAACAUCCUGUAAAUGAAUGUCAGACAGCUUGAGAAGAGAGCCGAAUAUUUGAGCUGCUUUUUCGCUUUCUUGUUGCACUUUUUGCAUCCAGCCGGUAACAAAACUCUCCAGCUAACUCGCAGCUCUGAUUGGCCUGUAAACUGAAAAAGAGGGAAUGAAUUAAACACGUCAAAGAGCAAAAUGAAGCGUCUGGCCGAUCACACGCCGAAAGAUUGAGCUGAUGUAAAUAUUCCUGACAGUAUUUCCAGCCGCUCCCCAGUCUGAUUCAGCAGGUCAACAAAAACAAUCAUCUCAACCUUCUCAUCUCAUCCUCUGGUUGUUGUGCCUGUUGCUCUGUAGUAGCUGUGAUUUGUGUUUGCUUACUAGUGUAUCAGGACUAUGCAGCAACUUCUACUGGUGUUGGCAAUCAGCGAAUUUCUGUGCUCAAAGAAAACAACGCAGUGUUUUCACAUUGUCUGUUUUUUUAGUGCUUAAUUUGGACCAAAUGACAGGAUCAAAGUGCGAAAAGUUCAUGACGCCGAGCCUUAAAAAGAGAAGGAUUUGUUUUGUACUGCAGUGAAAACAGGGUUUCUUGAGGUAGACAAAAAAACUUCAGAUAUUUGGGAGCUAUUUUGUGUGUUUAGUCCUUUUAAAUGGUAACAAAAGUAUUAAAAAAUAGACUUAAAGUGGUCAAAAGACGAUAAACAGAUUUAAAAAGAUUAAAAAUCAUAUAAUAGUUUGUAAGAAUUAGCACUUCAGUGUUUGCAUAAGUCAAUUUAAGUCGAUUUAAACCAGAUCAGGUUGCUGAAUAGUCAUAUUUUUGCAAAGCUUGUUGUGGACUUAAAAAAAAAAAGAAGUAUGCGGUAUCUAAUGUCACUGGCGUGCAAAUGUUAAGGGUUUCUAAGUGUUGUAAAUGCAUGUAAACUUGCUGUGUGAUGAGAAAAAACAACAACAUAAAUGUAUUGUUUAGGAGAACCAUACUACAUUUCCUUUUUAAUACUCCAAUGUUUGAUAUUUCUGUUGGUUUUUUUCUAAAGAAUCCUUUGUAAAACCUCAUUUCUCUAUUUUGUACAGGACAUCAUUGUAAAGAUUGUAAAUAGGUCGGCAUUCUGGAUGCGGCAACAAUCAUGACAGAGGGGGUAGAAAAUCAUCCUUGGGAGAAAAAGGUAUAUUCACGGGAGGUGGGUCCACCACAUGGAUAAGGCAUGUUUCUGAAGGCUUUCAUCCACCUUUCACUGGUUGUUGGAAUCAAUAAAAUACAUGUUAUAUUUAUGCGGUUGAUUUUUGUGUGUCUAUACCACGUCUUUAUCAGCACAAUGAAAGUACAACCC